CCCUCUCUCUCUCUCUUAGUUGCUCUGCAGCUGGGCUGCACCUCAAUGAACCUAAUUGGUGCACUGUGAGCGACCAUCAUCUUUCCACUGGAUUUUCAUCGCGCCCGGCUUCCAUCCAGAACAUAUGAAUCUGCCCAGACAGACCUCUUUGAGGAGUUGAACAGAUAGGUUGGAGAAAAAUGGCACAACGCGUGGUUUUGUUCCUACUGUGGCUCUUUGACAGAUCCUCCGCAGGAUUCCCCAAUCAGAUUAAUAUCGGUAAGUGAUCAGUUGUGUUCGGAUAAUGUGGAUUGCUUCGGUUUGUGUGGAGAAAACAUAUGCAAGAUUGCAGUUUUACAGCGAAGAUAUCCGGACGGAGCGCGAGCUCUGCGCAAUUAGGAGACUAACUUGAUUUUUCAUUUGCUGCAAGACAAAAGCCGCUGAUUCCGGCAAACCGUGUCGAUUAAAGCUGCAUACAGUGUUAGAUGUGACAGGAUCAAGAUUUUCUGAAAACACGUAGAGUUUUAAAUAAAGGAUGAGGCGGACGGUCACUUCCCCUGCUAGAUCUGGAGAGUUAGAGACAGGCGCACGGGCGAGAAUUCACCAUAGUUCUCUCAGAUAACAACCAAGCUCCUUUGUAUUCCAGCGGGAUACACAGAGUUGUUCCUCACUAAAUAAAAUCAGGUUCAGAGCUGACAUAAGAUGAAAAGAAACAGAGUUGUCCGUAAAUGAUUUGUCUGAUCUUGUUUCUUCAUUUCUUUAAGGGGGACUGUUCAUGCGUUCCACGGUGCAGGAGCACAGCGCGUUCAGGUUCGCUGUCCAACUCUACAACACCAACCAAAACACCACUGAGAAGCCUUUCCACCUCAACUACAACGUCGACAACCUCGAGUCCUCCAACAGCUUUUCGGUCACCCAUGCGUGUAAGUGUGCUUCUAUUUCAGUCAUGUCCACAUUCUCAGCACUGCUGUCCACGCAGAAUGAGCAGAAUUAUUUAUGUCCAACUCAUCCGGUAUGUGGAGCUUAUAGAGGCUACAUCUCAAUCCAGGGAGGCAGUCAAGUUCAUCCUGCUGCACUCUGCCUCACACAAUCCCAAUGGGGAUUAUAGAAACAUGAAUAAAAUCAAUGUAACAGUGCUCUCCUUUAAUUUUAAGCAAAGCAUUUUCUCAAGUUUCUACCUCACUCUCUUUUCUAAAAGCAUUUUUACACAGGGAUGCCUCACAAACACUAACUCCAGCACAGUGCUGUUACCACAUUUGCAGCUUGGCAGCCUGUCUGAGUUUGACAGUGGUCAUAUUUCUUAAAAAAUUCUAAUGCCACACGAGUUCUCCUGUCAGAGUACUGGCGUUGGCAAGAAAAAGCAGCCAGCUACAUAGGCUGUCUGCCUGAGGUGUUUGUAUCCUGUAUCGUGGAACAAAGUUGUGGGAGCUUUUGGAUUUAAAGCUUGAGUGUGUGUAAUUUAUGAUUUCCAUCAAGGAAAUAUAUUCCACAACUGUCGAUAAUUUUCUCCUUAAGAAUUUUGGGUCUUAUUUUGCGUUAAUGGUCAAUCCAAUGUCGCAAACACUGCAGUAGCUGACCCUACAAAUAGCCUUCAACUCUACGUCCCACUCAGCUGCAGCUUUUUUGAAUCACGUUGGACAUGAGUGAAGGGAAUAGAGUGCAGAAUACCAUUUUACAAUUUCACUUUAAAUGAUGAGUCCAACUAAGCUGAGUGCCCAACUUCGCAAACCCACGUCUCUGUCUGCCCGGUGCGUCCAAGUCCCACUAACCUCAGUGUGGCACGCUUAUAAUGGCCCCUCUGACUCUCCCUGAGCCAGAGCAUCCCCGCCUGCUCCGUCCUCCUGCUCCCCCCUGUCUUGCAGAGCGUCUCCCCCAGCAUUGCAGAGUCAGCUCAUUAGCACCCAGCCCUCAUAGCACCUCACUGUGCCGUCAUUGGGUGAAAGGGGGAGAGAGAAAAAAAAAAUCCAUAGCUCCCCAACCAGCCAGCCUCGGCAAAUGAGCCGGGCUCAGACCUGCAGAGGAGGUGGGUCUGAGCGGUGAGGGAGAUGAAGAGGAGCGUCAUAUCACAGGCAGCAGAGCAGCAAGCGCCCUAACGAAGGAGGCAUCCACGAGAAACAAUAAGCAAAUGAGAGUGAAUAAAUAAUAGAUAGUGCCGUGCAAUUUCACGCAUGUUGAAGAGGAAGGGAAGCAUAGGAGGGAGAGGCUUGAUAUCAGAAUCUAAUUAAAUCCAGGGGCAGACAGAGCUGUAGUGAGAGGAAGGGGAUCCUGUGGGAGCUGUGGCCCCGUUUCUUCUUUCUUUGCUGCCAUGUCUCAGCAUCUCCAUCAUAAGCUCUGUCACUGGACUGAAGUGAACUUCGUACGCGAGAAACCUGUGCCGUUAGAAGCCAGAGGAUAAAAAGUGUGGAAGCGACAGUGAAAUAAUGUUAAUAUGUUUGGUCGAUGCGUCUCUUUCGCUUUGAUGUGCGUGUUAAUCUGCUCUGAUGGAAUCUCUUUUGUUCUUGGGAAGUUUUAUUCUUUACACAUUCUCAGUCCUCCACUCGAUUGUAAAACAAUCAUCAAACUCUGAGCAGAAGCAGCUUUCAAAAGAGCCUGAGCUGCAGUUUCUUUCCAAUCUGGUUUGUGUAACGUACGAUCUGAGCCUUUUUUUUAUUCAAGGUAGUGCCCUGAGACACUCGUCAAGCUGAGCUCGCAAACGGCAGACAGCUCAUGCUGAGCUCACAACAGUCCACAAGCACCUCAGAUUGUCUCUCCCAAUGUAGCCAACAAAACGGAGAUGACGGUUAUUAAAUAUCACUUAUCUGCUGACUUCCAGGCCGCUGAGACUUUGCCUCUGGUGAGUGAGGACCUCCUGUGUGCGGACUUUUGGAUUUGUCAGCGCUGUUGUUUGUUCUGCAAGCUGUCACAAUUAUUUAGUGGACAUUCAAAUUUACUUUGUCAUCAAUAGCCCCAUGUGGAUGACUCACACCUUUGUCAGCAAUAACACAGCAUUUUAUGAUGUAGCAAUGUGGACCACGAUUUUAUGAAAGUGGCAUUUAUGCGAGUUUGGGGAGUAAAUCUAUUCUCGGGCAGGUUCUGUUGCUUUGAUGAAGAUGAGUUGUGGCUGCUGAAGGCUUUUCAGAUUUUUAUGAAAUGACAGCACUUGUUUAGUUUUCUUCCUUUUUUCAGCCUUUUUCUUUGCCUCUUAUUUGCUGAACAACCUUUAAAUUCAAUAAUAUAGAAGCAGAGGAACAACAAAAGCACAAACAAUAAUUCAUAUUAACUUGCUGGGAUUUGUUUUUCUUUAUAGAACAGAAAUAUGGAGCUCCUUUAGGUGAGAUGAAGGCUCUGUCUUAUGUGAGGACCAUUUCUUUUAAGUCACUUUAAAUCCAUAUGCCAAUAAUUGAAUUAGUGACCGGCAGCAAAACAAUGUGUGUCUUCAGUAAUCCUUAAGGCUGGGCUUUGUACUGCCGAGGCAUGGUGAGUCCUUUGGUGGCAAAAGACUGUUGUUGCUUUGAAGUGACAUCAGAAAUUGUGAAAUGUGUAAUUACCGGUGCGGGGUCCGUAAUGGCUCUGGGAACUGGGAGCCAGGUAUGCUAACAGAGAGGACCGAAGCAGUUCAAAGAAAGAAGGUACCAGUUUGAAGAAAGCAAAGCAGACAGCAUUAAUGUUCCUGAUGGUCACGGCUAGCCAGCUUAAUGACACUGCUAUCUUUUUUCCUCUGCUGUUUACCCUUCUUCUUCUCCUUCCUUUACCUGAGGGGGAAAAACAUCAGGCCCCCCUCCGCCUCUCCUUGCCACGCUAUUUAUUAAAUUACUCGCCUUGAUUCCUGUUAAAGGCAAAUCUUGCAAUGCUUGGCUUUUGAAUCUCAUCUCCCUAUUCCUCAUUCCUCAUUCUGUCAUUAAGCUAAUGGUCUGUGUCCCCUCUGCCAGCCUUUUUACAUGUGCCUGCCCCUCUUUUAUUGAAUCCUCCAGGUCUUUAAAACCUGGCUGUACUGGAUGCUGCUUUGGCUACGCGGUGCAGCCACUGUCUUCUGCUGCCGCUGGCUACUGUAGGCAAACCAGCUCUGCUCCAAGAGUAUGGGGGAAAAACAGGAGGAAAUUAAAGCCACUGUUAGGUCUUUUUCCAUUUCUAAAGACAAGAAAAAAAAGAGAAACAAAAGUGAGAAACUUUAGCUAAGCGUGUCAUUUAACAAAUAGAGAGAAACACAGGUUUAAUGGCUAUAGUCUCACGAGUGUAGGUGGAGAGGACUGACACAACUGCAUCUGCUGCAUUAUAGAUAUGGUGCUGAAGCCAGUUUCUUGUUAGCCUAAUUUAGCACAAAAACUGUGAACAAGGAGGGAGCUGGAUAUGAGCACUACUCCCUUUUGCAAGUCUGUGGUCACAAGUCAAGCCUCGGGUCUCUAAUGUCAAGUCCAGGAAGUUGAUGGCUUCACUUCAGGAAUUUGGUGACUCGUCUUUUACAUCGCCUCAGGUUCCAUAGUUAACUUUUUGACUCCCCUGCCAAAGUGGCGGGUAGAUGAAAAUAUCUUACUGGCACAACACAUCCUUUGCUAUUUGAGAAAUAGGCUAAUAAAAAAGAGUUUUAGAGCUCCAUGCAAGGAGUACUUUUCUUUGGAAUAAUGACAUGUUAAGUAGAAACUGAAAAAGAGGGUUAGAGGAAAAAUUGAAGCAAAGCUGCUGUUACUGAUCAAAUAUUAAAGCUUGCUGAAGCCUGAUAACAACUCAUAUAAAGUCUUGAUACUGGAAAAAAAAAAGAAAAAACAAGUUGCUGAAAGUUAGCCAUUGUUACAGUACACCGUAAAUUUGCAAUGCAUGGGCUGGCAUUUUCAUAACCGUAUGCAUGUGUUUGUGUUAGCCUGCAGCUCUGACAUGCAGACAGCAGAACUGCAGAAAUAAGAAGUUGUAGAAACAUGAAAAUUAGAUUUGUUUUUUUAGGGAGGUUUGCACACCUGAAAGUCUGGACCAAGGCCCAAACUAGAGUCAGUGUUUUUGUUACAUUGUACACAUUUGCUUCGGUCUGUUUAGGUUUCACACUGUCAUUAUUGCAAACAUACAAACAAACUUUACAUGACAAACCUAUGUGAUAUCGUCAUCAACUACGUGCUUUGCGUGUCUCUGUAGUUUACAUUGAUUGGUCAUUAGGCCGGCGGGCAUCUGACGUCAACACGUUGAAAAGCGCGGGUCUUGAAUGGUGUACACAAGAAUAAAAUCGUCAUUCCCACCAUCGUACCAUUUUUGCAUUUUUGAUUUUCUACCUCCAACAGCGACAACUUAGAAGAGUUGUACAUGAGGCUUAUCCUAGGAAGUCUCAUGAAUUUGAUCAUUAGACGACAACUUUAUCGAUGUCGACAGGAAAGGAAAAGAAAGUAUGCAAUCCUGCGAGUCAUUGCAACACCGGCUCCGGAGAAAAGUAUGUAUAAUAGAACUCUUGAAAAGAUCAGCUUGUGAUAGUGAAGUCUAACUUUAUCUACAAUAUUAUAAAAUUUCCUGUUCUUGGACAAUCUCCAUUUAACAUAAUAACAGACACGUCUACUCCUUGCGUCAUUUCCUGUCUUUGGUAGGAAGGUCAGAACCUUUUAAAAUAAUGCUUUUACACUGAGUAUGAACCAGACCGUGGUUCAGUUUGGUCCAGAUCUAGACCACCUCUUUUGGUCAGUUUUAGGUCCGACUGUUUGGUCUGGACCAAAGGGUUUUUUUUCACAAUUUUUGUUCAAACUGAACAGAAAAGUCUGAAUGUCAGGACCAAAUGACAUAGGUGUGAAAGCCCCCUUAAAAUCAUGACCAUUUAAGUGCAAAAAGUGGUACCAGAUAAGUGGCCCAUAGUCCUGCAUAGUUCCUUUAAAGCUCCUGUGAGGUGAUUUUUGACAUUGAUUAUACACACUGAAAUUCAUAUUAACGCCUUCUCACAAAGGAAAACAAGACCAUCAGCAACAAGAUUUAUGAUUUUUUUUACUUUUACUGCCAUUAUUAUUGCAUGAAAUUGGUGCAAGGGGGGUAGGAGUCAGAGGUGCUGUUGAGGAGAAAUUCCCCUUUUUAGAUUUUCAACAUUAAAUAUAUAGUCAGCAGGAUGACAUGUAUUAUCAGAAGACACAACUUAAAUCUUUAAAAAUGUUAGUUUUGUUUUAAAAAGGUUAAAUAAAGUAUGUUAUUUAAAUUUUUGAGCUGCAGAUGUGCUUGCAAAUGUAAAUUUAGGCCACCAUGUUUGUCCUCUCUCCUCUGGGCCGGGUUAGUUGUAACCGUUACUUCCAGUAAUUGAGCUAGGCUAAGCUAACCCGCCAGUAGCUGGAGCCGUAUGUGUACUGCAAUCACGUUAUAGUGUUUCCUCUCUUCUACAUCUUGGCAAAAACAAUCCAAGAGCUUCAGACUCAAAAAGUGAGCAGAAAGUAAGCAGACAAACUUGUACUUUUUUUUUUUUGAAGCAAUGUCAUUUUGGCUGAUGGUCCAUGAUCAGAAAAUGUGAGAAGCUAUGUCUGUCACUGUGGUUAGGGUAGGAAACUCCAGUACAUGCUUGAAUCAAUAUAAUUUGGAAUACUAAAGUGUCAUAAAAACUCAUCUAACCAUGAACACCAGUAGUUCUCUAGACACCACAUAUCUACAGGAGCAUCUUCUUCACUGACCUUUAUGCCCACCCAGGGAGUGCUAGCUUUGUUUAUGCUGCCCUGAAACACCAACAGUGACCGGCGGCCCUCGCUCUGACUGAGCACAUGUGGCAAAUGACAUAUGUUGUGAAGCAGUGACAAAGGCCUCUUACCAAAUCUCUGCUGCACAUUCUUGAGUGUAGCUAUUGGGGAGGUGGUUGUUGGUGCUGUGUGAAAAGACGGUAACCAAAACGACAGGGAGAGAUGUUUUUUUUUGCAGCGUGUGUCCUGACAGAGAUGGGAUGUGGGCGAGAAAAACUCCUCAGGUGAUUGUAGUAGUGCCACACUUGUGUGCCUUGCAGGCUGUAACUCAGCUUGAAAGGUGUGACCUGGGAAACAUGGCAGGGGAAGCUGGGAGAAAGAUGGGGGGGAAAGAGAGAGGUGGGAGGAUAUACUUGGACUGCUGUAUGAGAAAGCAAGAGGAGAAGUAAUCUGAUUAAAGAGGGUUUUCAAGCCUUCUUUUUUAGAGUGUGUGUGAGUGUGUGUGUUUGUGGAUAUGUGGGAGUCUUCUGCAGGCGAUGGGGGUUGUACCAGGACAUGCCAGCACAGUCCAGCUGUGUUAGAGGCACAGAUGGAGGUUUGUUUGUGGCAUGUGCAUAUGCAUGCAUGUGCGUGCACAUAUGCACAAAGUCACAAACACACAUAUAAACACUGAGAGCAUAUUCAGUCCUGCAUGCAUCAACUGACAUAUCCUGUCUCCGGCCUCACAUUCGUUACAGAGUAAAUCUCUCUGUUUUGUUCUACAGCUCCCAUGACACACUUCAUCAUUUCUCCAAAGUAAAGGUCAUGGUGGAAAUAUUGCAGGCUCACCCUGUGUCUGUUUUCUGCAACCAGCAGACAUGAUUUUGGGAAAUACCAUUUUUGAAAUAUGCGCAGGGAGGAUUUAUCACAAAUGCGAAGACUGAGCGGUAUCAAGUCUCUUUGAUUAGCACCAUGACAGUGCAAAAAAAUAAUAAAAUAACAGUCGCAUGAGCCAGAGAAAUGUAAUAUUAUGGUUUGGUUUUGAGGCCAGCAUGCCGUGUGGUCUCUGAGGCCUGAUAAGGUGUCUGGACAUGGGUCUUAGUCAGAUGAGUGGUACAGUAACAUGAGGCCACAUGCUCGGGGAACUGCAGGUCCUCUGGGAGAGAGAGGGGAGGGGGGAUGAUUGACAGCUUAGUUGUGAUGAAGCAGAGAAGGGUGGAGCUUUUUGUCAGAUACAGUCACAUGCUAUAAAGUCAAGCAGAGUUAUUAUUAUCUUUGAAAAACUGCAGCUGAAGUCAAAAUUACCAUAAAACUAAAAUGUCUAGUUAUUACAAGUGCUGCACUAACUGCUCCCACAAAACGGAAACAGUAGUUACUCUGCCAAGUGAAGCACUGAUGAAAUAUUUUGAACUUAUCCCACUUUCCCUGCACUUUUCUUGCCUCGCUGGUGCUAUUACCAUCACUGAUGCCAUUGGUCUUGGUUGUGUAAGGUUAUAUCUAUCUUUCACAACAAACUCACAAUAAAAAAAGUUGAAUAAAUUCCAGAGGCCACUCCCUAAGGGACAUUAUUUGACCCAUUUUCUGCCCAUGAGAUGCCUUCUGAUGUAUAUAUAUUUAUUUAUUUAUCUAUUUAUUUAUCUAGCCGGGCACAAGGCUGGAGAAGUAAUGAGAUGCAGAAAACAUAGAACCCACUCCAAGGCAGAUUCAACACAAUGAAUUUUUAAUCAGUAUAUCAAAAGAUCCUCAUAAACCCAACCUGAGGAGAAGUGUUGCUGUCGGAGUGUUAUUUGUCUUGGAAUCAAUGACGCUGGCAGAUGUUGUUUGAUAAAACAACAGCUUUUCCUCCCUCGCUGCUGUGGUGGCUCCAAAUCUCCCUAUACCUUUCACAAACGCUGCAGCAGCUAUGGAUUAUCAAGAAAAAAAAACAUGUAUAGGGUACGGGGGACGGGGGAGACGGGGUGCCUUUUUUAUCCGAAUGAUCAGUAAAUCACAUUAAAGAUUUACAUCAGUACUUUUAAACAUCCCUCCAGCCCCCUAGUGUUAUCAGUCUUCUGUGUUGUCCUUAAUGCAGCUGUUGGGAUAUUGGGAUCGUUAAAUUUGUUAUUGAUUUCCUUUAUCUAUCUGCUCAGUUUGCUGGUGCAGAUUUUUUUUAAAUUGCAAGUGAGAAAAGAGAUUAAGGAUAAGUGAAAGUGAACAGAUUGUUAUUGCGUCUUAAAGGUUUCAUCACCCUCUAGGUGCAGCAUAAAGCAACUAUAGGGUCUCUGUGUAUACUGUAGGACAGUAUCAAAAUAAUAACUGCUGCUCUCUUUAAUAUGUUGUGCAGUAGUUCCAGGAUAACCAAACUAUAAAAAACAAUGUUUGCCUCAGAUGAGAAAUAAAAAUCCUGAUGCUCCCAUUAGCCAGAAAACUAAGAACUGGUCACUCAAUAACUUACGUUUACAGCCGACCAAUGAAGACGAGGAGUGGAUGAAGCCCUCUUCUCUUCAGCAGACACGACGCGACAUGACAGCCCAUCCAGGCCCCACACAUCUGUUCGGCAUUGUUCAAAUAAUGGGCGGUUUCUGAACUAUAAGUCAACAAUGACAGGCUAAGUCUGUGUUGUGUUAUUGAAGAUGUUAUCAGCGCUGCGUUGUGAUGAACAAGAGGAGCCGGCUGACCAUAUAAAAGAAGCGAUAAACCCCUGCGAGGGACCGCACAGAAGGAGACACACAAAAUCUUAGCCCUGCAUUAGACACAUGGGUGGCUGUGCUCUGUGUGAGGAAAAACUGGUUGUGAUAAGAAAAAGGCGAAGCAUGUGCUGCAUUUUAAAGCAAAUGAACAGAGGGGGGAAACUGCUUUUGUGAACUAUUCAUCUCAGGUGCAUCGAGGAUGUGUCUGCCAGCUCUCUGCACCGUGUGAUGGCUGCUUCCAGUUUUGUUUUCUCAAUAAGCAAAACCUCUCAAGGAGAGUGGAAAAGAGAUUAUUUUUCAUUCGCAAAAAUGUCAUUUACCUUUCUGCACCAGUUAUGAAAAGGCAGCGAGAGAGUAGGCAAAGGAGAGGAAGAAAGGAGGAGCAUUUUUUAAAACUUAUCACUUGUAAAGAUCUCUGACACUGCAGUCAGCAUUUUUGCUUUUACUUCCCCCUCCCUGUCUUUCUCAUUUCUAUCUCUUUUUAUAUAUAUAUUUAAUCUCCCCACAAAGCCCAUUACAGCUAUGUUCCCGCAGCCGUUGCAGUCACACUCAGCUAGCUAUUGGCCAUUCACUAGACUCCCUUACAAUACCCAUAAUCACUGAAUCAGUAAUCCCCUACUUGAGCUGGAAUAGCACAUCCGCAUCGUGGCUCAUUGGAAGUUGCUGCAUUGGCCUGGCUUCUCUUGGUCCAGAAGAAAAAAAAAAGAACUCUGUAGUCCUUCUUAAAGGAGCUGCUGACUGCAUUGUCCUAACCAAGGUCAGGCAGCUUAUGAAAGAGACACUUUUGAGCCUUUUAUUGCCCAGAGGAUUCUGGAGAAAAGCUCUAAUUGGCACCUAUGUGGUGCCUAAUCUUAUGGGUCCACUUGGCAAAGCAUUCAGCUAUUUAUUGUUUUUUUUUUUUCUCUUUAUGUGAUGUGGAGUUUAUCUCCUGUCAAACUAGAGAGGACAUGAGUCUGUUGUUGCGAUGAAUAUAAAACAUCAACAGGGAGUGUCACGAUUCUCUCUCCAAACUAGUAAAUAUUGGAUCACGGUGUGACAGAGCUUCCAGCUUCCAGCUCUCUUCCCCCUCGUCUGUCGAGCGAGCAGAUUGAUCCACACGUUUUUGGCCCGUAUCAAAAGAAAGCAGUCGCUAGCAGAGCCCCGCCAAAGCUGCAUGUCUGUGCAGAAACAAGGGCUCCAUCAUAACUGAUUGCUUGUGACAGUUCACAGUCGCUGGGGCCACUGAAGCAUCAUAACCUUGUGAAACUAGUGUACGGGCACUCUAGCAUACAAGCUGAAGGAGAGGAGAGUGAAAGGGGAAAAAAUGAUAUUAGCAUAUUCCUCACAGUGAUACAGGGACGCAAACAAGGCCAGGCCUGCCAUGAAUGACCUCCGUGGUUAGAAUCAAAUACAUCUUAUGUGAUUAAAGACAUAAUUUGAGCCAGCAUGGUUGGAGUCAGGCUAGAUUUAUUGACAGCUGUAGCGACUGAACAGGCACAUGUGGAUUGAUGUGACUGAAAUAUCUUCCUGCAUGCCUGAGGAGAAAAUCCAAGCUAUUCACGUCACUUUAUGUGCAUUGUCACAAUAACAAGCACCAAUUUGGUUCUGUUUGUUCACUGGUUCACAUUGAGUUCACUCGAAAAAUCGAAUUUGCACAUAAGAGUGGAGCGAUAAUCACGCCAUGUUGUUCUCCUGACUCAUCUGCUGCUUGUCAGAAGGAAAGAGGUGCAUUGCUGUCAAUUGAAAUCUCCAAACUAGGACUAAAACCAUGAACUAACAGGUGUGGCAGAGUUAGAUUGUGACGCAGCGGUGCAGUCUGACAUUACCGCAGAGCUCCUGUCCUUAGCGCUCACUAUCCCCAUGAGUGAGAAUUAAGUGAACAUGAUGUGCCCGUUCAACCAUGAGCCUCCUCUGUUUCUUCCUCCAAUGGUUAAUUCAGAGAGUGCCGUUGUGUGGCUCUUGCUAUUUCACACAUGGCUACAUAAAACCUGUGGGCGGUUGCUCCCAGGCCACUGUCCGUGUUUGUGUGUCCAUGCAUGACUGUGAGAUGAAAUAUUGAAAUGUUCCAUCAUCAAGCAUCGGGCCGCCGCCGGCACAAUUCCCAUUCCUUAAUUUUAUUUUUCCUUCCCUUCUUUAUCUCGUUGGCUUGGUGGUGUUACUUUUACUUUCUCCUCGGCGUGGCGUGCAGAUCAGGAAGGCAAACCUCAUCUGGACCCAUGACAGAGCUAAUCCAUCGCAGCUGCAGAAUGAAAAGGGGCCGUUUGGAGGGAAUCCAUUCCAAAAAGGGCCUCAAUGGGGAAGCUUCUCUCAGAUGCCGGUGCCCUUCGCAGCCCUGACAGUGCGAGAAUAUGAUGAAAAAGCACUUGGGAGAGUUCACUGGCUUAGCUAUGUUUAUGAGAGGAGGCAAAAGAUGGGGAGAGAGAGCUGAAGGGCAGAAGAUGGGGAGAUGAAGUGACCACACACCGGGUUUGUAUAUGCCUGUGUGUGUGUGUGUAAAGUGUACAGGAUUAUAAGUACAAAGCAGAGUAUCUCUUACCUCAUCUUUCCACCUCCCUGUCUACUAAACUGAACUGAAGGCGGCUGAAUGUCUGUAAUAUACUGUCAAAGGAUGUGUGCAGUUUUGUAAGAGUCAGUAGAUGAGCAGUGCACCUUUAACAGCCCACCCACAACAACUCUGAAGGAGACAGUGUCCUUGAAGUGGCUGUACGUCCACCAGGAAUUAACUCACCACAAACAAAUAUACAAUAUGGUUGAAGCUGAAAAGCCCUUCACUCGUGUAUUAUAAAUGGACUGCGCGACUGUAAAACAUACCUUUCUUCGAGAAGUCAAGGACACAGAAAUCAAAUCACUUUUUGCUUUUCUUUUCAACACUCACGACAUUACAUUUUUUUCCUCUGCCCAUUGUGGCUGCUGCUGCUGCUGCUAUAUUCUCGUCUCUAAGCUGUAAGGGGAUAGACUUUGGCUCUUUUAUGCAUAAAGAAGCUUAAGUUUGGAAUUCGCUCUCAAGUGGCCAAAGUCUGAAAAAGUCAGUGAACAUCUCUCUCCCAAUUUUGGAGAUUUUUUUCAGGGCAAACCUUUUGACCUUUUGAUCAAAUGCUAAGCUACUAUAUCAAGUACUGGUGCAGAAUUUUGUUGCAGUUUGAAUUUCCCAUUGGAGAGGUCGUAAAUAAAGCUAUUCAAGGCGUGUUUCCACUGAGCAGUUUGGUUCAGUUUAGGUCACUAUGAAAUUAUUUGCGUCUUCCCUGCUAAAAGUCGGGUACUAACUGUGUCAUUGUACUUUUUUGGCACCCUCUCCCUGAGCACCACAGGUACCUUUUUGACCCUAAAAAUUGGGACUAGACACACCACAACUGGACUAUGCUCUCAAAUGAAUUAUGACUAUUCUUGUGUUUGUUCUCUGUGGGGAAUGCUUUCAGGCAUCAAGAUUGGUCUUAUUUGGAGACAAUCUGGUUUGAGAACUGUUGCUUAUGUACACACAGACUUCAACUGAGCUAAUACAGGGGCACACAAGAAAUAUCCUUUAAUCUUGUGUUUUUAAUCGAUUGAUUAAUUAACAAAGUUUACAUGCGGCCAACCUGAUUAUUGCCACUUUUUUUCCUACAUAAGUUCUCUGUAUUCCUGAAUAAUGAAAAUAAAAACAAACUGCAAAUUACCUUUUUUUUUCUUUUACUAAGUACAUUUCCUGGACACAAUUUCAAAAUAAAAGCUUUGUAUCAAAAUAAGAGGUGUGUCUCCACAGAAAAAAAAGGUUGAGAAUUUGUUUUGAAAAACAUUCUAGGAGUUUUUCAAUUCUGUAUUUUUCAAGCCUCUGACAAAACCUGAAUCAGAGUCAGGAUACUUUAUUUUUUCCAGGGAGGUAAAAAAAAAAGUAGCCUACUCAAAACCAAUACAGACCCCAGCUUAUUAUUUACUUAAUAAGUAAACAGGUAAAUUUACUUAAAAUAGUAAAUAAAUACUGAUUUAUUGAUUUUCAGUGGUCUGAUCUGUUAACAUACAUGCCAAAAUGAAAGUAUAGCCUUUCUGGAGCCACCAUGCAGCCAGCAUGAUACCUGUGUGAAUCCCCUAAGGUCACAGGUCUAGAAACACAAGCAAGAUCAGGGUUUACUGUACCAAAUGUACAAAACUAUGCUUGACAAAACCAGACCACUUGGUAGAAACACACCAUUAGACACAUAAUCUACAUCUCAAAGUGACAAUUUACCCCCUACAAUACAACACAAUGAAGCCUGGGAAUGCUCCAUUAGGUCAGGUUUGUGAGUCUGCCCAACUUUUGCCUCCACCCCAGCACUGAGAGGAGAAGCUGAAUUUUAUUUUUUAGUCUGGAUAACAAACAAAACACACUAUUAAAGAAAAACAAUGUAUUUUGACAUUUGAGUUGUUUUCUUAUUCCGGUUCAUCUGUUGUGUUACAUUAGUUGUGCACUUAGCAAAAUAAAAGCUUUGAAUGGGGCAACACCUGCCUUAGGGGCUGCAUCCACUGACAGUGUUUUCACUUUUGUCUUGUUUUUUUUUGUGCUGGCAGCGCCCACAACCUACAUUUUACAGCAAUUCUCCCUGGCGCCUUCUGGUCUUAGGUUGCAAAAGCCAUCUCACAGCUAUUCUGUUUCCCUCUGUAUUGAUGCAAAGUUUGCUUUGAAUUGUUCUUAAUGUUUAUGAGUUGCCAAUAUUAAGGGACAUUUUGCGAUGUAAAUGUAAAAAGCAAUGGGGAGGAAUUGUUCCUGGCAUUAGCAGCAGCUCGAGAACUGGAAACUGGGCCUUGCAAAAUAAGUCUGAUGAGCUUUUUCUACACUAUUGCCACUGACAAAGAUGAGAUCAUAAGUCCCACCCCUUUUUAAUUCUGAUUGGUUUGUGAGGGAGGUGACAUUGAUGGAUGUAGGGGUGUUCCAACCAUUCGUGCAGUGACACUAAAGCUUACUCUGAAGGUGCAUCAGGAUGCUGAACAACAAAACACUGAUUUUAUUUAGAUGACAGACACCACACGCACAAAAAAAAAAUGUUAAUGAACACAGGCCCUUACUGUUUGUUUACCUAACACAAAUUAUGUCCGCCAGUCUUUCUUGACCGUUCACUUCUCAGAGUUUGUACAACCAUGGAAGGUUUUGAUGUAUCUUAAGAACAUGUACGGUAGCAGAAACUUUUGGCUGUUUCAAAAUCUGUUAUUUUAAUAAUAGGGGUUAAUUAUGUUAAAUCAUGUGUGUGGUUGAGAUAACAGCAGGGUUCAAUGAGAAAAUAUUCUUCAUUGUAAGUUGAAUCAACCAACCUGCAAAUUAAAGUCAAUACUCUAUUAUUUUCUGUUAUUUUGCUUUGCAUUAUUUUCUUCUGUUUAUCAGUCAACCCGGACAAUCUCAUUGAUUUGUGGGUGUCUUUAUAAAGUUGCCAGGAGACUGACAUCUAUAGAGCUGGGACUCUUUGUGACUGCAGCACGCUGACCUUAUCGCGCAAGAUAUCAGUCUGGCACCAAAUUAGACUGAAAUUUUCUUAUUGGCGUCACUGCCCUGCACUUAUCCAGACGAUGAAAGGUCCAGUGAGACUAAAAUGAGGCACUUCUUUUCAUCUAAUGCUAGAAACUUUUUGCUGUUAUUCCUCCAAAUGGCUGUAAGAAAUGGCUCUAAAGUGAAGCUCAGAGCUGGAAAUCUUUAUUGGCUUUUAUGGUAAAAUUUGCUUUCGUAAGGAAAGGUGAGGACAGCAUUUAUUAAGGGUUCAUAUGCUUGGCUCUCAUAUAUAAAGCAUUCAUGUUCACUCGCUAUCACUGCCUUUUGUUUCUACUUUCUCUCUUCCACCUUUAGCAUUAUCAUUCAAGGACUGACUUCAUCUCAGAAAGGGCACUAAUAAGAUGAAGAGUGGUGCUGGACUCUACAUACUUAUGGAAGCCUGUGAAGGACAGGGGGAUAUCUUUAAGUAAUAUCUUGCAAGGUUAAACAACUGGUCCCAUCUCACGUCCUCAUUGACUUAUUCUGUUAUUCUCUAGAGAAAGGCUCAGAGUGCUCGGGUCCUGGAGUGGUGUCAUUUUGAAAUUCCGCCCCGUGAUCAAGCUUCACGAUGCAAAUUCCUCGAUGGAUCAGUUUGUGUUGUUCCAUCGCCAUAGGAUAUAAAUUGUGACAUGUAACAUGAUUAGCGAUACUGGGGGCAAAGGCUUAGUUUACAUGUGUAGGCAGUGGACCUCAUGAUAGUGUCAGAUAGUCAUUCCUGCUCUGCGGCACACUCUUGGCUUACAUGUGCAUAAAAGAUCUGACUUCUCCCUGAAGGACAGAAACGGCCAGUCAGGAAGCAUUAAACUCAAAUAGUCCCACACUCUAACUCGAAUAUGGAAAUUUUAAGACCUUUUGCUCCCCUGCAUUGAAGACGAGGAAACGGAAAAAAAGACAAAUGGAAAUAAUUUUCGCACGGCUGACGAAAAAGGUUGGAAUGAGAUAUACAGGAGGGCAAGAGAGACAAUCCAGAGUCUUGACAGUGAUGGAAAAAUAUACGUGCCUGCCUGCCUGACAUCCAUAAAGUUUUCUGUGCUUGUUUUGUUUUCAAUCAUCCAAAUAAGAACAGGAGCAAGAGAGGUUUUCAGCUGGCAGGUUCAUCCCCUGCUGUGUACAAUUGGAUUCAAAACAAGUCAGUCAGGUGCGGCACACUUUACCUAAAAUAUCACCACAAAUCUUUACCCAGGCGGGCCCGGCUCUCCUGCAGUCAGAUUGAAUAAUUUCAAUGCAUUUUCUCCCAGGACCCCCUCGGAUGUGGCGGGGAGUUUUCUCCUUGUGUCUCCUUUUCUUAAAGGCAUCUGACAAGGAACCCAAAGUGAACUGUUUCCUGUGAUGCAGCAGAGCUAAUCCCCCCGUUUGUUGUGAAGGCAGAGCUCCUGACCACUUCUGACAGCGGCAGUUUGAAUGUUUGCUGUUGUGGUCUGACAUGUUGAACCCUCCUGUCUCCAUCGCUCCUUUUCGCAGCUGUACCCGGACACCCUGGCUCCUCUUCAUCGUCUGCUUCACAGCACAGUGAUGCUGAUUAGACAUUGUGUGUGUGAGUGUGGACACGUUGGCACGACUUUAGUGGCUGUCCAUCUUCAUGCAGUCAUGCUGCAAUCCAAACCCCUCUCCAUGUGCAAUCCCCUUCGUGUUCUGUUCACUCCCCUUCCCUUCUUCCAUACUCAUCUGUGAAGAAGACGAGGGCGCGCUUUAGGCCUGCAGUGCUGAUUGGGAGGAUUAGUGGUGUGUGAGGGACUUUGUCACCAGCUUUCUUGGAAAUCCAAUUACAGAAUAUCAUAAGCCUUACAUGUUUCAUACUCGGCUGAAUCCUCCUUAAAAAUGCGGGCAGUAACACUCAAAGGGUCAGUGUUUAGUAGAGCUCCCUGCUGUGUGUUGUGUUGUGGUGACAUCUCCCUGAAGGUGAGAGAGGUGAUCAUCUCUGAGAGGACAAGACAAGUCCGAUGGCACUACUCUCGCCUCUGCAUUGCAGCAAAUGGUGGACUGUGUGGCACUGAGGAAAAGAAGGGAUCUGUAUUUGUUCAGUGUGACUAGCUGGGAUCUUGGAGCAUGACUCCAAAGGUUUAGGCUUGUUAUCUGCUGGCAUAGAUAGUCCUCAGUUGCAAACAUCAAGGAAAUUGCAUGCAGGAAAGGGAGGUAGGAAGGGUAAGAUUUCUGCAAGUACAGCUUGAGGCCUCUCAAACGGAUUUUCCCCAGAGUUUUAGCAAGCAAACUGUUCGAUCUUGUAGCCACGGCACAACGCUGUUAUCUGUGCUAUUUAAAUGGCUAACAUAUCGAACAUUUGAACAGCGCUCUUGCUCAAUCCUGCUGCGCUUUUGCUCUGCAUCACCAGUCCGGUUGGUCAAACAGGGGGCACAGCCGCGAUAAAGACGACUUUACAGCCGUUGCAGGACUUUGAGCCCUGUGUGUGUGGCUCUGUGUUCAAACAAGAGCACAAAGCUAAGACCUUGAAGUUGAAAAUAUCUGUCGGAAGGAGAUGGAGUUAAGAGUCAUUGAUUCCCUUGGCAAUUGCUCACCAGCCACUCUCACAAGUACAGGACUAUAUCAUCAAGAUAGCAGGAAGAGAGGAGAAGGAGCAGGAGCUGCCGGUUGAAGGGCUGCAGUGAAAAACAAGAGAGGAAAGAGAAUAUUUAAUGAGCUCUAGAGAUAGGGAAGUACGUGCUUGUGGGCCUCAUCUGACCUCAGAAUCUCCCAUCCCAGGAUCACUCUCUCCAGCCUACCAUAUAUGUUGUAAUUACAGCGUCAGUCCUUUUGAUGUGUCAGGUAUUAUUAAUGACGAAACGUUAGUCUGCUGUGCAAACGUCGAUUUCUUUCAUUCUUGAAUUUUUUACAAGGUUCUAAGAGAGAAAAAAAGGAAAAUAUGUACACAGGGGCAAUGUGGUUUCAGAUCUGAAGAAUUAUAAAUAACGUUUUGUUCAGAAGCCCUUUUCAAGCCGACAGUUCUCUGCAGUGGUUAUUUUGGCGUACAGUUGAAGUAUUUGUUAUAUUGAUAAAUAUCAUUCAUAUAAUUGAACCAUGAUUACUCGAGUCACUAGUCUUAUUUUUCAGUAUAUUAGAAUAUUGGCUCUGAUUUGAAAUGCAAACAAUUCCUGUUUGCAGACGUAAUCCUCCUUCGCCAUAUUUGGCAAACACGCAAAGAUCUGACAAACAGAAACCACGUCACGUAAUUCAGAUUUCCCUUUAAUUCUGCCUCUCCUUGUAGCGGAACAGAGGUCCACUCUCAUUUUAAUGGGACUGACUGAUGUUUUAGAUCAUAUAUAAGACCUCCAUCACAAUACUCAGACACGGUAUGGGAUCAGAUAAGUGUUGUUUUUUUUUCCUAUGGAAGCCUUUCAGGUUAAUUUCUUGGAGCAUCAAAGAGAAUGUAAAUCAAGUUAACCAGAGUUUGAUUUUAUGCUUUCAUGUGGAUUUCCAUAAUCUACUUCUCAAUUGAAAUCUCUUGUCUGCAUUAAGCUUGAAAGAAGGCAAAACCUCAUAAGAAACUUUGCCUUUACACUUUCUCAUCUAAAAGACACCUGCCACACGGACAUGUCUGUGGGCAUGUUUUCUGUAGGUUUAACAUGGCACUCUCUAGGUUUUGUUGGUUGGAUUGCAGUUUAUUCUGUGUGUAAUGUCAUUGAAUGCGACGCCAAUCAGCUUUACAAGACAUUUUGUAACAAGUCAUCUGAGUUGGGCGACCUACUUGUGAAAGAUAAAAAGCUGAUCUACAAAUACAGGAAAAAAAAAUCAAAUGUAGUUUGCCAUCAAAUGCUUUUGUAUGUUACCUUAAAUAAUGAAGUUGACAGGAAACACUUGCUGUAAAACUGCAUAUUGCCAAGAAACAGGAGAUGGAUCAAGUGUGCUGUAGUUUGCUGUUUAUGAGUUAUCAGCAGUUGUUAGCAGACUGAACUGGUGACGGUUAACUCUGCAGCAGUUGGUUAUGUUAGUGUAUUUAUGAAUUCAUAUGUGCACCCCGGGUUUGUCCUUGGAUGUCUGCAUAAUCACCACCCAUAGCCUGUGUAUUGGUAUGGACACACCUCUCGGCUCCUCUCUUUCUAAGAUGUGCAGCCAAAAUACUGCCUGGAUGGGUGCUGAUAUAUUGUGCAAGUGAAGUAGAGGCAGUUAGAGCCGAAGGAUUCACAUCACAGUCCUUCUGUAAACCAAAACAUGCAAUUAAGUCACCAAUAAAAGGUCAUGGACCCCUUUAGGUUGGUCAGUCAACAGCAAGACAGUCAUACAAGUCUCUUGUAUCAGUGUUAAUUAUGUUUUGUCUUGCUCCUUCCUUACUUUACUAUUCUCACAAAGGCUAUUGCAGGGUGUGCAGAUGGCCCAGCGGGUUAGCAUGCCCCAUAUAUGGGGCCCACGAUUCCCACAGCAAUUGCAGGUUCGAGUCCGGACCUGACCAUGUGCUACAUGUCCUCCACACUCUCUCUGUAUUUCCCUACAUUUCACCCUGUCCUAUCAAUAAAAGACAAAAAUUGCCCAAAGAAAUAAUUAUAAAAAAACAGCCAUUACAAGAAUUUCCUGUCAACAAAGGUGUAAAUCAUCUCUUUACAUCGAAUAACUCAUUAAAACCAAUGUGCUCCAUGAAUUAACCCAUGGACAUGAUCAAAUGAGACUUUUAAUUUUAUUUUUUAUUUCUUUAUCAAUAGAGGAGGUGGGCUUCAAGACACUGCAGCCAGUCACUGGAGGGAGUUCAAAGGAUUUGGCCUCAUUUAUGGGAGCUGUUGUUCUGUACUUGUUUUUAUACAGCCUAUGUCAGCAGCAGCUUGGAUGCCUCAUGCAUCAGCUGGAGGAUUAAAUAAGAGCACUGAAAUGCACAUCCAUAUGUUAGAGACAUGUUUGAUUUUCAACUCCAGAGCCCUCUGCUCAUCUACAUCUUUAAUGUGGGAAAAUGUGGCUUGCAUGCACACUAGCUCAGGACUUAAUUAAAACCACAGCUAAGCUACCAAAAAGCUAUUCGGUUCAUAAAUCAGGAACUCUUAUACCAAGCCAUCGAGAAAUGAUGUGAAACUUGCAUUCUUGCCUGAUGUUACAAUUCAGUUUGCUUGUUCAAAAGACCCAUGUUGUAUGUCAUAAAAAUAUGCGUGCAGUUCAUCUGUUAUACUUCAAAUUUGCGGCAGGGCUUUAAAAAAGCUACCUUUGUUUAUUUUGAUGUUAAAUCCUAGCCAUAAAUUGAGAGAAGCUUGUGCCAUAUGUCACAACAAAGCACGAAACUUAAGAGAAAACCUCUCAAACAUGCAAUCUUCACUUUAAAAGAGGAGCAUGAUUCAUCUAAAAGCUGUGUUAUUUGCCAUCCACCCAGGCAACAGACAAACAGAAAUUGAUAUGCAGCUUCUUUGUGUAGAGGCAGCAUUAAAGGCUGCAGUUCGGCCGGCUAUCCCUCCUGAGAAACACUCAUUUAAACCAUAAAAGUUACUGGCCUGUAACCUUAUUUGAUGUGACUUUUACCCAUGUAUCUAGCAGAGAAGGAAAUGUGUUAGCUCUUCACUAUCUGUGGUUGUUGUAUAGAUGAGACAGAUAUAAUAAAACUCAGACAUCCAUUUCCAAUCACCAGAUCUACUUGUGCUGUAAUCCUGCUUCACAUGGCUUCAGCUCAGUAUAUGAACAUUAACAUGAAAUUUCAAUUAGUCACCAACAUGUAAAAGAUCGAACAGAUAUGUAGGGUUAGGGUUGAAGGUAAUCUUUGUAGCAGGAGCUGGCGAUGCUUAUCUGUUGGUGGGCGAGCUCAGGGCUAACAGGUCCUGGUGUUAGAGCAUCUACAGGCCAGCUUCCUUAUCCCCCUUCAUCCAUCAUGCACUCCAACAGUCAGACACACGAGCACAUGCAGAAAGACACACGUUCACACACACACAUUCAUGCACCUCUGAACUCCUCAGAGGAUUUGCUUGCACUAUUUUUUUUUUUUUUGUCCAAACAGCAGAUGAGGUUUUUAGCAGUGGGGGAUUCCCAAACUGGCAGAGAGAGCAGCAGGCAGGAGAGAAAUGUGGAGGUCAUAAAGAGAGCCACUGAAGUUUGGCUGUUAUCAUCAGUCACACAGCUACUUUACUUUAGAUUAGAGGUGUGUGUGAUGAUUCAUUUUUCCUGUUCACUUCCAUCUUACUCACUUCAACUCAUCAAGAUAUUUCAUAAAUCACAGUAUUUUCAUCUUAUUUGCAGUUUUUCACUUACUUAACUGCCAUUAUUGAUCGAUACCCAUUAGGGGUGGGAGAAAAAAUCGAUACAGCAUAGUAUCGCGAUAUAUGGUCUGAUACAUCAUAUCGUCUCAUUUACCAAGUAUUGAUUUUUCAAAUUGAUUGCUAAUAUGAAGUCAAAUCUAUGAUAAUGGAAAAAUAAAAUCAACUGUUGGUCCAGUGAGGUGACAUCGUAGAGCAGGAGAAAGUUAGUACAACACAAAUAUAUAUAAGGUUUGCAAGAUGUGCUACAUGAGAAUAAAAUACAGCGUAAAUGAGACAAACAUAAAGGAAAGCCAAAUGGUAAAUUAGCUAAACAGUUGAAAAAAUGGUAUAAAUUGCAAUAUAUUGUAUCACAAUACUAACUGUAUUAUAAAAUGUUAAAAAUCGCGAUAGUAUCGUAUCAUGGCCCAAGUAUUGUGAUAAUGUUGUGUUGUGGGGCCACUUGUGAUUUCCACCCCUAAUACCUAUAGUUUUAUAGUUUAUUCAAAAAUUGUCAAAUGAAAUUGUCUUUAUUAAAAAUUUAAAAAUGAACAAUUUUUAAAAUUUAGUUUUCUUAAAAAACAAGUUUCUCCUGAAGGCCAGUAUCAGUAAGUUCAUCAUAUUUUUCCUCCAUAUUUUUGUGUUAAAAAAGACAAUCUUCAUGUGUAGUUUAUGCAGAUCUGAUGUUCAGAAGGGUUAAGAAGUCAUGAGCAGAGAUGGAAAUAAACAAGUGCUAUGCUGACUAAUUCUGACACAUUUUAAUGAGUGAAAUACAAAAAAGUAACAACUAACACACUUUGGCCUUUAAGGACUUUUUUGCCAAAGAAACUGCAUGACACUCUUUGACAAUCUGUGAAAUCUGACAUCUAUUUACUGAAGAAUUUAACUGACAUACAUUAAAUCAUAGAUGCAGGCAAAUAAAAGUGCCUUUCAGAAAUUCAAAUGUGUCCCCGAAUUGAAAAUGAGAACCUUGUAGAAGUUUUCGUCCUGCCACUGGGCUUUCAAGCCAAGCAUACUUACUUGACAUAUGUCAGAAGUCUACAUGUUUGUGGUGAAUGUUUUAUCACUGAUGUUGAUCAGACUGUGAAUUAUGUGAAGAGAACACAUUAAAUAGUAACGUCGACUCUGUAGUUUGGUUCAAAAGGUGCCAUGAGCUGUCCAAAUCCUUUCUGUUAAAUCACAGAAGUAGGUCGGUCAUCUCAUAUCGUAACUUUGGGGACUUUGCCAUUCAUUACUUACAUCUUUCAGCUGUCUCUGGUAAAUUUCCAGUUGACAAAUAUUGAAUAUUGACCCAGAAGUGAUCACUUCAGUUUAAAAAAGGUGACCAAGCCUUUGUGGCUCUGGAACAACCUGCCCUUGUACAUCCACUCUGCAGAAUCGAUUGAGGUUUUUAAAUCCUCCUUGAAGACUCACCUCUUCUCUCUGGCUUUUAAUUGAGUUUAAGAGGACUAAAUUUUAACUGAAUUUAAAUUCAUUUUAUUUCUUUUUUUUUAUUUCAGUCCAUUUUAUAGAACAGUGUUUAUGUAUUUUAGUACUCAUUUUAUUUAUUGUAACUGCUGAUGGGUCACUUUAUCAUCCCUGCUGCUUUUACUCUGUACAGCACUUUGGUCAACCCUGAUUGUUUUAAAUGUGCUUAAUAAAUAAAGUUUGAGUCAAGUUAAAAUUUUAUCUCCGUCACAAGGCUGUGUUCUUGCAGCAGUCAAGUGACACAAAAAUGAUAUCAAUAAUCUUUUAAGAAUAAAUAUACACAUUAAGAGCUGUAAACACAGAAACGAAUUAAUAAAAGGAAAUAAAAUAAAAUGACACUCAUAAUUAGCAAGGACAAUAUUUAAGGUACUGGGUAAGAGCUGGGCAGUAAGUCUUAAGGUGCUUCAUUUCCCUGUAUUUCCAGUGUUUCUUCCUUCACUGUCACAAUGUAACAAAGACAUAAAAUCACCCCAAAAAAUAAAGAUAAAGAAAGAAAUGUCAUCACCAAUUCUCCAAUAUUAAAACAUAGUAUAUAAUAUUGAAAAAGUUUACAAAAUGGUGACAUCAGAAUAUAUAGCAAUCCUGCUGUGAUGGAAACUGCACGUAAUAUUCGUGUGUGUAUGUUUGUAUGUGUGUGCCAUUUAACCCAGGAGUUAAUAUGAAGUGUAAAUAGAUGUUGAUGUAGAAGGACGACUAGCAGCCUCCUUUGAACGCUUCAUGGCAGCGUCUGAGCCGAGUCGUUCUUGAAUCUGGGUCUCCCAUUUGAGUUAACAGUUUGAAGCACUUCACAUCUCUAUAUGACAAGAGCUGAUGCAUUCCCCCAGGGUACUUACCAGCUAUCUCCCUGUGACAGCAUCCCUUAUUCAGAGUAGGCUCGGUCCUGAUGUAGGCUGGUAAUGCAGGGGAGGAGGGUGGUAAGGAGAGGGUGGUGGUAGCAGGACGAGGAGUUAUGAUGAGGAGAAGGAGACAGAGACCCAAGCAGGCAGGAAAUGGGGCUCCAAAAAACUGAGAGGGGAGACAACAAAGGAAGAAAGGGAGAAUGUGGGUUUUAUAGAAAAGGAGAUGAGUAAAACAGCUUAAAAGAUACAAUCAUAGUUGACAUUUAACGUUCCCGACCUCCCUUCCCAAGGCAGUGCAAAGCUCUGGCUCAUGGGCCGCCAAACAACAUGGAAGUCCAAACAGUGCGAGUGCAUGAAAAGGCUUUUUUUUCUUCUCUUUCUGAAUUAUCCCAGCAUGCCUGCAGGAUAGCACAUAUCCCUCUUAACUAGCAUUCCAGGCCAGCCAUCUCAAGUGAUGCAUCAGAAAUGUAACAUCCCCGUAGCACAGCCAAGUGUCCUGAUUAUAGACGGGAAUGAGGGCGGCACACUGUGUGUGUUUGACCAGUGAACUGGAGAUGGGAUGCAUGGUUCCCUGCAGCAGAGUGGAGGAGGAGGAGGAGGAGGAGGAGGGGCAGGGACGGUUAACUGCAGAGGAGGGAAAAAAAAAAGAGAUUGAAGAGGAAGAGAAAAGAGAAAGGGGCAGAUGAGAGAGAAUUAUCUGUCUGUUGUUUACCACUCGCUCUUCAUGCAGGGUCCUAUAAUGACUCUGUGUAUAUGCACAUGGAUGUCUGAGGACUUGUGAGUAAAUUACCAUUAUUGAAAUUCAAGGUGACACUCACACAGUCAUUGAAUUAUAUUAACUGAUGUGUUAUUUCUGCAGAGUUGGAGACAGACUCGACCACCUUAUUUCCACCUUCAGCGCGACAUUUAUUUCAUUCUUAUUUAAUUACUGACAAGGAUGAGACUGAGGCAUCCCUCUAAAGCAGCUUUCUCUCUUGACUCCACUCUGGACUCAUUUCUUUCCCUAUUUUUUUGCUCACUGAAGUCCAAGACUAAUGUCUGCUCCACUGAUAGAGCAGAGCGAUAUUAUGGGGGGAAACAAUAUGAGAGAGGGAAAGAAGAGGCACUCAGGUGAAGAGAGAUACUGACACGCUUGAGGUGGAUGUAUGCUUGGGGGGACGGCCAGAUGGCAGAGGAGGAAGACAGGCAACAAAAGGAGAGGUCAAAUAAAGAGGUGAUAGUCGAGGAGAGUGGUGAGACAACUUUGGGAUAAAUUAUGAAAGCAUUGGAAUACAAACAUGUAUAAAGGAUGAUUCUUUUGGGGUUGAAAUCUUGCAGUUUUGGUGAAACAGUCCAACUCAUAACGACAGAAAAAUGAGGACACAGCAGACUCUCUGAUUCUACUCACUCAACUCAAAUCCUGCCUUGUUUCUUUAUACACUGAUGGACUUCUUAAUCCUCUAUUCAGCUUGGUCAGAAAUUUCCUACUUACUGCUAUUUUGUUUGCUAUUUCCUAUUAAUAAACAUGCCAGCGAAUGUGCUCUGCUCAUUUGUUCUGCCGUCGUGCCUUGACUGAUAGAAUUAGAGUUCAUUAAAAUUUUAAUUUACAUGCACCUCAAAUUAACAAGAUAGCAAAUGGGUGCAGCAUGUAACAAUAAGCUUGAAUAAUUAGAAAGUUAUGACAAUCUUUAACAAAAGUGUUGGAUUUAGGGUGGUAGUUUUAAAAAUUGCUCCUCCUCACAGGUGAUGCAGGCUGUUUGUGAUAACAGGCAACACUUCUUUUGUUUUCGUGCAUUAGCACUGGGUUGAAAAGCAAAUUGUUUCCCUUUCCCCCCCCUGUAAAAAUGAUGAUUGCUCUGCUGCUUUCCAGCCUGCUGAUAGAGGAGUCAUUUUUACAGAUGAGAUGACGCAUUUGCUUAAUCAGUCAUGAUCAACAGCACAGCUAGCUUCACCUGAAAGUUCCCCGAGCUUCAACUUUGACUCUCUCCUCCAGGCUACAGUGUAUAAACACCUCCAGAACCAACAAAACCUCCACAUGUGUGUGUGGCUUGUUAGCCUCUGACCACAAAAGUGGGCUAAUAGUGAUUAAGAGUGAGAAAACAAGAGGUUUCUGCAGAGCACAGCAAAUGGCACUGCAUUGAAAAUCAAUAACACAGCUUCCAUUAACUGUAUGUAGUGUUAGACAAAGUGCAUCGGGUCUAUUUAUGGUAAAGACAUGAAUUCGGCUGAGAAUGCAAGUCUUUAAAAGUCAUGUGUGGUACAGGUGGAGGAGUAGUAGUGCAGAUGGGAGUGUUGUGUUUCUGUCUGAAGGGGAAGAGAUGCAGCAUGCCGGCAAUAAUCUUAAAUGAUGUUUCUUGCGGCAGUAUGGGUUUCGCAUCUUCGUCUUCUUGUAAAACUGACAGUAUGUUGAGUUUUAUGCUUAAUGUGUGCAACAUAUGUGCUUUUUUGUUUAUCCCUGUAUUUUUUGUGUCUUUAUUGUUUUUAUUCAUAGACGCCUAAAUAUCUCUAUCACGUUGUACCCCAUCAUAUUGUAUUAUAUUAUAUUGUAUCAUCAUGUCUUGACAUACUAUACAUCAUAUUAUACCCAACUGUAACGGACCAUUUGGUAUUGUUCAGUAUUGUAUAAUUUCCUUUGGUGUCAUAUAGCAUCACAUUGUAUCAUAUCAUAUUGUGUGGUCUAGUAUCAUGUAACAUCCUACCAUAUAUUAUCAUAUUUUAUGGUAUGGUAUGGUAUCCUAUAGUCCUACGAUAUCCUGUGGUAUGGCAUGGUAUAGUAUAGUAUGGCAGUCUGGUUUUGUAUUGUAUCGUAUAGUGUACUGUCAUGUCAUGUCAUGUCGUAUUGUAUCCUAUCACAUCGUAUUUUAUGGGAUUAUACCAUAUCAUAAAUUGUAUCUCAGUGUGUCCAUUUCAUCUCAAUAUAUUUCAUCAUAUUAUGGCGUUUUGUGCCUGACUAUAUCGUAUCUAACCGAAUCAUAUAUGAAUUAUACUUAAAGUACUUACUUACUGCAGCCUCAUAUGGUGAAAUGUGAAUAUUUCUAACAAAUAAAUAAUGAAGCAAUAGGUUAUUAAACUUAUAUUGAUAAUGGUUGUGUUAGCAAUAUCAAUUAAUGUUGAAUAACUGAAAUAAUGAAUACAAUUACUUAAGUUAAAUAAUUUGAUGCUGACAGAAUGAAUGGCAGUGAGACUUCACCAUGUGCAAGUUAAUUAAAAUACAGAAGGGAUUAAUUGGGAUUAGGUAGAGAAAAAGAAAUUUUUUUUUUUUUUAUCAUUAUUAUUAUUAUUAUUUUUUUUUAAUUUUGUAAUGUCUAGACAUCUACCCUUUAUUGCACCAACCAUUACAAUUGGCACAGUCAUCCACCUCCAUGGAUUGCAGGCUGGCAUUGGCAUCAGGAGUGAAACAAUUUCUGAACUAUUGAAAACCAAGAGGCCAAAAAGGCUUUUCUGAUACAGAAAAGCUCUGGUGGCCCGUGCAAGUUAGCUUGUUUACCCCAAAAAAACAAAAGAAAGAAAGAAAGAAAGAAAAAAAGAAAGAAAGAAAGAAAGAAAGAAAAUUCAACAAUUAAGCUUGAUAGCCUGUCUACAGCAAUUGAGAAAAGUUACCCUGAAUGUAUAAAAGACAGAGUCUAGUCUAAGGUAUACGUUUCAAACAAGGGAAAAAAAUAACUAAAUGGUUGAAUUUUAAGGGGUCACAUAUGCUUGGAGUAGAUUGAUUCUCCUGGCUAAGAAGUUAAUCGAUGUAAUUAUUUUACAUUGAGGUAAAGCAUUUAUUUAAUCUCACUACAAUGCUGUAGAUAAUAUAAUGCCUGGAAAUCAAUCAAUCAAUCAAUCAAAUUUUAUUUAUAUAGCGCCAAUUCACAACAGUCGUCAUCUCAAGACGCUUUUCAAAGAACAAGAGCAGGUCUAGACCACGCUCAUAGUUUGAUGAUCAAGAACCAACCUAAGAUGGGUUUUGGCCCAUCUCAACUAACAUGAGUAGCAGUGGCAAGGAAAAACUUCCUUUUAACAGGCAGAAACCUUGGGCAGGACCAGCCUCAUGUUAGACAGCCACCAUGCCGCUGCUGGGUUGGGGAGGAAUGUAGAGAGAAGAGGGGAGAGGGGGAGAGAGAGAGAAACCUUGCUUAUGUUUUCAAUGCUCACAAGCAAGGACUAGCCGAACUAUCAAUCAAAUCCAAAGUAACCAUUUGUACUAUAUCAGGCACGCCUACAACAAACAGGUCAGUGCUUAACUCGCGGGAUCUCUGCAACAUACAAACUUUACCCUGCAACAGAAAAAUGGCUCCAAAAAGGCUGCAGCAUUGGGGACAAGAGCCAUGUUCACACUGCAACUCCUUAAAAAGUUCUGCCAACAUUUCAUCUUUGCACUUCAACAGUAUAAUAUUGGUGUCCCAGCGCAUGAUUACACAUGGCAUUAUGGCAUUACAGAAGUGCAGGAGGCACAGCUUGUAAACACACUCCAGGAUCAACACAAACACACACAAUCUGACAUGCACAAACACAACCCUAAUGUGCCCUGCCAGCUCAAACACGACUCAUCCUCACCUUCUUCCCCAUUCUGCCUCUGUUACUACCUCCCUGCAAGGAUCAGAGGAAGAACAACUUUGCCCGACCGUUGCACCUUCAUGUGUUACACACUGCAGACCAGACGUCACAGGGGCGUAAAUAUCUCACUUUUAAGAGGCAGCAUAAGAGCCGAUUGUAUCACUAAAGGGGACAAGAGGACUAGGAGACUAGGAGAUGGAUGAGAGGCUUGUGUGGAUGUCGCCGUUAUUGAACUAGGGCUCAGUCAAAGCUGAACCUAAUAAGCAGAGGACAGCUGAGCAGAGAGAAAGAGGCUGCCAGAUCUGCUCCCCCAGGACAGGUUCUGUGUCAGUACUGGCCCAAAUUAAGAGAGAGUGCGGCAAAACUGGGCCUCGAUGAGGGGCUGGAACUCCUACUGGCUCCUAUUCAGUGUGGGAGAUUGCAGCACUCACCCUGCAGCACUUACCCACAAUACUGCUGUCCAUCUGUUGAUUCACUUAUCAGACAGCAGUGUUUGUGUGUGUGCACGCUUAAUUUUCUGCAGCCGUGUGUGAGUGGCCUUGCUUUCCUCCCAUGUGUGUGUUUUUGAGUGUGUGUUUGUGGCUGAGGAUGGAUGCUUACACCUUGGAAGUGGUGUCUGUACCCGGAUAGAUAGGAAGGGAAUAGAAUUAAAAGGAUGAAGCAAACCCGGACAGUGACUAGAUCUCUUACUCACACCGCAAUUGUGCUUAAGAGGCAAGUACGUGAGCUUUAUCAUGGUGUCCUUGGAGUGUGAGAGGUUGAUAUAUAUACUGUUGCAUGGUUCUGCACAAAGACCAUUACAUUCUUACAGUAAAAAGCAAAAAAAAAAAAAAAAAGAAAAGAUGAUGGUAAAGUAGCAAUUAAGCAAGCAAUAUACUGUACCCAACCAGUUGAAUAUUACAUUUCUGUCAGCCAACAAGAGACAAAAAUUUAACCUAGCCGUUACGCAAGACUGCAUGGAGCUUUCCCUCCUGUCAGCCAAACAUUGUGCUGGAAUAUUCAGAGUAUUUACGGAUGUUAAGAAUGCUUGAUUACCCAGCGGGAACACUUGAGAGUCAAUCAGAAUAAGUGAGCAGCCAUUCAUGAUAGGGUAGGAAAGGCAAAACACAUCUGUAGCUCCCAAUGUUAGUUUACACAUUAAUGGCUUCUGACUGAAGGGAAGUCGCUCCUGCUUGACAAUUUGUGCUGUCCCACUAGAGUGCGUGAUGAAUGCACAAACAAAUGGAAACACUUUUUUCUUGCCUCCCAAAAACUGUCAUCUGAUGCGCACUGAUAAAAAGAAAUUCUUGAAUUGCUGAGAUGUUCAUUCCCAAAAGUGCAUGUUGCAGAUUUGUUACAGUAGAAACAUUUCUCCAGUUGUGUAACUGUUUAUUUUCCUCUACCUUUGGUUUCCUCAGACAGAAAUUUCUCUAAACACUGUCUAGUUUUUUUGGCAGCUUGUUGAAAGGGUUGUUUUUUUCUUGAAAAUAACCCCCUGGGCCAGUAGUGACUAAAAAUGAAUCUCUGCUGAAUCUCUCUGUGUUAGUAACACAUUUUUUUUGCCUUUUUGAUUUGAUUUUGACCCCCAUUAGAUCUCAAUUAUCGUUAAUACUGUGCAAAAAUUCAAAGUAAGCAGCUGUGACUGGCAGAGUAGCAUUCACAAAUCCAAAUGUGCUGGGAAAAAGGUUAGAAAUUAAACUAAAAUCUCCCUUUUAAAGGGACCCAGAGUUGUCUUUUUCACCUCAUUCGUAGGAGGUAAAAGAGACCCUGACUGUAGAGUUCACAGCAGCUGUUAAUGCUGCACAUAGUCCAGUGAGCCGGGCAAUAACUGGUGGGAGCUCCUGGUGGGAGCUGGAGACCUUCAGUGAAUGCUGUAACAUUUCUGUCCUUUGGCUGCCGCUUCUACCAAUAUGCGCACACACACACACAAACCCCCCCACACACAAAACCCUGGACCACUUGCAUUUAUAUUGUCAGGAUUUUUGCUACCCUGCUACCUCCAGGCUGCCAUUACCAGCUCUGCUCACUACCUGAUGCAACGUAUAUGCAUGUACUUUGAACACUGUGUAUUAGAUACUUUUCCUCUUCUCAGAUCCAAAUAUGGAUAGUUCAUUUUGUACAAGUGUCAAUCUUCAGACUAUAAAUUGGUAUAGUUACAUACAGCGUCUUCAAUAUGUAUCCCUCUUCUGGCCACUCUGAAAGAUUUUUUACUGCACUUUCUGAAAGAUGGAGUAUUAAAGAGGCCAUCACAGAAAGGAUGCCCUAAAUCCAAGCCACAUAAGAUGCAUCAUUUUCACUUUUUGUCCUUCAAGUGGAUCAAACCCAUUAACAUUGCUUCUGACACUUUUCAUAAAGCCACUUAAUACUAUUUUUCACCAGGUCCUUACCACCUUGAAACCCUCUUCCUUUAACACAACAAGGCAACUCCUUAAAGGGAUUUCUGGUCGACACUUAAGAUUAAAACCUGAUGAUUUUCUCUUGCUAAUAUAUGGGUCAAUGAUUUUUUAAAUUAUUUUUGGGGGGUGGGGAGGUGGGGGUGAAACUUUGAAAAACAAUCUCUGAUCUCUGAUAAGACAAAGCUGAACAAAUAAAGGUUAAAUAAAUAAAAAUAAUGUCUGAUUUCAUUUCAGAUCAUUAUCUCUUCCUAAAGGGCAUGGAGCAAAUUUCACAGGCUUCCUGUGAAUUAUAAGUAAAACUACUAUAAAAAUUUUCAGUGUAAUGUCCCUUUAAUUAGCACAUUGUUCUAUUAAGAUAAACGAGAUUUAAUUUGACGAAGCUUUUCUGAUGUUAUAUCUGUUGUACAGUAUUUACAGCAAUUUCAUUCUUCUCAACAGGCCAGCAGUACUGACUGUAAUGUGUACAGUUAAUGCUUUGUCAACCACACCAGGGGUCAUUCAGGGUCACAUGAGCCUUAAUUGGCAAGUCUUCAGGGUCUACAGAGUUAAUCGAUCGGUCAAAAGUGAUGAUAAAGACUUCUGUGAAUGUACUAAAUACCCACAAUCUGCUGAAUCAGGUGUAAGUUCAUGUGAACUAUUGUCCUCCUCUCUCCCUGCAGUUUGCUCCCAGUUCUCCCGCGGAGUCUACGCCAUCUUCGGAUUCUACGACAAGAAGUCAAUGAACACCUUGACCUCCUUCUGCGGCGCUCUCCACACCUCCUUCGUCACACCCAGUUACCCCACUGAUAAUGAGGUGCAGUUUGUCAUUCAGAUGCGGCCCGCCCUUCGCGGCGCCGUCCUCAGCCUCCUCUCUCACUACAAGUGGCAGAAGUUCGUCUACCUCUACGACACCGAGCGAGGUAAGUGUCAGUGUGGGCCUUGAGUUAAAGCUCGGAGCUUGAAUUACAGCAGGAACUGCAGGAAAUGUUACAGUAACUCAGAGUGGAAGCAGCACACCAGGGUUAGCGGAGGAUAGAUUUACUCUGUAAUACUUUCUGAAAGCUCUGUAAAUGCUUGAACUGUUAACACUCCACUAUUUAAUACAGUAGUUUGGUGUUAUGUAAAUGUGAAAUAUAUUCACCAGCACCUCGUAAUACUUGUAAAAACACAUUAGACUUUUAGAAACAGCAUAUCUUAUGAGCUAUAACCUUUAGAUUCCUUCAUCAGGCGGCUGGUUGGAGUCAGUUAAUCUUCUGUUUAAUCAUGUUGUUGAUAUUGGCUCGUCUUUCAUUCGAAAUGAGGUAUGUCACAGCUGCUGCUAAAAUGCUUUCUACAGGAAUCACAGUCUCUGCCUGCCCGUGGGGGCUGCUUAUUGUGUCGCAUCAAUGAGGGUUUUUUUUUUUUUGUGUAGUUCCCAGAUUGCGCUGGAUUGUUGACAAUAGAGCACAGUGUGUAUGACGACCUGUCAACAUGGUGAAGUGUUCAUUUCUGGAUGUUCUAAUGUCAAACCAGCAAAUGAGCUCAUUAUCUCUCGAUAGAAUAAUGAUCCCUUCUUCCUACAGAAACUUCAAUUUGUUCAAGCAGCACCUGGGCAUGAGGGAAGGAUAUGUUCAGGAAGUGACAGACAAAGACACAAUAUGUCUCCCUCUUGGUGCCAAAAAAGGGUGACUGCAAAUUCCUGCACCACCUCACACAGCAGCUUGGAUUUGCUUUGUUUAUUUGCCCAUUAUAGAAAGGUCCUGACCUCCAGAUAUGCUUCAAGCAAUGUGUCUCUGCUGCAUGCGCUCUGUGCUCUGAAUGUCUCUUAUUUCUGGUCCAGCCUCACGCCUCUGUGUGUUACUUUAAGGCAGAAUUUGAAGUGUGCUGUGGCGCAUGCAGAGUCCUCUGCCUGUGGGUCUCCUGGCCUUAAAGGGUCCUGAGCUGAGGGCCUUAAUCCUGCACACUGCCCGCAGAUAAUACGUGGUUAAUUAGGGUCACUCUGACUGGAACACUCAUUGGAUCUUCCCUGCGGAUGCUUGCAACCCACACGUCCUUCAGUACAACCAGUACUGCCCAACUACUGGUCCCCAACCCUCUGCUUUUCUUCCUUUGUCUGACAAGUGAGGCUGUCUGGGGCACAGUCAGACUCAUAGCGGAGGAGGGUAAAAGAGCCUUUAACACAAAUACAGACGAGGUGUUGGAGAGAGAGAGAGACAGAGUGAUGACAAAUAGACGUUUACUUUGAAGAGAAAAGAGGGGGACAGAGAGCAACAGAAAGAAUGCGGGAAAGUGAGGAGGAGGAGGAAACCAACAGCGAUUCAGUGCAGCAAUUAAGGCAACAGCAGGCGUGUGUGAUUUACACCCUGUUACCUGUGUACAGACAAUUCCCUGUCUACAGUACAUCCUCGUGCUGAGGCCCAUGCCAAGCCACUUUUACCUCUUUCCUCACUGCCAGUGGUGUAAGAGGAUCCCUUAUUAGCGGGAGGACAUUGGCCCCAGGAGGGGAUUAAAGUCGUUUAUUGAUGCACUCCAUCCAGGACUUUGGGGGGCUUUGACACUUGGCUCAUCAAGCAGACAGAUGUGUCAGAGAGCUUCUACCCCUGCUUAUCAGGUAGUGCUGCUCCCUUGGCAAUAUGGACACUGACUGCAGGCUAAACCAGGAAAACUGACAAGGGAAAAUAGUCCUCAAGGGGUACAGGUUGCGUUUUUUUUUUUUUACCUGGAGGCCCUGAGGCAGAAAAACAGAAACAAAACUGUUUUUAUCUAAAUCAUUGAAGUGGUUUAAUUACGUGGUUUCUGGUGAUUUUUGUGUGACAUAUCGUCAUAGUUCUCCUGGGCUAAAGUAAAGAGUUGGGCGAUAAAUGGUGUUAAAAUUUAAAUGAUGGCUCCUCGUGAUCAAAACAACAUGAUAAAAGAGGCUGAAUGAUAUUAUGCCACCUGCUGUGUCCCACUCGAAGUAUAUGGUGAAUGAAGCGCUCCCUCACUUUCCUCCUUAAAAGCAGAGUGUGUGCCCCGCCCCUCCCCUCAAACAGCCUUCACCUUUACUUCAUCGCAAAUGGCUCAGAUCUGUAUGCAACACAGCCAGAGGAAGUCGCUGACUUAAAUAUGGGCCGCUGUGUCUUCAGCAUGUUUUACUGCAGCAGUACACACCAUUAUGCAGCCGCAGAGGAGCAGGAAGAGGCAGGUGUGUGUUUCUGUGCAUGACACGAGAGAGAGGCUGUGGUGAUCACAACCAUGCUUGAGCGCUACUAAUAAGUAUUAUGACCAAAGUCAAGCCUGAGCUCUCAAAGGGGAGUGAAGAAUUGAUGCUUUAAGUAGUAUAAGAUAUGACUUCUUAAAAAUGCUAUAUCAUCCAGUCAGAUGGACUUGCUUCAAUAAACAAAAAUGUAGAUUUCUAUUUAUUGUUUUUUAUUUAUUUAUUUUUAAUUAAAAAUUUUAAAUGAUUUUUAAGUUUUAAAGAGGUUUUAAGUUGACUGUGAUGCAGACUUUAGAUCAGAGGUAAUCAUGUAUAUGAUCAUGAUAUAAUUAUCGACUAAAAUAUUAGUGAUUUUGAUUUUUGCUGUAAUUGAGAAGCCCUAGCUUAGGUCCUGAUAUUUUAUUAGUCCAACUUAAGCCCCACCAUAGAAAAACAACAAAAAACUACAGAUCAAAAUAAGACCUUACACUAACCUGAGCUCAUGAGCAGAUCUGUCAUUUAGUAUCCUCACUGGUAUUAAACAUUUGUCACUGUCCAGAGCCUAGAUAUCAGUGGUUUGGACAUAGAUCUAAUUACAGGGUGAGUUUUUGUGAGUCUUUAUUUCUCUCCUGUCAUGUAACACCCGAUGUACAAGCUAUGGGGUUGCGUGUUUAUGAUACAUUGAAAUUCUGGCUUUAAUUGAAGCUGCCCACCUUCAGCUGGUUGUGCCUCAUCAUGUAUCAACCAAACAAAAAAUCUGGCACUAUAAUUGUACCCAUCACAAUUUCAAUGCGUCUGUUGAUGUGGAAGCAAUGUUUAAGAGACUAGAGGUGCAAUACUUCAAACUGUUGUUGAUGUUGUCUUGCUUAUGUUAGGAUUUGUAUCACUAUCAACUAAAGAAGUAGGUCCCAUGGCUUUGGUUGACACAAGUUUCUGCACUCCAUCUAUUUUAUUUAACAGAGUAUUUGAAUGUUUGCUGUUGUUUACUUGAAAUAAUCACAAUCAAUUUAACAUUUUCCCCAUACCUUCAAGUUUACUAUUACAUAAGGAUGAGUGCUAACUCCUCCUACAGUUUUUGCUAACCUGUUGACAGUUCAUUAGAUGCUAAACGCUAAUGGUUGAACUGUCUUCCAUGUACUUUUAGCUGGUGUAUCAACUGUCUAUUUAAUCUGUUUCUUUGUUUCUUUAGCUGCUAGGCUAGUGCUGAUAAGAUGCUUUCAUAUAUAUUUUUUUUAGUUCACUAUGUCAAAAGCUUAGCUUGUUAAUUGGAAACACGUUUCUUGCACUUUGGACAUAAGACUGAGUUACAUAUAUUUUUAAUGUUUAGCAUACUGCUCAUUAUUAAAAAUAGUUCUCGUAUUUUAAUUUUCCCUUCUGAGAACAAAGAUACAGCUGUGUAUUUUUUUUUAACCAACAGACCUUCUUACACAGUCCCUCUAUGCCUUCUUUCUUACCACUGCACACGAAGAACACACCCAGAGGUAAACAUAGUGCUGCUUAGGAAUCACUCAUCUAAUAAAUUCUUUGUUCACUUUCCUGACGCUGCCUUGGGUCACCUGAUUGAGAGUCGAUACCAGAUCAUUGGCUUGCAGUUCAUAGUGUUAUUGCUCUAUUGGGGUUUUCUUAGCUACCAUCAUUUGAAGAAGACAGCUGACAUAUUUUGAGAAAGCUGCUUAAAUGUAAAUUAUGCACAUAUAAAACAGCAAAAAAAUAACAACACAUCUCUCCUGUUGGGUGUUUUAUACUUAUUUAGCUGUAGAUUAAAUACAAAUGAACAAAUUAAAGCAACAACUGCAAUAUUUUCUUGCAAUAUUGUCCUGAGUGCCUUUCUACCUCAUGAUUUCAGUUUGAUAAAAGCAUUUAUUUCACUGCACUACUAGAAGCAACUUUGCAAUUACUCUCCAAACUCUCCUAUUAAGGAGAGAAAACACUGCACAUUCACUGGCUGAGCUCCACAAAGAGGUUUUAUUCAGUCAAUAGAAAAGAUUAAUUACAACCACACUAUUCAUUUUGCUCUGUUACCGGCUUGCAAAAAAAUGCUUUUAAGCCUUAGUGCAGAGCUUUCAGGCAGAGAGUGAUGGUCCAUAUGCUUCCAGCUCAGAUGUAUUGGAGGGAAAUGGAGGGAAAUUUGUACCCUAAAUGCCAAUAUGAGACAUCUGAAAGAAGACGCUAGGGUGGAGGAAUUGCACAGGAAGCAAAUGGAACCUCUAAAUUAAUAAUGUCAUGUAAAGGCAGGUGUUCCUGUGUCAAGACAUAUGCACAGGAGAGAGUCCAGCAAACCUAUGAACGCUGGCUCUCUGAAUCAGACUGUCCCUGCAGCACACCUCUCUUAACUAAGUUUCACACUGUUAUUUUUUUAUGUUUGCAUCAGCCGAGGAAUUUCCCCUUAAACUGUCCAGCUGUGUAGGGUGGAGGGAGAUGGAUCUAGCUCUUUCUGUCAGGUGGUCAGGUAUGGGCAGAUAAUUGCCAGGUCUGUGCAGCAGAGACAGAUGAUUACAGGCUUUAUUGUCUCUCCCAGGCACAAUCAACCCUGAUUCAGCAAUCUCACCUCUACUUGAUUUAUGAGUCGCUUUUCCUAUCUCUUUCUCUCUCUCUUUCUCACGCUGCUCUACCCCUCCAUAUAUGCUUUAAGCUUCCUCUUAUGUCCUCUUCCUGGGUGCCUAUGUAGAUACUGGUAGUCCCUGUUGUACAGCAGUAAUAAUAUUUCCUUCAUUGGGUUGGAAGUGGUAAAGAAAAGAUGACUAACGAUUUAAAUAACUAUUAGCUUUGCUUUGCUAGCAUCUGCGGAAAGCCACAGUAUAGUAAUAUGUUGUCUUUAAAUGUAAUGUCAAAUAGAGGACCCAAGCCAAUUGUUGUCUCCUCUAAAGAUAUUUGAUGAAAUAAUCAGCUAAGUUCAGUUUUAUUCAAGUCUCUGCCCUCAUUUAUUAAAUUGUGGUGUUUUGUCAAAUGCAGAAAAAAUAGCAAUAAUGUGAUACCGCCAUGAUAUAUUGGCCACAUUAUCAAUAUUAGUAUAGACCAUUCAAAAAGUGAUAGUGAUCACCCACUACUUUGUUUUACACAUUUGCAUCUCCUGUUAGUGGGCACGAAGUGGGGAAAAUAUGCAUUGAGCAUUUACAUAACUAAUAUUGAAAUAAAGGUCCUUUCACACUGGGAGCGUUUUCCUCGUGCGAUUAUUUUGGACGUCAAUAUUUUUUUUCGAACCUGUAUCCUGUCAAUACAAGCGUUCACAUCAGCAACGUUCUCCCGUCCUAGUUAUUGCUGCAUUUAUUUUUUCGUAUCAUGGUCGAUUUUUCUGAAGUUUCACAUACUGUGUGUCCACUUCUGACCAAUCAGAUUGCGUGUUGUUGUGACGUCUGAUUCACCGGUAUAUCCAACAUGGCCGACCGGCAGAAUGCUUUUUGAUAAAAGACACAAACAUUACAAAGAUAACGACCUGAAGGACAACUUGUGGAGCGUCAUAGCGUUGGAUCUCUCUUAUGACGAUGGUUUGUGUGCUUUAACAGUUUGAUAAACGUCUUUGUUUUAACUUUCAUCUGUGCUAAGUAACUUACAGAUACAACAUACCAUAUGUAUUUUCACUGUCUCAAACUCAAUCACAGCGUUGCUGUCACAGCACCAUUAGGUCUUGGUUGUUAUCUUACGUUUAUGGAUUAUAGUUUAAUGUGCCUAUCUGGUACUGGCCCCGACUCAGUACAUGCUAUCAUGACAGACAGACAUCUCAACACUAGUGUCUAAUAAAAGCUGAAAAAUAGUCAGUCUGGUGUUCUGUCAGUCUCCUCGCUUCCAUCCGGGACGAUUCUUUUUUUCCCCCUGAAAGUGGCCGAAGAAUAUUUCGUAAUAUUCCGUCGUAGAUUUGCGUCGGUCCCAGUGUGUAAGGACCUUAAGAACGAGCAUCUUUGAGCUAAUAUUCAGUUUCUUUGUUGAUCUGGUGUUCUCUUCACAACAUUAUGACCUUCCUGAACCUUAAGAUAAUUCCUUAAAGCUGUUUUUUUAAACCACUGGCUUGGCUCCCUUUAUUUAAUGAAGCUGAUAGCUUGUUUACAGCUUUACCCAACAAAAUCAUUAUGUCGUAAUGUGAUGGCAGUCACACCAAGGUCUCCAUCAAGUAGAUACAUAUACUGAGUGCGAGAGCAGUGAUUGUCUGAAAAAUAAGUUUUCGAAUUCAUGGUGCUGAAGUGAUGACACUGUGAUUUAUAACGCAGCCCAAUUAAAGGUAAGGGCUCCUUGGUAUAAAAGAAGACAAUUUAACUUCUCCUGUCAAAACCUUAUUGCCUGUUUAAUUCACAUAUUCACACAUUUUAUAGUACAAAAUUCCAAAAAAAGGCCAAAAGAUGAGGCAUAAGCAUAAAGCAUAAUGAUGUCUAAUAUAUUUCGCCCAGAUCCAUUGUGUUUUAGAUUAAACAGAUGUUUUGCUAAACUCUGAUGGUACUGGGACUAUUCACCCUGUGCCCUAAUACAAUAUAGUGGAUUUAUUGUUUGAUUGUGCACAUUCAACUGUUCUGCAACUGAACGAAUAAUUUGCUCCUCAUUUAAUUUACUUUCAAUGCUGAUAACUCCUCUCAAUCUAAAACUUGACAAGCCUGCUGCGUCCAGUUACAGCUGCUCGACGAUGAUUAGACAAUUACUCAUUGGGGGAGGGGUUAGAGAGGGGGUCAGCUGCGUGUCAUUCUUUCCUUUGUUGCUCCUGAGCCUUUUUUGCACAAUUGUUUCUGUCAUUUUGUGGAGAAAUUCCAGUUAGCCUUAUAUUGGGCAGCAAGACAAAGAAAGAGAGAGAUCUGAAUGGAGCUAUCAAUAUGACUGAUAGGGCCAUCUGACACUGCAAAAGCACUUACAUUUUCAUUGACAUUUUAUGAAUACCAAUCGACAGAGAGCAAUACUAGUGACAUUUGGUGGUUAGACCGGGAGCAGCUAACUCUUUAGCUCCAUGAUGGUGUUGUGAGAGUCAGGAUUUUGGCGUGCUUUGGUAUAUACAAAGAUGCUGGUGACAAAUUAAGAGCAAUGACAGUCCUCCUGUUGUCUCUUUCCAUCAUUUUCUUCACCAAUCAAUAUUCACAAUGGGAUAUUGUUUCAGGGGAAAUGAUCCAACACACAUCUGCUGCAUGGAAAGCGCAGAGCUAUUUUACUUUUGUCAUUUAACUGCUGACAGUUUAAAACUAAGGUUGAAAAAAUGUUGGAUGUCAAAGUCUCAUUAUAACACCAGGAAGUCAAAUGUUCUUUGAAUAAAAAUCUGCCAGGUGAAAGCUGUUUUCCAGCCUUCACUCCCAAAAUACCUUGGGGGCAUUUCUUUCAUUCAUUCCAUCAAUAUUUGCAAUGACCCCAGCCGCUGCAGAGCCAAUUCAGCAGACUCAUCGAGAACAAUAAGGCACAUGUACAGUAUUGAUCAUUAAAGGCUGCAGCAGCGUGUAACCACAAAGGAAAGAGCUAAUAGUAAAAUGCAAAUAUGUGCAAAUUCUGACCUACUAUAUUCUCUGUAUGCAUGCAUUUAUAUAAAAUAUGUAUUAGACUCAGUGUUGCUCAGAAUUAAUGCUAAACGUCAAUAUAGAGUUUGAAUGCUUCAAAAAUGAAAAGGUUGAAAAAUGGUUGUACAUCACUAAACCGUCCCCAGGAGGAAUAAAUCAACUUCCCAAAAAGAAAAGUUACUCGCUCCUUCAUUUUCACUGAGGCAGCUGUCGCCCCGACAACAGUCUGAGACUAAGCCUAAAUCAAACAGCUAAUUUGGGUUUCUCACGGUGCAUAAGCAUGAUCACUUCUGUUGUUUUGAAAUACAAAUAAACUGAUGAAAAAGGAGGAGAAACCAAAUGCAGAAAUGCAAAGAUGGAAUUCUAGUAUUCCCAGAGUCAAGUAUUUAGGUGCAGUAUUCAACAUUCUCUUUUUGAAAUGUUAUCAAAUGCAGCUCAGCCCUAAAGGGUGAAAAUGUGAAAUCAACUCCAAAUUAACAGACAUCCUGGCAAUUUCUGAAAAUAUUUUAACCUAUAACAUGUAUUUUUUUACGCAAAAUUCAAAGACAAAUUUAUUUACAAGUCUGUCAUCAGCUAAUUUGCAGUUCAGGGCAACAAAUUCAAACAAAUAGCCACUGAAAUGAUGUUUUUUUCCUCACUUUUGAGGCCUGACUGAGGGCCUGUUGGCUCUGUCAAAGGAUGUUGACUGUAUGUGACAAAUAUGACUGAGUGGAGCCAGUGUGAGACUGACAGUAGCAAUGCACCCACUGCUGACAUGCUGCUUCUGUGAUGCGUGUUCAUGUCAGGCAGCAUUUGAGUCAUAUGAGGAAACAGUGAAGAUAAAUUCCUCUCAAAUUCACCCUUUGCUUAUCAGAUAUUGAAGGCCCAAAUUAUACAUGUCAAUGGCAGAUAAAGCAUUUUAAUACUCAGCUGUGUUUAAUACUUUAUUCUGAUCUAGGUGAAACCAACUGUGAUUAAUUCCCCUCUGCCUGUUGACACUGUGGCAAAAAUGUUUGUGUUUAAAUCAAUAAGCUGAACAACAUGCUGGCUAUUUUUAAGCAGAACAAAGUUGGUGAUUGCUAUGAAAUAUCCUAAACAGUGUAAAGUUCUGACAUUUGUGUCAUUUGUCAGGGAAGUUCAAUAUUCAAUAUAUUAUUAUAUACCGUAUUUUUCGCACUAAAAGGCCCACUUAAAAUUAUUUUUCUCAAAAAUCCUCAGUGCCUUAUAAUUAGUUGUGCCUUAUGUAUGAAUUCUGGUUGUGUUUACUGACCUCGAACCGAUUUUAUGUGGUACACAGCACUCAAAAAUCUGUCAAAAUGUUUUGUUACGACUUUGAUAAGCUACAAAGCCGCAGAGCCUGAUGGCUUGUUGGAGCACUCUGUUUGGCUUAACGCGCUUUAUAAUCCUGUGCGCCUUAUGUAUGAAAAUAGACACAGAUAGACGCGUUCAUUGAUGGUGCACCUUAUAAUCAGGUGCGCCAUAUAGUGCGAAAAUUACAGUAUUUUAUUAUAUAUUCAAAUUCAAAAUUCCUGUUCACCUUGUCUGAUGUUGCCUUAAAUAUAAAUGUUCAUUUGAAUGAGAAUCAUAAUAAAUAAGAAAGCCUGUGCAUUUCACUUGACCCUGAAUUGAGACGAUCAGUUUUAUGUUAAUUUGUUUGGUAAGGAGGCUGAUAAGAAUUUAACCUGCAUAACCACCAGCUCAUUAUACAUUAACCCUUAUCUGAUAAAAUCAUGCACCUUUAAAAUUUUGUGCUCAGAAUAUUUUUUUCUUUAGACAGCAUUGUAUUAUCAGCAAGUAUAAGUAAGAGAGUGGGAAUUUUGUUGACGUAUGGGAGUGGAUAGAGCCUCUAAAGGCUGAUAAUUCUAGCUGAUGGGGUGAUAAAAUUAUUUGCAAGCCAGCUUUAAUACAAAUAAUCAACUACCAGAUUGCUAAUGCUGUGGUUGCAUCAGUCAAAGACCACUUGGCUCUGCAUUAAAGACUAUCAACCCACCACAGACUCCGUUGAUCAGCUGUUACACAGGCAGACAAGAUAACUCCAGCCUGGCACAGUUGGCAGCGUGAUGUGCCAGCAGGGCCAAGAGGCCUGUGAAUGGGAGGAUUGGAUGACCGCACAUAGUUAGCCUCGUUCCUUCUAAAUCCUGCCAAGCUACUGUAGAUAAAAAGAUACAAAGACAGAUAUGAAGAGGAGGGGGGCUUUAGGGGGGCAAUCAGGCUGCGUCAGAUACACUGUUAUGAAAGUGAACCUUGCUCCCUAUUCUUCAGCAAUCCCUCUAAUUGGCCAUCCAGAGACGGUUCCCUUUGUUCCAUAAAAGAGUCAAAUAAUUAAUGCCUCCUGCUGCUCUCCUGGAUGCCUUUGAUGGCAAACCAAAUCAAGUCUGUCCUUUAGUUUGAUUGUAGUUGUUUGGCGAUGCUCUUACCGUUGUAAACAACAUAACAAAUCAAGCGAUGUGAUACACUACCAAUGCAGUAAGGAUAGCCCAAACUGUGAUUAAAUACAUGAAGACAGGCAUGAUGAGGCUCUUGCUUUCUUCUUCUGCAUAACCAUCAAGAAUGAAGGUAUGGCGUCACGUUUUCAUGUGCGGUGUCUCUGUACUUUUUACUUUUCAACCUUCAUUACAGCUGGAAAAAACAGCAAAAAAUAAUUUAUUCCUGCGACUCUGAAAAUCAUCAGCUGCUUCUUUGCCUUUCAAUUUGUUAGACAAGUCAUUUUUCUGCCUAUCUGACACAUUUCACACACAUAAUGCCUAGUCAAGAGAAAUAUUGUCACCCACAAUUGUUGAUUUAUUCUCUCUGCACACAAUGUGAGAUAAUAAGUGUGAAUGCCAACUCCCUGCUGCAGCCAUGUCUAUAUCAUAGACUGCAGCUUGUUUCCUUGGCUUUGUGGUCUCAUCACAGCCGAUAUAAUGGCACAUCAGCUGCACCCAGCUGGGACUUUAUACUCACACAUAUGCCUCUUGUGCUUUAGUGGCCUUCUCCUUCACGCCAGCUUCAUAACAACUAAAUUAUGCAUGCGUCAGGAGAGUAAAUCAGCUUGGACACGCUGACAAGAAAGGGCGCAUCAGAGAAGCCGUAAAAUGCUCGAGAAAAAUAAUACUGAAGAAAUAUAGAUGAAGCUAUGCAUCAGUGGCGUUUUUCUCUCUUUUUUUAUUUGGCACGCGUAAACCGGUAUCACUGCCAAAGUGACAUCCCAAUAUACAAACCUGCACAGGCACCCUCUGUAAUUCAGUAACCACAAGUCAAGCACCUGUGCCUUUAAAAAAACUGAUAUGAGAGCCAUCGUCUGUCACAAUAAGCACACAAUAAACCUCGGUGCUCUCUCAUAGUGUCCUCUUUUAAGUGAACCUGGAAUAAAGCCAUUUUACCACCUACCCACUGCUGGCUUCAGCAGCCAUGAAAUUACUGCUGGGAGCUUUUUUUUUUCUUUUUCAUUAUAACAAAAUGUCCUGGCCUUUGCUUCAAGCAGCCAUUGUAGAGGUUGAUUGCUUUGAUGUUGCAGCAUGUCACAGGGCAAAUUUGUUUGCAGAAACAACAAAUAAAAUGUAUAUGUCAUUUUCAAGAGUAACCACCAGGGUAAAAUAAUAUUUGAACCUUCUUUAUCAUGAAAGAGGACUCUCUCUCUGUUUGCCAUUUUCCUUCGGUGUCAGCUGAUCAGCCAAAGCUGCCUGCAGAGUCUUAUGCAGCACUUGAUCAGUCCCUUCAGGAGCGCACACACACAAAACUCUGUGUGUGUAAUUGCAUGUGCCCCGCUACGUAUAUGUGCUGAUAUUUCACAGUAUGCAAUGUGAAUGAGGACAGACAGGGAGAGACGGAGAGGCUCUGAAAUGUCUGUGGGUGGAUUUUCACAGUGGAAAAGCACCACUCUCCUCCCUCCUGUGUGUGUGCACUUCUAAAGAUACAGACAGCAUGCUGCUUCUGUUUGAUUUGACAUGCGCUGUCUUUAUGAUUAGGACAACGCUUGGCAGGGAAACUGUUUUGGUUAAAGGCCUGCAACGCCACAUCAAAGCCUUAGCUACACACGUUUGGGCUACUUUGGCAUUCACUUUCCUGCUGAAUGCUACGUCUCAACCGGUGAGGUAGAAGUGUGGAGCCUUUUUUCCCUGUGGGUAUACGGACAAGUGGAGGAACUCUGGCUGGUUUAGCAAACACUAUAACAUUUCUUUCCUCUUCUAAAUAGCUCCUUGAGUGGACCUGUUUUAUAGUGUUGAUUUAUUUUCUUCCUUGUUUAGUGGUCAGGAGUUAAACACUUUUCUCAAAGGCACCUCAAUCACCACAGAUGCUUAGAGAUUCUCAUCUUGACUUUCAGCAGACAUCAGACUUGGUCUGCACUUUGCCUGUUUGGUACCUCUGAAUAACAAUUUGCAAAGGCAAUUAGUCUGGAACCCUGUCAGUUCAUUUUCCAUUUCAGAGGGGCUUUAUCAACAGGUGCAGACUAAAAUGCUCCUAGACGCUACAAAUUAUCAGAAUAACAAAACAAUGCGGCAACUUCAGGUGCUCAAAAUGAAGCCAAUGCAGAAGUGAAAAAAGACCUGCUGCUUUGAGAGUGCCCACUCGAAGCUGGCUGCAAAAAUAUCCCCAUUGGGUUCAACGUUAAAUCUCUCAUGUUUUCCGAAAUAAACACGAUAAAAGAAGGAUACUUGAAAGUUUUAAGGUCUAUAUUCUUGAUCUCACAGUGGUUUUGUCCAUUACUUGUACGGACUACAAAUGAAACGUGAAUUUGCAGUAUGGAUGCUGGGCUAGGUAGCAAGGAUCGUAUUUUGGGCUUUUUCAUGCCUCUAUUGAGAGAAGGGACAGUGACAGGAAAGUGGAAAGAGAGGACAAGGAGUGACAUGCUAUAAAGGGCUGCAGCGGUUGACUUUUAUCCUCAGGUCGACAACUGUGAGGACCAUAACCUGCCCUGAUGCAAACAGCAAACUCCAGUGGAAUCAGCUGGAGUUUUAGAUAGAUGUAUCUAUCUAAAUGAAAUAUUAUGUUUUAAAAUGAUCCAUAUGAGUGACAGCUAUGUUGACAGUUUCAUUAUUUACAAAUGACCUUGACAGCACUUAAAACUUGAGAUAAAACAACGAAUCAGCCGAACGAUUAUUGGCCUUUUGACAUUUUCUGCCUCACAAGGUGCAUUUCACCAUCAUCUUGACUAAAUUAAAAAAAUACUUUUCCAAUCCUAAAUGGCAGCAUAAUAAAUCUACCAUAUAUUAAAUCUGGUUGGUGUUUCAUAUAAAUUCUGUUAUUAUCCAUAUGAUAUAUAACCCAAUGUCUUUUUUCAUCAAUUUAUUUAAAAAUCUGUCCAAACAUUUUGUCAGCUAAGAUAAGUGAUUCAAUGAGAAUUUAAUGUGUAUGAAAAAUAAAUUUCUGGAUUGUCUCUUUCUUAUUUUUUAAUGUUGGUAUUUUGAUAUAGAUAUAAUCCAUCUUGUGUUUUUUUUCUUUCUUGAUACUUCUCAUUUUCUGGAUAGAAAUCCAGAAGUACCUUGUGUUGGAUUUUUACUGUGCCAAAUAUAGUCUUCUCUAAAUAUUUUUAAAAUAUUUACUCCAAUUUUUCUCAUUUGUUAUGCUGUUUAAUUUUUUAUUUUUUUUAUUUUUUUGUCAAAUGCAAAAAAAGAAGAAGAAAAAAAAAAGGCACUCAUCUGAUAUUGGCCGAACUGCUCUCUCAUUUUUGGUGCCAGUAACAGCCCUUGAAAAAGGUGUACCACUGCUUAAUACUGCCCAUCAUUUUGUGCACAGUUGUGUUAAGUCUCACCUAAAUCGGGUCACAUGGAAAUCUGUCUAACUGGACACAUCUGUGACACCAAAUAAAACAUUAGCAGUUUUAUCUGGUGUCCCUGUUUACAGUUUGCUGGAGAAAGUCAUGAGCACAGGUCAUAUAAUUGCAGCAAACCACAGCCAGUUUUAUAUGAAUUGUGGGUCUAUGCCAGAUGACUAAUGAGUGGAAAAGCCUUCUUCCUCUCCCAGCCCAAGACUUUGAUCUCCCGUGCACAAACACUGAGCGAUCCUCAGAGCCCUGUGAGCAUACUUAGCCCACAGGCAAACACUCACCAGGCCUUAAACACUGUAACUAUUUACUCUGGCUUCCUCAAAAGACAAUAGAGACGAAGCAUCUCUGGGAAUAUUAGUAAAUUAGAACAUACAUAGAGAUGCAGCUAAUGAAGAGUGAGAUCUCAGCAGCUUAAAAAUGCUAAGUGUUGCUAAGGAAGCCCUCAGCUGUUAACUACUGCCCUCUUUGUAGUAGAUGUUUUGUUAUCCCCUAAGUUCCCAGGCCUUUUAUUUUGGAGGGGUUUACAGAAUUGAUGUAUUUUCCACAUGGUGAAAUCCAAGUUCUGUUAGAGUUUACUCAGCGGAGUUACAUCUCUGACUGAUCUAUUUUGUCUUGAUAUCCUUUUCAGUGUAAAGCUUUGAGAAUUUGCAGUCUGUCGAUGUCCUCAGAUCUUGAUGUUUUUCUUAACCUUUGAAACUCAUAGACAGUGACUACUUCAGAGCCCUUGUGGUGUUACUUGUAUGUUUAUUCUAACAUCAAAGUAAAUAAUAUUACCAGUUUUAGAGUUAUAGUCCACCAGUUAUGUAGUAUUUAAGAUGUAGAGAAAAGAAAUAUGAAUCCUUUUACACCAAUUUGUCCAAUGCCAAAAUGUGGUAAGGUGGCUCUUUAGUGUUCAUCUCAACUACAUGUAAUAAUGUCAUUAACGUUGAAACAAGUGUUAAAAAUACAUUUAUGACUUAUAAAGCCCCAUAUUUUUAAAUGUAUAUACAGUAUUUAGUUUGAAUUAGGGCUUUGUAUUUCCUACACUUCCAAGAUACAAUGCAUAUUAUUAUACAGCGACCAUGAUACAAUAUUCGUCAUUGCAUAGUGUGGCUUUGUUUUGAUUCUAAGUGUGUGCAUCACAUGGUUUGACUUAUACAUAAACCUGUUGGCUGUACUUCGUGGCACCAUGGACUAUGUGUCUUUCACCAUUUGCUGAUGUACAGUUUCUGUAACAAGUGCAUCCAUGCCUUCAUUGUCAGGGAAUUCAAGUCAACAUGUCGCCAUCUCCAUUUUUUAAGCACGGCUUUCUCAUAAAUGAAAAAACAUUUCUGGACUAGCGCCAACAAAAGAUAUUGUAUUCUGAGGGCCCUAACUGUCUCUGCCACACAAUCAGAUUCUGCUGUCGGGUGGAUGUAACCACAUCAGUAAAACUCUCAGUUCUCAUAGUGUUUUAUUUGAGCACACAACAUUAAUUAAAAUGGGAUUAAUUAAAAUAAUUUACCUGGCCAUUGACUGUGGACUGUUUGGUAUUAAAUCCCUCACAGCGGCUCCAAAGGUUGGAAUACAACCUCAAUCAACCUCAAUUUAAUUACUUAUCUGAAAUCUGUGUCCAAUUUCUUCCCUUACACUGUUACAGUCAAGGUCAAAGGAGUUAAGAGGAAUUCCCAAAUAAAGAGACAAACAUGCGAUUCUUUUAUGGCAUACCACUGCUGAUGGUGGCUUUGGUUUUUGGUCCACCCCGCCCUUCAACUACAUAGUUUCUUACUGGCUUUGGUAUCUGCAAAGUUCACUAUUCACCUUUCUCUGUUGGUGUUCAGUCCUAAACUUUGUAUCCAACCAACCCCACAAUUAUAAGUGGCGCCAUUAUCUUUUUUGGUUUCAAUCCACUUGUUUCUGAUGCCCUCUGAGACUCUGGGCAGUGCUCAGCGGGGCGUUUCGGGCAGCCACAGACCCUCAUUUAUCAGAGGAUUGGCGCUUUAGAGUGAGGGGCAGGCCCAUUUACUUUUGGCUCAACAACCAUCUCCACUUUUUCAUGGGUGUACUCUUGAAUUUGAUCCCUUAGAAAUAGGUUUAUAUUGUGUGUUUUUGAGGGAUUCUUUGCCGAGGCUGGUAGAGUCAGCUGGUGGUGCACUGCAGUGUACUUGAUAUUGACUUAUUUAUGUAUCAUUUCAUUAGAUUAGCUGAUUAAAAAUUGGAUUCAUGCAGAUAAGACCUUGGAUUGAUGUGGAUUAGUGUACUAUGAGUCAGUGUAUUGAUAAGCACAGUCAUGUUCUGAAGCUGACAGACAGUUGUGGCCAACACUGAUGUGAAAGGAAAGGAUAUUUGCAAUCUGGUUUUUCUGAUUUGCCUCGUUAGGCCAGAUCAACAGUGAGUUAUGAGAGACAGAGAGAAAGAAGGAGAAAGAGGGUAAGACACUGCAUGGUACCCUAAUGAGAGACAGGGAACCAAAGGAGCUGGGCAAUGAGAUUAGAUGCAACUCAAUUCAAUUACUGCUGAGCCGCCACGGGUGACGCUUCAAAACUCAUCCUGUUAAGAUCCGGUUCACAGACGAAGGAGAGGGGGACUACAGCCCUUGCUCAGCUGCAGUAUGCUGGGCUGCCACAACAUCUAAUUCGCAACAGCUCUGAUUUAUAAGCACACAGGGCGUCAUUAGGCUCCGUCGGGAUUUGAUAGCACACUCUGCAAUGUUCUGAUACAGAUUUAAGGGAAAAUGCAAAAAUAAUUGAGUUUUCAGCCAUCACAGCUGUUCAUACACUGUUGGGUGGACUGCACAGUUUGUGUUGGAGAUUAAAGAGAAACUUAACAGCCUGUUUAAACUUGAGCACGCUGCUCAGAAAAUGUAUUAAGAUUCUGUCACACACCCUGGGGACCCUGCCCUCGCUGCUACCCCACAAACAUGGAACUCCCUCUGACCGCUCAACUCUCUAUGACAGUUUCUCUAGGAUAAAAUUCACCACACUUCCUUUCUGCAAAGUUUAACCCUUCAGUCUCCAAUCGUGGCCUUUAAGACUGAGCCUGUAAUCACACACGAGUGGAUCCAAUACAGAGAAAGUUGUGGUCUGCAGGCUCCAAAACAUGCAACUAAUACUUUGAACUAGUCUGACAGAUGCUUAAUGCCAAGCUAUUUUAAGUACUUUAUUGUGAUUGGUCAAAACCCCAUUACAGUAAUUAACUCUCAAUAACAUUUGAUAACAAUGUGACCAGAUCCUUCUGCUCUCCAACUGUGUCCUGCAAACACCCUGUCAGAAUUUCAAUGCUGUUCUUCUACCAUACAAUGGAACUUUUAAGUUGCAGACAAAUUUGGCAUUUUCAGCAAGGGUUUUAAGAGCUGCUUCUAUUUUUUAAUUUUUUUUUAUUCUUCACUCCAUCAUGGUAUGGAUUUCCACAGUCCACAUUAUUUUGACUGCAUUGCCCCAAUUUAUCUUUCUAAUAUUUACAUCAUUAAUGAAAUGUAAUUUUUAUUUUUAUUUAUUUAUUUUACUUUAUACUAUUAUACCAGUGUAAAUGUUGGUUUUCUGCUCUAAAAUGGUAAAUAUCUAAAGUCUUUUUAAAGUUUUGGUCUGUGACUAAAAACUUUGUGAUUUGUUGUCCUUUUUUUUUUAAGUUGUUGGAGGGAGUCAAACUUCAUUUUUUUUGUUUCCUGGUGUACAGAGGGCACAAUCCACUUAACCCUCCUCCUGGGUUAAGGUCUGCACUGACCCGUUUUUCAUUUUAAAUGCUUAAGAGAAUAUUUUUUGGUGGAGGGUUAAAUAUUUUUUUUUUGCAUCAAGACUUUUUGAUUUUGUCAGGAACCUCUAUAUCAACAAAAUAAAAAUGAAAAAAUUAAAUUGACUAAAUUAUAAAAUGCUUUUAUUAAAAUUAUAGCACUUGGCAUGUUAGGGUCACUGUUGACCUGGUUAGAUCAAUAUCUAAUUAUUAGAACAAAAACUAAAAUCAUAUGUACGCUGCCAGGCACCACACUGACAGUCAGAUCCUCUUCCAAUCAUGUGAGAUUUAGGAAAUUCUCAUUUUGCCAUGGUUUUCCCUGAACAAAAAAAAAAACAGCCUCUGGCAUCUCCAAACAUGUGAGAUCAGUUCAGUGUGGAUGUCUGUCUGAGGGGUACACUGACAAAGAAAGGCCCAGAGGCCCACAACAACAACCAAAAAUAUUAUCAGCAAUAUUUUCAUGGACAAUGAAGCCUAACAAGGUAACCUAGAGAUGAGAACCAAAUUGGAUGAUAGAGAAUUGUUUUUAGUUUAACGUGCAGCUGAUUUAAGACACGUAUCAAAACCGACCCUUAACAUGGUGGGUGCGUAGUAAAAGCUAACACAGGAGGAAGGUUAACCACUUGCUUACCAUGUACCAUCCCUCACAUCUUAACUCACACACAGAUUUUAGUAAUGCUGCAUUAUUGAGUCAUGUCUUGCAUAAAUCAUGUAUUACCUUUGUUAAACUUUUGUCUAUAGAAACACUGAUAUAUUGUGUUUUUAAACAGAGACACUACUUUUUACUGCAGUACAACACCACCAGUCUAUAAACUGCAGUGUGUGAGUGUGGUAGUGACCAUGAUGUGGCCUUGUAUUUGUGUGGAGAGAAGUACCACUCACAGAAUAUUGGUUUUGGUCUUCAGGGCAGCAUUGCUUCACUUUCUCUGGAACAGUAAGAACACUUUAGCAAUAAACAAAAUGGACUGGGAAGAGAACAAAUAAAACAAAGUUAUGCACUUAGGAGAAACUAAUUCAAAAGAGAGCAUUUAGAGAGAAGACACUUCAUAACCAUUAACCAAACAUCUGCUGUCCUCUUGUGCCAGAACCACCUGGUAACUUAGUGGAAACUAUACAAGUGUUGAAUUUGUCACAAGUGCUGUCAAAUGAACAAAAAAUUAUAUCAGGAACAGUAAUACAUUCAAAUUUAAUGCAGGGUAACCACACUCAAGCAUGUAAUACAUUACUGAUUACACAGCUGCUCAUAGCUGCUUUGUAAAUAUGCUGAAAACAUUUAUUUCUGGUAUUUUUGUCCAUCUGAUAGGACCACAACCAUUUUGAAAUCUACUCUUGACCUCUACUCCUCUCAAGCAUGUUACAGGGAGGGUCUACACACAUGUUCAACCAUAAAACACACCUGAACAGACACAUUCAAGUAUAAGCUUUUCCUGCACUGAUAAUUUGCAACCUUGUAAAUACUUGUAAGGCUGCCUUUAUUUCAAGCAAAGUUCAAAUGUCAUUCUGAAUUCUUCUCAGUCAUGAUUCAUGAGGAGAAAAACUCAAUUAUUGCGACUGCUAAAGCGUUUUGGUGUAGGUGUUACAUCACAUAUGCAACAAUAAAUGCUCUUAUUUGGUGUGUUGACUAAUAUACUUCAGGCCACCCCAGCAGUGUCAGUGCCGAGGUUGGGGCACCCCAGUCAAAAAGGUCUAAACGCGCCCCUGCUUGUUAGUGUGUACCCUGCUUUGAGUAUAUUAUUUUAAACAACAGAUAGAUCGAUGUUGAACAGAGGGCUCUGUAGAUGGAAAAGAGGGGAGUACAAUGACAGACAUGAACUCUUCUCUCAGGUGAAAGCUAAACAACCUGUCAAAGACGUCUGUCCACGUAGAGCGCUCGCCAAAAUCAAUACAGAUCACCCAUCUGCAACCCUCUCCCUCCCUACUAUGAAUAUAAACAAAUACGUGAUCAAUCUGUCCCUGAUAUCCAAAAGAGUGGAUUUUUUCCAACACAACCAAAACGAUAGUGUCGUAAAAAUGUAUUUUUCUUUACCAUCAAUAGCAAAAUGUGAACAAGAAGUUGUCUCACCGUAAAUGUAUCACAGGAAAACCUCAAGCAAGAUCUUUGAAAGUAGCUUUUACUGAUAUAGAAUAACAAAGAGAAACAGUUUUAACUUGGGCUGUUAACAGGUCUGAACAAAUUUUACUCCUGGUGCUGCUGCAGGGUGUGUUUCUAUGUGUCAAAGAGGAAAAACAGAGGGCAUCCUUCCUGUACUUUUAGUUUGAAUUUAGUGACUUCAUUUCCAAUAACCAUGCUGUGCAUCUGAAGAAGUCAUGUAUACCAAAUGUAUACAAAUAUCCCUCUACAGCAUUGUUUGUUUGUCUCUGUUUACUGUACAUCAUGUCAGCAGGGAGCAUUACAGCAUGUUAAACCUCUUCUUGCCUGGAUAGCAUGAUUAACUGAGAAGUAUGAUCUGCAGAAGCUGCUGCAUCUCCACAGCGGGGAUUUAUAGACAAAUCUUGAUAAGGAAAUCUUGUUGUUGUCUUCUAUAAUUUAUGUGGUGUGUGAGUGUGUUACGUUUUUAGAUACAGCACAACUACAGGGCUCCUGAAGGCACAGAGGUGAACUGGAUUUAUAGCUUUCCUCCUUGUUGGAAAUAAAUAUCAUGAACAAAAGCCUUUAUGAGUGACUGUGUUGCUGAUUAGACGGUUGAAUCCAGAGAUUGGCUGAAGGACUUUGGUCCAACACAGGUUAACGGCAGAGGUACAUCGAUGCAGAGAAGCAUGGAGUAACAAAGGCAUGUAUUAUUUUAACCCGCAGGCAGAUUUGAAAAGAAACUAUCAGUCUUGUCGCUGCUGUCGGAUUAAGUCGUGCUCAAAAGAUUUCAUUCAUUGGAUUCUGAAGUCUAAAUCACUAAACACAAACUUUUUUUGCUGACCGCAGGAAAACCAGGAGCAGGAGUAAUCCCACUCUGGACAAACUAUUUACCACCACCACCAGAUUCAAUCUCUUAAUUUCCAUACAAAUGUAAAACUAGGCAAGCAUGGAAUCUUCAGUGAAUCUUAAAUGAAUCCAAUUGUUCCAACGCGGUUCAGGGUCUGCAGGCGGCACGAGGAGAAAAAGUGCCACACGAUUCAGCAAUUUCAAAAUAAAAGCCCAGAGUGAUUCUAAUCUGAUUGGCGGGGCAUUGUUUCCUUUCUCUUGCAUAUGAGUUGGCACAAUCAUGGUGUUCCUGCACAUCAGACUUCAGGAAUAGAAAUUGAAAAUGCAAAGAUUUUUGCACAUACUUGGUUCAAAUCCCUCAAACAAUCUCCUGUGGGCAUUCGUAUUUUUUUAACCCUCUGAUGCAUGUUAUUGUGUCUUUGAAGCCGCACAGGAAUGAGUGAUUGCUCCGUUACUCGCAGCCCCAAAACAAAUAUCUACUCCUAUGCAUGGUAUGUUUUAGACCUAAUGUGAUUACUGUGGGUUAAAUGGUUCAAUGGCAUUUUUUUUAACCACUUCCAACUGAAUUCCCAACAGUUUCCAAACCAACAGAGACCACUUUGACCCAGUUAAUCUGCAUGACAUCUCUUAAUGUGAGAAGCUUUUAUUGCUGGGAAGACUGCCAUGCUAUCCAGCUGGCUUGCGGUUGGUGAGGUUCUGAGCAUAUGCCUGAGUAAAAUGAAUAAUGCAGCUAUGUUAUUCCAACCUUCAGUCUGUAUUUUUUGCUGUAGGUAGGGGAGAUGUACGAAGGUACGGUACAUGAGAGAGUUCUUCUUCUUCUGCUGCUGCUGCUGCGCUCAUGUAAAAAUGACACAUCAAAAAAGCGUCAGAUGUUUGUGGGAAGAGAAAUUUUUCUAGCAUUUAUCCAGGUAAAAAUUCGGGGUAUAUUUAAUUUUUUUGCUUUCAGACUUCACUACCUUUGUAUUUUUAUUGCCUGUGGUAUUAAACUUCCUGUGUACAAGAGUUGCUACUUUUAAGCAGUUCUGCAACCCUGCAGCCACAAGUGAACUACACAUGUACCUCUACAUGCCCCGAACACAACAUCUAAACUCAGUAGCUACAGGUUACAUUCAUAUUCUUUAGGCCCAUGUCCUCUGAGAUGUGACCUGAUAACCCAGUUGCCAGAUAACCUUGAGGUCUGAUAUCUCCCAGCGUUCUGCCACAGCUCCUCUGGACACAUGACACAUUGCGCGUUGGUGUUUGGUGUCUGUCUGUACAGCUUGUCAAGUGCAGACACACAGCAGCAUCAGCUUAACAGCAUUAACAAAUCGAGGAAAAAAGGCUGUUUGACCAUUCAGAUGGAAUGAAAAAGAAGGGAUCUGCAGCAGCAGAAAAACAAAGAGAGAAUCACAGAGUGGUUUUCUCAUUGGAGCUGUUGUCAUCAUUGUUGUCUUUGCUUUCAGUGUUGCACUUUGUUGGCUGUCUGCAGCCGGUUCACAGUGAUAAGCUUGGAAGGAUAAAUGGCUCAGUAAAAAAAUAUAUAAAACAAAUGUUUACUUUGCAGUUUAGAUUGUGUCAGACAAUUUGUAUGAGCCCAAUCACUAACAGUAAUAAAAAAUGUCAUACCGAGUCUGUGAAUGUGGGUGAGAAUUCGCUGUGGCAGCAGGUUUUUCUUCCCUGUUUUUGUAUCAGAUAAGCAGAUGAUGAAGGAUGACAAACGAACGAGGAUAUAGGAAAGAGCUGACCCUAUAAACAGUUUGCCAAAGCUUAACGAAAGGCCAGCAGUGCUCUUGAUUUUCAUUAAUAACCUUCAUGUUCAGGUUUGCCUCUGUACCCUGCAGAGGAGUUAGGCCAUCUUUAUUUCAGCUGAUGUUAUGUUCAAUCAAAGCCCACAGAAAAAGAACUAUAUCAUUCAUUCUAUGGUAUGUGAUUUGACUGUGGUGUUUCUGAGCGCUCUCUUAAAUAAAAAUGUUUCACGUGUGAAUUAAUCAUUAAAAGGGCUCGUUCUCCUUUUCUUCUGCUAGCGUAAUGAUCUCUUUUUACCACUGGCCUGGAUGAAUCUUUCAUUGUCUUUAUCUUUAAAUGAGUUGGCACGAUCCUCCAAGGAGACACUGGCCGCGCUGUGUUUCACCGACUGUCAGUGUUAACAUGUGGCUGAGCUAAAUGCCGUAAUUUAAUUGAUGCCAAGCGCAAUAACAUCACCCGCUGAUCUUUUAAUAAUAUGGAGAUACGAUUCCUGUCCUUUCAUUUCAUUAUGAUUUUGCCUUCUCAAUAUGCAAAUGAAAAUUUGCACACUCCUGCUUGCUGGCACACAAAGUCUGGACUCUAGACAAUAUUUUAGUGGGCCCUGGACUCUUUGGGAGCUAUUUUAGAUUGUAAUGAGAUGGCCUUUAACCUUCAGAUUCAAGCAAAAACCUCUCCAGAAUAAAUUAGCGGCCACUCACUUCUUGCAUAACUGUUUCUCUUUGUGUCUAAUCCUCUGGGUCUCUCUCUGUCUCUCUCUUUGCAUCUCCCCUUCUCUCUAGGUUUCUCUAUACUGCAGGCCAUCAUGGAGGCAGCAGUAGCCAACAACUGGCAGGUGACCGCUCGCUCUGUUAGCGGCACAACAGACGCAGCAGAGUUCAAGCGCAUCAUUGAGGAAAUGGACAGGAGGCAGGAGAAACGCUACGUGAUUGACUGUGAGGUGGACAGGAUCAACACCAUAUUAGAGCAGGUGGGUGUCAGACUCACUGUACCUGUAAUAAUGCUGGUGGGUUAUAUAAGCAAACACUGCAUCCAUCCGGCACUUGUGUUGCUUUUUCAGUCAUCACAUAAUUGCCAUGCACAUCAUAUUUGCAAAACAACAAGCAUUAAAGGGCCACUCAACCAAUUUUUCAUGGCAAAGUUAAUUUGGUAGUCAUGUUGAAUGCUAAUCUGUCAGUGAAAACAGCUGCAUCAUUUCUUCAGAGGCAAUUAUUCAAAUUAUAUGACUUGAGUUUUCUUGGAUUGAGCAGGAAAUACAUUUUCUCAAACAGCGGACACACUGGGUAUCAUAACUGCUUAUGCUUUUUCAACAGACAAAGAGAACCUAACAAAAACAAACUUGCGGUUUUCAUUUGUAGUCAGGAUAAAAGGCAUUUUUUUUAAGAGGUUUAGUUUUUACAAAAGAUUAAAUGAGGUGUUGCCUGUAGGGAAAAACCCACAGUGAAUUAACAUUCCACUCUGUAUUUACUCUCACCCGUGUGGAGUGUUAAAGCUCUUGUGUCAAAAGUUUUGGUUUCAAGGCCCAAAAAGUAACAGUAUUUCUCAAAAACUGAUGAUACCUGGGUGAGCCACCUGAGUGUAUAUAUAUAUACAGUAUAUAUAUAUAUAUAUAUAUAUAUAUAUAUAUAUAUAUAUAUAUAUAUAUAUAUAUAUAUAUAUAUAUAUAUAUAUAUAUAUAUAUAUAUAUAUAUAUAAAUAUACAGCUGCUAUCUUUUUGAAAUGUGCGACUGAUAAGUUUGGGAACAGAUCAGACUCAGGUAGAUCGGUGAAGAUAAACAGAUAGAGGCUAGGCAGGACAUGUCACUUGGUGAGACAAGCUGUUGGUGCAUUGUGGGUAACAGUAGUGAAAAUACGCUGAGCAAAUUGAAGUUGUUAACACACACUAUAAUUAACUAUGAUCAAAAUGAUAAUUAUGAAUUUUAUUUAUAUUGCACCUUUCAAGAACAGUUGUGUCUGGCCACAGCAAGAAGUUGUUAUUAUUACUUAUGAAAAUUUAAAGCUGCACUUGUUUGUUGUGUACUUUUUGUUUUGAGUCUGCCCUGCUGAGAGCUAGUGUGAGUUUGCCCCUUGACAGUGUUAGUGACAAAAGUGUAGUUUUGCAAACAAAUGGAGAUGACUGAGACCCAGAAUAAAGCAAAAAGAAAUGUAGUUGUAGGAUUGAAACCUUACUCUGAAUCAAUAUUUAUGCCACAAAUACUUAAUGUGUAAAAUAGGUUUGCCAGCUGUUUUGCAUGAGUGCGGACUUUGUGAAUUUCAAACUGAAUUGAUUUCUCCCUGACUGAAUGCCUUUGAGUUUGUACAUUGACCCUACUUCUCAACAAACACUAGACAAUGCUUAACUGGUUCUAGAUCAGAAAUGACACAGAGUAACCAACUCUGCACUAAUCACAUCCAUGUAGCAAUACCUGUCAGAGUCCUCUCAUAUGCAUCAGGUUAACCUAGAGCAUCAAAAUCAUCAAAUUCCACUGUGAAAUAUGUUUUGCGUAUGUGUGGUUUUGUUUGAUCAGCUAGUGGUGCAAAAGUGUUGGUAUUUAAUUUGGUUAAACAGGAAAAGAAGAGAAAGUGUGAAGAUGAGCACGACCUAAUGCACAAUGCUGCUAAAGAGGUUCAACAGAAGGCCAUGCCAGCAAAAGGUGCAAAUAUUGGUGCAAACACUCAAAAACAAUAUUUCAAUGUAAUUCAUUUAAAUUCAAUUCAAAAUGUGUUACAGAUCAAAAUCCAGGUAAAAAAGCAACAUGACAGAGAAAUACAGAAGGCUACAAAGGCAUCUAAGUCUCUUUGCUUAUACUGUAUUAUAUUCAGUAUAUUCAUCAUUAUAUGCCACCUGAAAUCUCUAAGCUUGCUGUCUUAUAGUUUGACCAUGAGUGUGCAGUUUUCAGAGGUGUACAAUAAGCAGUAAGAAAUAUCCAUAGAAAAGGUGAACUUGAUGAGUCAGCAUGUUCUUUGGAUUCACUGGAGGCUCCAAGUCAGGAGUGGAAUCAUUGAUCUCUAUCAUAAUAAUUUAAUCUUUAAGUAACAAUACAGUUUCAAUAAAGUCUGUCUAAUCUGAACUUUGCUAAACAAAAUGACAGGAGAAACUUUUUUGCCAUGGAUUUAUUUGUUUUCUGUGAUAAACAUGUCCAAAAUGAUCCUUAUGUGGAGGUCUGCAUGAUAACUAUACAUUUCUGACUUAUAACUAUAUAUUUAAACACUAUACCCACACCUUGGUAGCACUGUGCACCUUACAGAAUAUUUCCUCUCUCAGCUGGUACUGAAGAAGUUGGCAACACAAGUGUAAAUCCACUGGACAUUGGUGGCAUAUCAACUUUUUUAAGUACUAUAGGGAAUCUGUGGGUGUAGGAGACACAGACUGAAACUGAUAAUGAUGCUUCUUUAUGUCCUUCAUAAGCAAACAAGACUAUCAACAACAAUUUUGAUAUUUCAAUGUAGAAAUGUUUGAUUCUUCAAAAUACUGUGAGGCGUGAGGUGAAUGAUAGACUAGAUGAUUGACAUCAGGCUUUUCGACUUCUAACAUAGCAAAUACUCACGGUGAGUGGUUAAAAUCUAUUGUUUCAAGAAAAUAGGGGGAGGUUUUGUCUGAAAUCACUGCUUUCACAUGUGCAGGAUAAAAGAUAACAGGUGUCUACAGGGGGCACCAAUGUCAACGAAAAGCAAAAAUUACUCACUGCAGCUUUAAAGUGACAUAAGAAAACAUGAGAAUGAAUUAUUUUCUUCUUAAGGCAGUGCUCUGUUUUAAUGGAGUUACAAUUUGAGCUGCAGCAGUGGACCUUUAAAUUAAGGAAUAAUCUGGGAAAUUAUUGCACAGAGUCCUCAGGUAAAUAAAGAAUGCUGCUGGGAAAUGUAGUGUCUCAUAUACCAAGAUUAUGUAGAUUUGCUUUAUUACUUCCUCCACAUUUGACUAUUUAAAAUAAGCCCACAUUUCAAAACAAACUGAUUUGUUUUUUGUAUACAAGCUGAGUCCAUGUGCCCUCAUUAAGGUUUUACUAUGUGUCGGAUGGAUGUCAGGAGAACCUGAUUCUCACCUCUCUGAGCAGCUCAGUUUGGUGUUAUUUGGCUGCAAAGUUCGAGGCUGACCUGUUUUAAAACUGAGUGUGUGUGUGUGUGCGUGUGUGUGUGUGUCUACCGGAAAGCCUGAGGUGAAGACAGGCUGGCGUGAGCAGCCAAUUGGGGAGACCAGGAUGAUGCAUCCUUUUUAAUCCUCUGCUAACAACCCCAAACCCCUCUGUCCCUCUAUCCAGUGCACUGCCUGGAGGAGGAAAUGAAAGGUCUACCAGUCCUUGUAGUAGGGAAACACAAUUACCAUGAAUAGAUGAGUGGCUAUUAUACCGUGCAUCUCUUGUGUUCGCCUGCCCUGCUCCACCCUGCAUCCACCGUCUUCCUGCUGUGGACUGCUGAGGCAAUCAGCUCCUGAAUUGGAUUCUGCUCGUUAACAUUCAUUUAGAUAUCGGCUUCUCUCUGCCUCACAAUAUCCCCUCAACGACUGUUAGUCUUGCUUGUUUUUUUAUGAAUCUAAUUUGAUCCCAGAGUCAUAGUUUAAAGCAGAAUGGCUUUUAGUAUUAAUUUGCUGUGUCUAAUUUAAUUCUUGUGUUGCAAAUUUCCUCCCUUUACAAUCCAGGGCAUACACUAAAAUCUAUUGCCUUUUUUGUUUUGUUUAGAAUAUACAUUAGCUUAUAAGAAUGGCUUAUAAUUUUCAUUACCCAUCAAAUGAGGAUUAUUAAUGGUUGUGUCUUUAAUUGCUUUUUUCCGCCUCCUGCAAACAAAAAUAAGGAUAUGGGGCAAUAAUCUGUUUGAUGUUUUGGUUAGUGUUUUUGUUCCUGUUAAUGAAUGGGGUUUUUUUUGUCUUCUAGAGGGAGCUCUUUCCCCUCUGCAUGUGCAACUAUCUAACAUUACACAUCUCACCUUCUCUACCUUUGAUAAAGCACAGAGGGGUAAAAUAAAGCUGGUAUAACAGCUAACUUUCAGAGCAGCAGUGUGCUCAGUUUUAUCCCUUGUUUCAGUGACAGCCUCAGCAUGGAUUGUCCUUUUUCUCCUGUUGGAGCUAAUUGAAAUAAUCUGGCGAGCUCUGCCAAUAUGGAUGAGUCACAGGCAUUGAGACGAGCUGCUGGACUUCGCUCUGCAGCUGCCCCCUAUUGGGCCUAAGCAUUAUACCCUGAAACAAGGAUGGACCGCCUCCCAUGAGGGCAAUCACAUCCCAAAAAUGGCACCCAGCUGUCAGCUAUGUGGAAACCCACUGCCCAACCUGCUGCCGUGGUUCUAUUUACCCAUGAUUGAGUUUUAUCUCUGGAGGACGGGGAGGGAGAGUUUGAACAGAGCCCGUGUGCCGAGGCCAGUGCCCGUGUGUGUGGCAAUGUCGACGUGUCGCUUCAAUCCGUCAAGGUCAGCGCUGUUGAGAGAGGAUCAUGAGACAGGACAGAUCCAGGCAGCUGAUUGCUGGGGGAAAUGGGAAUCAGCUCAGUGGCUUAGUUUUAUGAUUUCAGUUGGAGUAAUCCCACUGCAAAAUGAAUGUCUUUAUAACAGGCGGGGAGGUUUACGCAGAAAGAGUCAUCUUGAAAAGGCAAGUGUAAAGCUCCAAAAGUAUAGUACAACUAUUUCACACAAAGAAUUCUCUAUAUUGAAUCAUUUGCUAAUGGCACUUUUCUAUCUAUCUUCUAUUUCACUUUAUCGGUAAUAUUAUAGAUUUAAGUGAAAAGGGUCUGGUAUUUAUUUACUCAAGUACAAUUAAAAAAAUAAUAAUAAUAAUUUCAAGAUACUUUAUAUGGUAUGACUGUCAAACCUAUAACCAGUGUGCCAAGGACUGUGGCCUCUGUCCAAAGAGCUCAUACUCCAAUAACUGAGCUGAAUCAGCACCUCAGAACUUCUAACACAGCAGUAUUAUUUUUUAAUGUUGUUGUGCUGGUUUUUAAUGUUUUUUUAAUAUCAAAAAUAUUUAGAAAUAACACUAAUAGCAGGCUGGGCCUCGCUGAAUGGCCUUAAAGUAAAUACAUAAUAAUAAUUCACAAUGAAGCCCAUUCUCAGAGGGGUCAUUUUGCAUUGGAAGUGUAGGUCAUUUUGUUGCUUGAAAUAUACUUAUGGCAGAUGUAUUAGGAGAUUACAAAUCUAAUAAAGAAAUUUUAUAAUGUUCCCCUUCGUGUACAAGUGAAGGUGCAUAAUUGAGGUUUUCUAGUACAUUUAUCGAUGUACAUGGUACAUGGUCGAAUGACUAUCAACAAAUUUAAACAGCACUUUGUGAUGUCUCUUUGGUAUGAAGAGCAAUACAUGAACAAUUCAGAAUGGUUUUAAAUUUAUUAAAGCAGCAAAUCCACACUUCAAAGCCAGACACAGGCUUCUUAUUUAGAAUAUUGGCUCCUGCAUUAUAGCAAAAAAACCCUGUCUGAACAUGUCUGAACAGUGUAGGUUGUUUUGUAUAAAAGGUUUCUUGAUUUUUGUGAUAAUUUGGAAGGCUUUGCAGAGAGAAAUUAGUUUAAAAAGAUGAUAUCACAUAGCUUGGAGGAUCAAUCAGCAUUUGGCAACACUAGAGAUAUUUGUGUUUUUUGCCUGUUGGUCAAAUGCUGUUUAAGGCACUGAGUAGUUUUUUACUGGUUUGAAACAGACUGAAAUUGAAAGUGAGGACUCUUUCAGAGCAGAUGACUGACAGCAGACUGAUGUAGAUAUUUCACUGUUCAAAGACAACAGGAUGAGGUUAUUUUUGUCUUGAAAGACAAAAGACAAGAGGUUUUACUUUGUCCACAGGGGGCGCCAUAAUCGACACAAACCAAAAGUUCCUCACAGCAGCUUUAAACCACAUCCAGUGUUAAAUUAUAUCUAAUAAAGCUGAUAAGAUUAAAAUUUGAUUGACAGACUCUUAUGAACUGUUUUUUGUUAUGUUUAUGUUAUUAUUGUUAUCAAAUUUCCUCUCUGGUAUAAAUAAAAUUUCUCUUAUCUUAUAUUACCUAACCUAUCUUAUCAGUGAAAAUACAUACUUAAUUUUAAAUCAGAUUUUUGGAGGCUGUGAGUGCCUUUAGUGCUGCGUUGAUUCUGGUGACCCCUAAGGACGACAUCCGUGGUAUUUUCUGGGAUAAAAACUGCAUUUUGUAUGAGUCCCAUCACCUGCUGUUGGAAAGAUAAGACCCUUGCUAAAGCAUGUAUUUUUGUGGAAGUAAAUGAAUGAAAUUUAGACAUUAUUUUAAAUACUUUUUUUCUUUAAAAAAUGAAUAAGUCCAUUAUUUAGAGUUAUGGUGUAGUGCAUUAAUGUCUGUCAAAUAAUAAACUUGACAAAACAUUGAAAACUCUGAUUUAGUACCUUAAGCUAUAAAAGUCUGAAAAAGUAACCAUGCAUAUGAGUUGAACAUUUCCUUUUAUAACCCCAGUGUAUUUACAUGUUCACUGGUGUCCUGAUAACAGUCUAAAUGACAUUCAUGUGUACCCAGUUUAACUCUAUUGUCCUCAAGGAUCUGUUAAGCACUCAAAUGCUAUCGUUAAGUUCAUAGCUAUUGUGAUCUUGUCCUCCGCAAAGCCCUGGUUGUAGAGUUGCUCUGUCUUUAACAAUAUUUCAACAGAUCAUGUAUGUGUUAGUGCAAAUCCUGCUUGAGUUUCAUGGAUGUGUACAAAACAUGACCUAGACAGAGAAUUAUCUCAAGAGAAAGACUUCCCCCUGCAUGGCUAUUUAUUUCUCAUCGCCUAACUUUACCACCUGAGUUUUUUAUAUGGCCACAUCAUGGUUUUUGUAGAAAUCUGAACCAAACUAGAAUUUAAUUAAAUAAAAAGCCAAUCUUGAGAAUGAAAUUCUCAUUUAGUUAUAUAGGCCAUGAAGAGCCAUCAGUAUGGAGGUGAUCACAGAAUCAGCUAAAAACUGCUCACUGUCUUUGAUUCACCGUUCAUAAUUGUUUUAGCUGUAACUCGUGAGCUGUGGUGUGAGAUAGCACUCCCUUUACUCGAACCACAUCUCAUCACACAAACAUGAAAACAUUGGUUGAACCUUGUCUGCAGCCAUAAGCGCACUCAACUGAAUUUCCUUUUUAUUGGCUUCAUUUAUCACUUGACAUGAUGCAGGAACACGCUUAUAGAAGGAUUUGCAUACUGCUGCAUCAGGAGCUGUUUUGUUUGCUCGCAUAAGAGCAGAGCGAGUCUCCCCACAAAUUUGUUUUGGGUUGCCGAGGAGAAUGCUCCACAACGCUAUUAUCAUUUCAUGCUGUAACAACCACUCAGAAUUUAUCGCCCAUAGGACUUUUCCAUCAAUACACUGCACUGCAGAUAAAUUAACCCAAUAGCAGUCCUUCCCUUACGACAAAAAGGAGAGGCCACUGCCAGCCGUGCUCCCUGAAUCACAUCCAACAAAUGUGGUUCAUUCACCCAGUGAGGUUUAUUAUAUUACACGCUGAGACGAAUGUUUGUGGCAUUAGAGAAGGGCAGCAUAAAGUAGGAACAUUAUUAAGUUAAAGAUAAUCAUCUUUGUAUUGCUAGCACUUGUCAUAAUGAUGAUUUUUCAGUGUAAGUAUGCAGGUCCUUGUGAGCGCCUGCAUGUGUUCACUGUGCUGAGCUUCGUAUCCUCAUGUCUAAUCUGAUCUAUCUCUGAGAUUUCACAUAUAGAAUCAUAUCUGCUUUUAUGCUCCUUCCUGGCCCUUAUUCCCCUCCGGGAUUUCAGUGCUGGAGUUUGCUCGAAGGCAACAACCUGUGCUCAUCACUAGUGUAAAGAGAAGCAGGGUAUGAAAAAAAAAGGAAAGAAAGAGAGAAAGAAAGACAGACAGAGAGAAUGGCGUCUGGGACAGGCCCAGGGCAUGCAAGCUGUUCAAAGACAGGCAGGCAAUGAACGCACUACCAGCCACAAAGAUGCAUUUUCAUGGAGAGAAUAAAACACGAUACGAAGUGAAAGGAUUCAGAGAUAGAGACAAGGGAAAAAAGAGAGGUACAUCUGGGGAUUUGUUAACAACAUUCUUCCGCCUGUGGAGGCAUGAAGGGCGGCCAUAUUGGCUCCCAGCGGAGAGCUACAGAUCCUCCAUAUCCCUGUUUCUGCUCUUGAAAGAGGUUCACAGACAAAAUCCACAAUUGGAUGUGUGACUGUAAAUGAAAUUAAAGAGAGUAGGAGAAAUCUAGCCGUGGCUGAUAGAGUGCCUUCAAUUAAUAGAUAAUUAUCAACAAAAAGAGGGUCCAAAGCCAUGAUUAUGUGGAGGACUGAGUUUGCAGAGAAGGAAAUAACAUUUCAAUGAAACAUAUUUGCAGAUACUGAUUUAGCCAGAGUUACAAAAACUGGAAUUAAUUAUGAAUAAAUGUACUCAAAACAUUGUGCAUUACACCUUUAAUACUUUGAUUCUACAUAGUCUGUGUGACAUUAAAAAUCUCACAUGGCAACACCUUUUCUGGGCCACUGCGAUUAGGGCCCAACUGAUAUGGAUUUUUUGGGGCCGAUGCUGAUACCGAUUAUUAGGGGGUAAAAAAAAUCAGAUUUACGAUUAAUCAGCCGAUUUUUUUAAAUUUUUAUGAAGUUAUCGAAUAUAUAUAUAUAUAUAUACUGUAGAUAUCUACAGUAUACUGUAUACUGUAGCUAUAUGGUAGGCUACUGCUCUUCACGCCGACAAGGAGACUGACUGAUCAAAGCGUUUUCAACUAACAAUUAAUUAACUCACUAAUUUCAAUUAACUCAUGUUACACAUAUCCGAUCCGGUCUCAUCUGUAGACAUGCAGCUGCCUCAGUAAGAGAAGUAGCUUGAUCACGUAAUGUGUACUGUUGUUUAUUCUACAGUUACUGGCACGGCUAACAGUGUAGCAAGGCUAAUAGCAGAUGGCUAACUCUAACUUUAGCUUGCAUAUUACAUGGUGCUUCACCGUUAACUCGGCGUGACCAAGACCAGUACAGCGGGGAACAUCGUGAAGUGGGUUGAACUGAAACUUGUUGACUUAUUGUGUAUUUCACAAACUGGUUUAUUUACCGUUGAGGCGGACCACUCUCCUCUGUGCGUCCCUGAGCUGCCUGCUUCAGAUCCGUCACUCUGCUGUGCUGUGAGGUAGUUCGUGGAUGAAGAUUGUCAUGAGGUCACGGCUCCAUCUACAGGAUAAGUCGGGAACUUUUCAAAUGGUGGAACAUUUUCAAAGUGAAACCGAAUCUUAUUCUCUGCAUUUUAUUUGUAAAAAUAUCGGCUAAAAUCUGCGAGUUUUGGUCGAUUACCAAUUAGUCUCAAAUGGGCCAAAACUGGCCGAAUUAAUCGGCUCGCCAAUAAAUCAGUCGAGCCCUAACUGCAAUAUGAAAUAGGAAAUUAUCAUAGACUGUAUAAAGCACAGAAACGUAGUCGGUCCUACACUUUUAAUAAACUUAAACUCAGUGGUUUCAGAUGAGUUACAAACAUGAGAUCAACUGUCUUUCUAGCAAGUUGUACUUUUGUGAGUUGACAAACAGCAGAAUGUUUUUGAAGUCAUUCACUAUGUGUGUCUCAUGAUUUCCAGUGUAACAAAUCACAACUUAAAUGCUUAAAUGUUAUAAUCUGUUUCCCUGCUCUGUAUUCUGGCAACACUAACUGGCUUGACUCUAAAUUAGUACUUAUGGACAGGAGGGGAAAAGAGGCAGGAAAGCAAGCUAAUGUCUUCUCUGAUAUGAACGGUGCUCCCAAUCUUAACAUCAGUUUAUUGUCCCCAGGUUACCGAGAGGAAGGGCUGAUGAAUAUAUAUAUUCCUAAACCCAUCCUCUCAAUGUAAAUCCAGGGAUACGUAUGGAGCUUUCAAAUCCCUGGCACCAACAGUGGCUGUUGAGGGCCAUUUACUAACUGAGAUUAUAGAAUUAAACAGGAUUAGGGUGUUAUCAUUGAACUGAAUAUGACCUGCUGACUCCAAUACUGACUAAGGGGCUGAGACCAGUGUGUUUCGACUGACAAUACGCACAUGUACUUACAACCACAUCAAGUAUACAGCCUUAUAAUAUGUAAACUGCAGAAGCUAUUUCCUUUAUCUGUCAGGCAAAAUUACCUUGUUCAUUUUAGUGAAAGCAGAGAAGGAUGUUUUUCCUGUUUCAACGCCAAGUUUCAAAUGUCACAGCUGCAGUGUCAGACAUUCUUUCCCCUUAAAGUAUCAAGUCUCAUGGCGUUCCCAUAUCUCACAGCAAUCAUAGAUAUGAUCAUCUAAGUAUAGGCAGGUGAUUCUGAAAGGUUCUGCAAUUUGAAGAAGGCCAACACAUGAUGCCCCUGCUAUCUAAGAGGGCAUGUAUCACGACUGCCAAGAAAAGCAUCUCUGGCACUGCAGCUACUGGCCAUUAAUUAGGGAGUGCUCCAUGAAGAGCACUUCUACAAAGAGCAUCGGAGCAGAAAUGGAGACUGAAGAAGUGGAAAAUCCUUUCAUAUCAAAGCUGUAUCACCCCUCUGUCUGUGUAAAGUGGAGCACUUUCGCACAUCUGCAGCUGUUAAAUUGUAUGUAGCAGAUUUUGCACCUUCAUGUUAGUGUUCUGGCGACUGAUGGAAAUGUAUAUUGUAGCUCAGGGCCCUGUUUCAAUGUGCAUCUAAAACAAAGGCUCAGAGCAGUUUUGAGGAAAUGUGUCGUUUGUUGAGUUUCAGAGCUUCUAAGGGCUGAGUCUCUUCACCCUUUGUCAUCAAGAUCUUGAUACAGCUCGUUUUGCUUUUAUUACCUCAUCAGCUAAUAAAAUUUUAGCCAACAUAACAUUAGUUGUCAAUCAGUACAUUUACUGUUUUUUUUAUUGCAUUAGUCUGACUGAAGCUGGUGUUUUAAAAAUAUGUAAAAAUGCUAGUCUGACUGAAAUCACGUUAAAUAGACACUAAUAAAACUGGAUUAUACGGUUGGGGAUUGCUUUUCAUUUCUAUGUAUUUGGCUCAGUCAGACUGAAACUGGCCUAAGUGUUCUGUGCAAACACUAGAGUUCGUACUCCAUAAUUUGAAGUGCAUCACUUAACAAAAUCUCAACAGAAGAAGGGACACAAAAACAAAACACAGCUGUCGUAUGGUGCGUAUACAAGAUACAGACUUGUCACCUGCUACUUGCUAACGUGUUUAUUCAGGUAUGUAAUAGGUUAACUGGGAGACGACCCAGUAGUAACAAGCUGAAAGGAGGUAUGUCCCACUACCAGAGUGGAGUCUUGCAACUCUCUUUCAAUAAUUCUAGUCUUGCCAUUGCUUGAAGUGAAAUACAAACAGUAGUCCAGUGAUAUCACCCGAUGGAUUUGCCAUCUGGGCUUGUUUCCAUUCAUGAAGUCGAGCAUUACAGCUGCGUGGAAAUAGCCCUGGUGGCUAAACACUACAGUUAAAACUUAUGACUGCCAGACUGGCUCCCAUUGUAAAAAAGUGGGACAAAUACUCAUUCAGUGAUUAGUUUUGAGCCAAGGUGACCUCAGGAAUGAUCUGGAUAGUGGAGCUUUUACCUUACCACAGAAAUUUCUAGUUUAAACCAAGAAGAUGCAUGCACAAUCACCUAUACUGCAGCCAGUUAUCAAGACCAGCUCUGAAAGUUUUGGCUUCAUUUAGGAUUUGAUUGUGUUGGUUGUACCAUCCAUCUUUUUUCAUACACAGACACCCCAGUGUCAUUAAACCUUAUAAGAGACAAACAUGUAGGUAAGAGUCUAAACAGGUAAAGGUAGAAAAGAAACAUACACUGGAUCUGAUGGAAGAAAUACUUGGACAUGUAAGUGAUGUAGGUGAAAGUAACAUGCUGUUUUCAUUGUCUUGCUGUUUCUUAGCUUGUUAUAUUUCACUUUCAGGACUUUGAAGCAUGAUAGUGAAGUUGCAUUAAAUGUCGAAUAACCACUAGCCAAGCUUACUUCAUUUAUCCUCAUUUACUAAUGAGUGGUAAUCAGAAAAAACAAGAAUUUUACAGAGAAUUGGUGGGAGUUUAUGAUUAUGAAAAUGAUCAUUUAUUAUAAAUGAUGUUUAAAUGUUGGUUGCUGUUGUUAUUAUUGUCAAAUAACUGUAAAAAGGGCUUCCACACCAGUGUAAUUGGCAGACUACAUGUCCUCAGUUGGAGUUUUUAUCGGUAAGGAAGAGUCUCAAAGUAAUUGCAUUAUUUUCUCCUCUUUCUGUGCCUUGGUGAAUGGUUUGUUAUACAUGUACAAACUCUGGGGAAGCUGUCAUUUUCAGUCUGCUUCUGCCUGUGCUGUGGCAAACUUUGCAGUGGAAAGGUCAAACCUGGAGGAAAACGGUCUGGCGUUUAUUGAAAAUGUGUAGCUUUAGUUUUACAUUUCGGGCUGAGGCAGAGCGAGUCUGGAUGAGGGGGAAGUCAAGGUCAUUCCUGUUGUCCGUCCCCAUCAGGCUUAAAAGAAAACUGCUCCCUGCAGAAUACUGGCUUUUCUUUAAGCAGCAGAACAAAAGGUGGAGGAGCCAGCUCGUGGAUCGAUGCGAAAGACAGCACAAUGUAUGAAAAAGAGGAACUGCAGCAUUGAAGAGGAAGCACACUAAUAUCAUUUCUUGUUUUUAAUGUCUCUUGAAGGGAGAGUAAUUACUAAGUAGGCACAUGUUUGUUUUGUUUGUCCUUUGAAGGGAAUUAACAACAACGGAAAUCAGUUCCAGGAGACUGGGAGGUAGAAGAAAACAAAAGUUGUCUAGAGAAAGUUAAUGCAUAAGGAUGUGGGCUUGUUAAUUACCAAUUUUAACAUGAAGUUGAUUUGCUGUGCCAUCUUAGCAAAGUUAAAAUGUGCUGAUACUCUCAAUUCAUUCUUCCUCUCUCAGGUGAUUCUGCCUUAAAAUUUAAACAGUAAGUCUGAGUAUGACUACAAGGGCUAACCUCAGACAUAAACAAUAUUCAUCACACACAGUAUCCACUAAAAAUGGCCUUGAGGAUCUUCAGCAUUUUUUGAAUUCAUCAAACAAACAAUGCAUGGCUAAUGAGCUGGGGUAUAUCCAUGUUUUUUAGUUCUGGGGUGGCCAAAAUAGGGCACUGACUUAUACAGACAUGGCAUAACAAGUGAGUGUGAGUGCAAACAUAACUUAUUAACAUUGAUUUACCCUUUUAGUCUUCAGGUCAAAUCUACUUCCACUAUGCAUAUGGAGGAUCAAAAGGGAGUGCCAAUUGGAUUUUUAAGGGAGCAUAGACUGUACAUAAAAUUGAUGCCAUGAGUAUCCCUCCGGCUUGAAGCCAAAAGAUUUAGUGCUCCCCCUGGUGACUGGCUGCAGUAAAGGUCUUCAACCUCACCUACUUAGUCUUAACAGACAGGCAAAUAUCAGUGCUCAUGAAGGGGAUGUUUCAGCUUCAAAGCUCACAAAGGGCAAAAAUUAAGAGUCUAUUCUCUGUACAGUCGGUGCAAGGUUGGCUUAGCUGGCCAUGCCUCUGGACCUGCCUCUGCUAAAGGGGGUCAUGAAUAAUAAGGGUGCUGUGAUGAUUUUGGAGUCUUUUGUGAAUCAUGUAAACAUGCCUGUCAUGAAGACACUGCAUGGUAAGAUAAAUAUUAAGCUUGUUAGCUUAGCUGUAGCUAAUGUAUAUCAUGGACACCUUUCAAGCUUACAAAAUAGCAAUCAUCACUGUGACGGUCUAAUUUGUCAACAUAGCGUCGGUAAUACUAAGACAGAAUAAUCACUCCCGGCUCUAGCUUUAUACACUUCAAAUUAGCAUGGCUGUUCUGUUGCCAUUUUAAAGACAUAAUAAUAAAUUAGCAUAUUUCAAAAAAAUAAAAAAUAAAAAACUCUGCCCUCAUCAGUCUGUAAUUUAUCACCACUACAGUCUGUAGCACUGCUGACUAAUUAAAAGGGUUGAGAGGAGCGGUUAGUGUGAUCUGGCCAGAGGAUUUGUGCCUCUGUGUCAUGAGUGUCUCGCUGUGCUUCAUCCCAAGGUUGCUGCUGGUAUCUGCUGCCAGAAAGGCUGUGAGCUGCGAGGUGCUGGUGGGGGUGGUGAGGCCCUCCCUCUGCCCAGCUCCGGGGCAGGUGAGGAGGCUUACAGCCAGAGUCAAGGUUAGCUCAUGGUGAAAGAGAGCAGAGCUGUGGGGUUUGUCCAAGAAAAUGCAGCGGGGCUCAAAGUCUGAGAGUCAGACUUGUGAACAAUGACGGAGGGAGUAGAUGUGAUUCAGCUAGCUUUGUAGUUUCUUCUCAUGGAGCUUUCUGUCACUUUCACAUUGGAUCAGUUGGCUCUAAAAGCCAGCUCCUGCUAUUUCUGCAUUAAUAAGAUGGUUGUUCAUUUCCUUUUUGUUUUCAAAGUCUUUGCUUUAUGCUCCCAGUGUUAGAAAUACAAUGGGGAAAAAUGACCCAUCCAUGCAGCUUGACAGUAUGAGAAAAUGCCGUACUGCUUGGUGCUACUGUUCAGAGGUACACCCAGGUCAGUUUGAGUUCAGCAUAGCUGAUCUGAAACAAUGUAACUGUAUUCGAAAUGAGUGAAACGAAAAACCUCCCUCCUCCAAAGAUUUCUUCAACAACAGACUAGUUCAUUUCUCAUCGCUCUCUCAUACUCAGCAGGAAUGUCAAACGAUCCCCGGUAACAAAUAUCCGCGCCCUGACAUGCACACACAGAAAAAUGAUAAACUGACAGUUUGUUUUGUUGCCAGAGCCAGAAACAGAACAUGUGCAAACAUGCUGAUUUUGCUGUAAACUUGUGUUGCCGUGUUUGUAGAGCGCAGAUGAAAACCGAGACAUGGCUGACAGGUUUGUGUGAGGCAGCCACUCAGAAGUCCAUCUACGGCACACUACAAACUCAUAUAUAACAGACCUCACCAUGAAGGCCCUGCUGGAGAAAAACAACUCUUCCUGGCAUAUAAUGCGCAAAAGAGCCAGGAAAAUUCAGAGUUCCACUGUAGGAUUUAUCUUUAGACAAAGGAAAAGGAAGGAGAAAAUCUGGAAUAAAAGGCAGCAUAUGGUGUGUACCACCGUGAUGGAACGGCUUAGAACACCACUUACUAUUUUCAGUCAGGCUGCGUGGGUUGAAACAUGCUGUUAUGCUCCAAAGGUGUGAUAUUUUCAAAGCAGAGCGAGAUCCACAUCUCAUUGUCUCACUGUAAAUUCCUUUGAAACACUUUUUUUUUCUAUCUUCUGUCCAACAGUUGCAGAGGACUCCAAUCCCUGCAACUGUUGGAGGACUUCAAAGCCAGGAGGAUCCUCCACGUUGUUUGUUUCCUUCUCAUUAUCAGCUCCUGCUUAAUGAACACCCUCUCUGACUGAUUCCCAGUGACCGCUUUGCUUUGUCUUAACUUAACAUGACUGCAUUCACAGAGACUGCUGUUGUAGCCACUUAUACACGUCCUGUUCUCAGCUCUCAUCUCAUGGGUGGUUUACUGUCUCUGUGUUUUUUUUUUUUCUCCCACAGGUUGUGACCCUGGGGAAGAACAGCCGUGGUUACCACUACAUUCUGGCCAAUCUUGUGAGUAAUAAGUGAGAAAUCUGUGUGUGCAUGCUCAAUAAAUGGAUUACAGGCUUUUAUAUGAAAUCAGAGAGAACAAACCCACAUGUUUGUCUUAUGCUGUAAAAUAAGGGGGUAUAAUUUUUGUUGCUUAUGCUGUAUCAAUCUAAAUUUUGCAGCCAGCACGCAAUGCGUAUCAAACUCAAUGAAUAUAUUUACGUCAGGGUUUAAAUUCAUGUCCGAAGCAAUAAAUAAACUGCAUUUAACCUUUCUAAACAUCUUUGGAGGGCAGCCAUCUUUUUCCUCUGGGUCCACAGAGAGAAAUGUUCAUUUAGCCUUGAUAUUUGCAUGAGCAUUUAAAAGCAGAGGCCGGCCCCGCUCAUUCUGCAGGAUCCCCCACUGCUGCUUCCCUGACUUUUGAGGAUGUGAUUAUGCAGCAGUCAGACACAUGUCCUUGCACGCCAUGACACAAAAUCGCACUUAAAAAAAACAGCAAUUUGUCCAUAAAAAGAAAUAACUUUGUGUCAUGGCUCGAGGGUGGAGAUGGGAAAUUUGAAGGCAGCUGGAGCAGCUGAGUUUUUUUCUAAAAUGCAUUAGAAUUUUUUAUUUCUCAACACCGAAAGUUAUGGGAAUGAAAGUAGGCCAGCUGGUUCAAGUAAAAAAUUUAGUCUUGUGCGUGAUCUGACACAAACUCAGACAAAAAGCAUCUCCUGGCUGGUUAUUUGUCUAUAAAUGAAGUCAGGUUACACAGCGAAGUGUGAAGAGAAACAUUCACCACAGCAUAAUGGCAAACACAUGUUGUUCUUGUGUACUUCAGAGUUCAUAAUAAAGUGCACCUUGUACACCGCCAAAAUAAAAGCAGAUAUUUUAUAGAGCUCAAGCCAAGUUUAUAUUGAAAAAAAUUUACUAAAAAGGAGGAGAAAUGACUCAGGUCCUCAUGUCUGUUCUUUCUGUCUCAUCUCAGGGUUUCACUAAUGUCAGCCUGGAUAAAGUCUUCGCUGGUGGAGCCAACAUUUCAGGGUUCCAGAUCGUCAACCCUGAGAACCCGAUUGUACAGCAGUUUAUGCAGCGCUGGGAGCGGCUAGAUGAAAGAGAAUUCCCAGAAGCCCGUAACACUCCUCUGAAGGUACUCUGCUUGCAAGGCCCUUUCAUUGCACAUGCAGAACACAGCGAUCGCCCCGUCUGAAGUGCUCUCUAUCCCUCCUUCUCCUCCUCUCAUCCUCCUGUUUGCCUUUGUCAUUACCUCCUCUUACUCCCACCCCUCGCUUCCUCUUCGUUUUCUCACAUCUCUCUCUUAGCGAUCGAUAUAUUGAUAGGCGGUGCAAGGCAAGGUUAUAUCGCCGCUUCAAUUUACAUCUAAUUAAACAAUGAUCAAGGAAGAAAUGGAUUUUGAAUGGCAUUUAAUUAGAUUUUGUCAUGGUGCAGUGGUCAACAAACAAGUGGCUCAGCCCUCAGCGGUGGAAAGGUCAGGCAAAGUUGGAAGGGAAGUGUGUGGGAGAUAAAAUCGUGCAUUAAUGCUCUGUAUUUCCCUAACUCUGCACGAAAAGUUUUUCAAGUCUUGACUUCUUAAAUCAAAUCUGAUUAAUCAAAGUAGCUUUUAUUAGAUUGUCAGUGUCAGAGUUUGCUCCAAACACAGCAACACUGACCUCGUGUGUCUGCAUUUUUCUUUGAGCCUUAACAGUCUGAAGCUUAUAGUGAUCAUAUAGUGAUGAGACAUAAUUCUACUUUUAGAAAUAGGUGAGAUGAAAAAGUAAUGGCAAUACCUUUUUAAAAAGCAAGGGGGCGCCCUCUGUCUAAUAAGCCAACACAACGAUGUUAAAUCAGCUAGUUUCCCAAUGAAUGCAUUUCCUCAUUUCUAACCAUUUUAGCAUUUUCCUAUUCCAUCCUUGUAAGAUUGCUAUGAGCUGUAAUCAAGCUAGCUGGUGAUGUGAUCUCUGUCACGUCGUGCUUCAAGAAAGUGUCACAAGAAGUAUCUCCACACCUGCUCUGUUGGUUUUGAUGUGUUUCUUUUCCAAAAGUGAACAGACAUAUUAGAAAAUUCACCUCCAGCAACUGUCUGACUGCCAUAAGCAUGCUGGGUUACCUCAUUCAGCCUAUAAGGCUUUUGGUGACAUUGAAUCCAUAUGGGAAAUUCUCAUUUCACUCCUGGGUAUUUUUACUUACUGGUCAUUAACAGCUCCCCGACUGAUAAGCAGUGACAAAGACAACAGAUAGUUAGAAUCAGAAGCGGGAUGGGGUCAUAUUUUAGCUUAAAAAUCACAGUCAACUGUUCAGUAGCUGAUAUCAGAGCACAGCUAAUGUUAGCAUUCAGCUGUUUUUUGGUUAACAAUGACAUAUAGAAAUAGAUAGAUUUGUCUUGGCAAAAUGAUUCUUUUAUACUUGUUAAAGAUGAUCUGAUAUAAUGUGGGACAAAGGUUAAUCAAAAGUGCUCUUCACAACGAGGCGUUAAUUUAUGACACAAUGAACGGGGGGAAAUUUUCAGACACAGUACAGUACCAGAAGGAGUAGCUGAAUGCUAACUUUAGCUGUGCUAUGUUGAUGCUUCUGAUGUGGGGGACUGUGAAAAGACCACAACCUGUCAGUUUUUGAGGUUUAAAGGACUAAUGCCUUGUAACAAAAUAAUAAUAAAACAUGAAGAUGAUAUGAGUUUGAGCGUGACACCGUAGAAAGAUGGCGGCAGUGGGUAUAUGGUUUACUGACUUGUAUCACGAGUCAAGUGAGUCGUAUGCCCUCACUACAGAAGCAUAAUAUCCCUGCACUCUGGUGUCUCCUUAUCUUCAGCUUCCACUCCUCUGUUUUCUGCUGUUUUAUUCAUCAUCCUUUCUUUAUUUUGUACAGUACACUUCAGCUCUGACCCAUGAUGCCAUCUUGGUGAUAGCAGAAGCCUUCCGGUACCUGCGGCGCCAACGUGUGGAUGUCUCUCGCCGUGGCAGCGCUGGAGACUGUCUCGCCAAUCCCGCCGUACCUUGGAGCCAAGGCAUCGACAUUGAGAGAGCUCUCAAAACGGUAGGAGGGGGUAGAGAGGGGAGUAGAGGAGAGAGAGAGAGAGAGAGAGAGAGAGGGAGCAGAGGAAGAGAGAGUGGCAAGCUGAUAACCAAAGAAAAGGCUGGGAGAAGUGAAGCAAAGAUAGCAAGUGAGAGUGUGAUAAAGAUGGAAAGUGACAGAGAGAAGGGGAGAGAGUGCAGAGCCAUUCUCCUCCCUCUGCCCCCAGAUAUCUGUGCACAGAGCUCACUCAAAUCCAGGCCCUCAUUACCAUAAAACUACAUCUUUUAUUAAAGCGUAUCCAGUUCAUCAUUUGAUUAACAGACUGCAAGCACUCUACGAGCUCCACGGACAUGAGCACCUUAAUACCAGCUAUAUAUGCAAAAUGAUGGCUAUCCCCUGUGUCUAUGUGUCCCCCUGUGUGUCUGUCUAUACCUCAUGACAGGUCCAAGUGCAGGGUAUGACAGGCAACAUUCAGUUUGACAACUAUGGCCGCAGGACCAACUACACCAUUGAUGUUUAUGAGAUGAAAACAGGUGGGCCGAGGAAGGUAAGUCACAGCUCUGACUUCUGUCAGCUUAUUCAUCAAUUGACAAAAACAGACCUGAUCGAAAAUCCCACUCUUUUUGAAAACACAGAUGGCACGAAUUAAGGUUUGGUUCAUUGCGUGGCAGAAGCAUGGAUCUUGGCCAACAUACAAUUUUAAAUGAGUCAUUGAUGAACUGUUCGAAACUGAAGAGCUCAGUGAAUGUGGGCCACAUGUUCAGGGAUGCAAAAAUGUGCCUAGAGCGGCUUUUAAAGAAUCCAUGAUUAGGUGAAAGUAGAAACAUUUUCUACAUUUUGUCAAAGCAUUUUUGCAGCCUUAUGGGACCAGCAUAGUGUAGAAGUACACUGAUUGUCUUUUUCUCUCCUCCCCUGUUUGUUAGUAGCACUGAUGAGCUCUGCCGAGCGCCACAAGCCCCACAAAUCAUACACAGCCUGCAAUCUGAUAGCUAAAACCGUCCUAUCAAAAGAAUGAUAUAAGACUAUUUCUGAGCUGCAGGAGAGCACAGAUCUGAUUUGACAGUAAUUACCAUUUAAAUAACCAAUUACUAUAAAGAGGAUUCAAGAAUUCCUCCGGUUGCUCUUCAAAAUGGUAAUUCCCCACGGUGUGUUCGCAUUAUAACCGGUACCACAAGAUGACCUCUGGUUUUAUUUCAUAACCUCAGACAGCUGUAAAUUCCUCGUUAGCUGGAUAAGUGUGGGCUCUGUCCGAUUGUGACGUGUGAUUAUGCCGCCUGCCUCUCAGACCUUCUGAAGCCCACACUUCAGUAUCGGGCUGUCCUUACUGCCAUCCCUCAAAGCAGCCAAUCAGAGGCAGAGAGAGCAGGGAGAAAAAGAGGUCAGGGGAAGAGAGAGAGAGAGAGAGAAAGAGAAAGAGAGUGAGGGAUGGAGGGAAGAUGAGACAAGCCGGGCAGCAGUUUGUCAGGACCUGGAGCCCCGCUCACCCCGCUGACAGUUAGAGGAUGAAGGUUCUUAGCUGUGACUGUCACGAGUGAUGUAUGGGCUGAUAUCUGUCCCAGCUGCUCAGGGUGAGAUCAGGACUUUGCCUCUGGAGCAGCACUCCAUGACACAGCCUCCCCACAGUCCCAUCCCUGGAGCAGCUCUUCUCAAAUAUCACUCUCGGACAUGAGCCAGAAAUAAAUAUUUAGUACCCUCUCCAGCCUGGCGAGUGCACUAACGACAUCCACAAACUGUAAGCUCAGUUAUAAAAGUUGCAUUCGAGGAGUUUGCGGCUUUCUAGCGCCUCCACUUGGCUGUCUUCAAACUCUGCACUGUUGUACACCUGUCUGGGCCCAAACACUCAAAGAUCUAAGACAAAAAAAUGCAGACCAGAUGUGACGGGGGGAAACCUUCGCCAGCAACAGUUAGACUAUUGGCAGCAACAUAUGCAACACGUUUCAUCAUGAGCCAGAGAAGCCAUUAUUUCAGAUGGGCAAACAAACACUUGACACUGGUUUGACUUAAGCAUCUGUACAGCAGAAUGGAGACUAACAGCAAUGGCAGGACUGUGCAGAAGAAACGGCAGAGCUGCUGGAAUAUUAUGCUAAAUUAUUAAACAUGUAUGCAGUUCACAGGCCUGAGUAUCAAUUAUUUACCAUUAAACCUGGGAAGCUGAAGGUGGGAGAGAUUGAAGUUGUCUGCCGUAUGCUCAUGCAUUCCAAGCUCCUGCACAUUUGGCUAUUUGAGUGGAGGAAAACAUGAAUAUUUCCUGAAUAUCUUUGAUCACAACGGUUACUGAAUGUUAAAUGUAGAAUUACAACUUAUUUUAAACAUGCUUAGCUUUCCAAGCUCCUCCUGCUGCUUUAGUAUUCUGCCCAUUUACUGUUAUUUUGGUCAAACUUAAGGGCAGAAGAGGAAGGCCUCUGGGAAAUGUGGUGUUUUAAUGAGCCCUGCAUCCCGGCAGUUCCCAUUAAAAUUUCCACCACUAUACCAUCCUUACAUAUCAUAAAUUUGUUAUGGUGCAUAACUGAUCUGAGCAUGCUUUGAAUAAACAUUAUCAUUGUUGUUGUUUUCAUUAUUAUAAUCAAAUUACAAUUUUCAAGGUUUUUAAUUUCCUCUAAAUGUCAAAUGUUAAAGCUCGUGUUUGGAGUUUUUUCUUUCUUACUAUAGAACAGCCAAGAAAAGAUCCAGAUGCCUCAGUGUGCAGGGAUGUGACCAGAGGAGGGACAAGGGGGCGGCAUGUGCCCCCGUUACAAUUUGAUUGGCCACCCAAAGUCCUUCACUAGAUUAAAUAUAUGCAAUAAAUGUAACGGGUAAAUGUAUUAAAUAAUCUGAUAUAAACAAAUACAAUGACUUUCAUAUUCAUUCUUUUCUAAGCCUAUAGAGUGAAAAUGUUGUCAGGUUGUUGUUUUUGUGUCUCAGAGUUUGAAAAGUCUCAAAAAAGGAAGACAACAUCAGCAAGAUUUUUAAAUGUUCACAGAUACAAAAAAAGAAAAGAUAGAUUCAGUGGAAACAGAAAGGGUAAAUAAAUGUCUGUCAUUCAUGGCUGUGUGUUCAUACUUAAGGCCACCUCAGACACGCCCCUGUCUAUGUGAGCAAAAGUAAAAUGACAACAGGAUGAGAUUAUCUGACAGAAAACAGUUCUGAUACACGUAAAGGACACAAUAAGCAAAGAUUUUAGGGGUACUGCUCUGACCACAGGGGGCGCCUCUAUUGGUACAACCUGUAAGCUUCUUACUGGAGCUUUAAGGGAAAAGGAUUUUCAUGAAUGUCGGUGUACAGUUUGUAUCACUGCAUGUUCUUCUGAUAGCUAAAAACAGUUUUAAAAAUGUGGAAAUAAAACAGCUAAUCCCUGCUUUUUCUUCACAGAUCGGGUACUGGAACGAGUACACUCGAUUUGUAAAUAUUAUGGACCCGCAGGUCUCCAACGACUCCUCAGUGGAAAAUCGAACGAUUGUGGUCACUACUAUUAUGGUACACUUUCCAUGCAGUUUUAAAUGUUUCACGUAUUCUGCCACUCAAGGUCAUGGUGUUGAUUCCAAUGAGUGAUACAUUCUGUCCUGGGCGGGUAGAACCACAUCUUUUUUGUGUUGCUUUCCAUCCACUCACUACAUGUUGAAACAGUCGAUCCCAAAUGGGGGAGUGUUUCAACUGUAUCCGUGUGGGUGUCAAAGCAUUUUGAUUUUCCAUACUUCAGUGGCCUGUCGUAGCAGUGACAUCACAAUAAUGGUAUAAAUGGUAAUGGUUGACUUCAUCAAUUAUAAAAAAAAAAAAACGCAUACAAACGCAUACGUAAGUAGACCUGUCUGUCCUCAUCAAGUAAAUGUUCACUGACACUCGGGAUAGACUUGCCGAAGAAUGACUAGAGGAUCAUACUGCAAUGGUUGCACAAGCUGGGCAAGGCAAAAUAAGCAGUAUUGGAGGAGGGAUACAAAGGUGUGGGAUAUUUCCUGGUUAUCGCUUCUCCAAUCUAUUUUGUAUUGCUCCUACAUGUGUUCUGUGUUGAAGUAUAACUUCCAGGCAGUGGUUUAAGGAGGAUAACAUCCCCCGGACUAUAUGCUAAACGAACAAACAAAAGACCUCAGAUUUAUUGAUUUCUAACUAGAUGUUCUCCACUAAAUGUUUCAGGCCAUUGGAUAGCCUUCAUUACGAUGUAUUACGGCAAUAUACUCGCCUGAUGCAGGGCGUCAUUCUCUGCAAACAAACAUGUUAAAAUAAUAAAGAGAAACAUAAUGAGGAUAUCUGGUAUUUAUGCACAGUUAGCUUUCAUUUGUAUUCCAAGGCGUGAUCCAGCGUCACUCGAUAUCAAGAGGAAGCAUGUUGAGCUGAGAAUUACAGUCAGGAGUAAACAUGUGUAACUGGAGGGAAAUGCACAGCAGAUCCGAGGUGAGGGGAUACGUUCAGCACAGAACAAACAAACCAUUGCUCUCCUACUUGCACUCUAAUUGUAUGUGGCUGUAAUGACAAUGCCUGCUCUCCUGAGCAGCCCUUUUGUUUGUUAAUGAUGAUGUGCUCAGAAAGAGAAAAGACGAGCUGCACCGGUGUUUUUGAAAAGGAGAGGGAAACUAGCACGCUCCUGCUCUCCCCAUUUAAUUAUUUUAUUUAUGAAGAAUUUCUUUUUGCAUUUUUAUGGUAAGAAAAAAAACAUCUCUUUAUUAUUUUUUUUCUCUCUCUCUCUCCGGAAUGAAGCAGCCUUUAAGUGCGCAUUGGUGCUUGAAUAUGUUGAGAUACUCUGGGCACUAUCUGAUCCCUCUCCUGUCACUGGCAUUUACUUAUGACACCCAUCCCCAUUCCCAUCCCCACCCACCUCUGAGCUGACCCACACCUUGCCCACCAAUGACUCCCAGCCCUGCUAAAACUCAUUCAGGCCUCUUCUCCUGUCUUUUCCUGCAGACAUGAACAAAUUUUGCUCUUCCUCAACCUUGACCUUUUUUUGUGCCACAGAGUCGCACCCUUAGGCUUGAAUGGGUUGGGUGCAUUGGUGCUCGGUGUCUGCUGGCUGCCACGGCUUGAUAAAAGCAGUGUGACCUCAUGAUCUCGCUGCUGUUAUCAUUGUAUAUUUGUGCAUUUGCGGGGCGUCAUCUGUGUAUGCAUGAUUGCAUGGAUGUGAUCACAGCAGCUUCAAAUGUUUUCAAUUUCUUGGUCUGUGUGGAUGAGUGUGUGUGUAUGUGUGUGUGAGAGAGAAAGAGAGAGAGAGAGAGCACGGGCACAUAUGGGUGCAUGUAAGCAUAUUUCUAGAUGACUGAUUGUGUGUGCCAGGGCAUGGGGGUGAAUAAACCAGCGUGUGUUUGAAUCAACAGGAAGCUCCUUAUGUGAUGUACAAGAAAAAUUAUAUGCAUCUGGAUGGGAAUGACAGAUAUGAAGGCUACUGCGUCGAUUUAGCAUCUGAGAUUGCCAAACAUGUUGGAAUUAAGUACAAACUGUCUAUAGUAAUGGAUGGGAAGUACGGAGCCCGAGACCCCGAGACCAAGGCGUGGAACGGGAUGGUGGGUGAACUGGUCUAUGGGGUGAGUACUGGGAGCCUCGAUUUCGCUGAUUACAUGACAGUUUGCAAGGAACUUCAACAUGAGAGGAGAUCUCAUUUUUCUGUCUUAAGGUUAUCACCAACCCAUUGUGAGCUGAUCAGCUUUUGCCCAGUUCAAAGUCUAACACUGCCUGUCUCAGCUGUGCGUGAAUUUGUCGAAUGCAGCCGUGAGCAUUGGGAGGGAGUUGGUGAUCAUCUUGAGACGGAGAAAAUGAAAUCAUUUCUCAGUGCUGUUCAUUGCAAUUAAUCCUUUUGUGCUUAGCCUAGAAAAACUCUCCCUCUCUUUUACAGUCAAAGCAGAGGUAGGUACAUAAAAAAAACAAUGAGUCCAUAUGGCAAGCACACUGUAAUCACUUUGAUGAAUGAAAGAUUGUAGGCCUUUGAAGUGAUUGUGUAAUUAUGUCCAAUGUUUGAUGUGUAUGAUGAAUAUGCCACGUUGUAAAUUCACAGCUGAGAAAAUCGGCUUUAGAAUCAACUGCUAAAUGGAGGCUUGCGGUCCUGAAACAACAAGAUCCAUAUGUGUCGAGCCCCACAAAGGUUGAACCUCACACAUUAGGGAAGGGUCACGCCAUGUUUUACACCUGAUGGAGCGCUGCGCUCCAAGCUCUCGCAACACCUUAAGCAUUCGAAAAAUUAAGCCCCUCUACCCUCCUCCACCUCCACCUCCUCUACUCUGUGCCGCUGUUCUCUCCAUUAUCAGAAGCCACAAUAGUUGAACAGGGGCCAAAUACAAAAUGCAUGAGGGUUAGGCUUCCUCAUCUGUUCAAUUUCCCAACUAUCAGCCUGAGUGAUUGCUCGGUUUGAUGUGCUAUCACCACCUAAAUUAUCUCUCAAAUGGGAAAGUCCACUCCCUGUAGAUGGAAGGUGAAAAAAUACCUCACCCCACCCCCCCUUUGCAUCACCCUUCAAGUUUUUCCAAUCCUGUAAUUUUACAGCAGGUGGGCCGAGACUAAUAGUUUUGUACAUUCUGACCUUUUGACCAGUAAAUUAAUUUGAUUUUAGUUGUCUUUUAAAAGGUUAGGCCUGAGGCGGCUCUUUAUUGCUUUGUUUCCCUCACCAUUGAUUGAGCGCUGCUUACGCCUGCGCCAGGAUUAAAUGGUUAUAGCUGUCCACACUGUUGUGUUGACAGGGUAAAGAAAACAGUCAUGUUUAUUGGGUCUAUUUGUGUUGCACCCAGUUUGACCUUGUAAGAAGCAUUUUCUGCCCUGUGCUGCUUCAAUCUUUUUUUCCCUGGAUUCGGACAUAAAAAAGUCAACACACAGAAUUGUCCUUCAUGGAGCGUCUGCUUUGAAGAGGAGCAGUUAUUUAAUUAAUCACACACGCAAGCGGCAGUAACACUGUCUAAUGUGAUUAAUUAUUUUCUUCUGCCUUUACAAAGAAACCCAUUGUGAUUUCCAAAAAGGGCAGCACCACCUCCAUGGAUGUGUUUUGAUAGCAUAAUGUGAUUGAAGCAGCAGAGCAAAGGCGGGAGAUAAAGAGAAACAGCUUGGAAAAUUAAACAAAUAAAGCUAAUGCCAGAGUAAGCCAUGUUUGGGAAAUCCAGCCGAGUGAAUGCCGGGAAGGCAACACAGCCUGGGCCUGCUGAUCUUUUGAGUACAGCGACCUUUUAACUGUACCUUCAAUUACAGACGUUUUAAUGACAAAGUUACACUUGUCAAGACGUCAGACAAACCUCGACUUCCUUUUCUUAUGCAAUUUUAAUGACACAAUUACAUUUUUGAAACAGCCAGUGUCUCAUAGCAAGACAGGGUAUGAAAUUGCCUCUUUUAAAGAAGUGUGCCAUUGAAGAUCCUUCUGUCUGAGUUGUCUCCUUAGGUCCUGACUAAGGAAGCAUUUGGUAAAACAUGACUCAAACACCCAUCUGCUGUGGUGGAUUUUUUCCAAGCUGUCUCUCUGAAAGUCUUGCAGUGGCAUUGUGAGCUUUUACUCCCUCUUCACCUCUCAAUGUGUCGACAUUUCAGCAGAAUAUUGGAGUAAUUUUACAGUUUCAAACUCUGAUUUAUUAACUAAAAACCCAGAUUGUAACAUUGCGCAAAUGCUGCGUGUAUGAAUGUGUUUUCAUUUUGCUUGUUUCCUGUAAUUACGUGUAAAAUGUGUGAUAACAUUGUUUUAUUCUGCCUCUGCAGCUCCAGUUUUUCACACACACUUUAAAAAUGACCCGCUUGUUUAUGCAGGUCUUGACUAAUGCUCGCUGUGCAUGUCCCUGUUUCCAGAGAGCAGAUAUAGCUGUUGCACCUCUCACCAUAACUCUGGUUCGAGAGGAGGUGAUAGACUUUUCCAAGCCCUUUAUGAGCUUGGGCAUCUCCAUUAUGAUAAAGAAGCCGCAAAAGUCCAAGCCCGGCGUGUUCUCCUUCCUGGAUCCGCUGGCCUAUGAGAUCUGGAUGUGUAUAGUGUUUGCCUAUAUCGGGGUGAGCGUUGUCCUGUUCCUGGUCAGUCGGUUCAGUCCAUAUGAGUGGAACCUUGAGGAGCAGGACGAGACCAAAGACCCCCAGACACCGCCUGAUCCUCCAAAUGACUUUGGCAUCUUCAACUCCCUCUGGUUCUCACUGGGGGCCUUCAUGCAGCAGGGCUGUGACAUCUCCCCAAGGUGGGUCAGCUCCAGUAGCACGAGGAGGAGAAAACAAAAAGUAGACUCCUUCUGCAUGAGUUUUUUUUAAAGCUGGGACUAAUGUGAUGCACCUCUGAUAGGGAUGUAUUCCUGUCUUUUUUCCUUUAGGUGUUUAUUAAUUGAAGCUUAUUUCACAAGGGCUGCAGCUAUUAUAUGUGUAAUUGACUUUGAGCAAAUUGAGCUGAAAUCACAAAAUGAUUUAAUCAAUACUUUCUUCAGGCUAUGAAAUGAACUUUGACCUCGUUUGAGAGCCAAUUAAAGACCUGGAUUAGAGCAGAUUUUAAAUAACAUGUACUACUUUCCUUGGAAACAUGCUGUUCAAAAGAGCAACAGCAGCACUAAGAUGGUUUACAAGGGAAUUCUGAUGAUCAGUUAAAUUACGUACAUUGAACACACAUUGUAGAUCAGAGGACGCUGAUAGGCACCACAUGGCACUUUGUAAUUACAUUUGGUGUUUUCCUGUCAUCAACCUCCCUUUCGCAGGUCUCUAUCAGGGCGCAUCGUUGGCGGUGUGUGGUGGUUCUUCACCCUCAUCAUCAUCUCUUCCUACACAGCCAACCUGGCUGCCUUCCUAACAGUGGAGAGGAUGGUCUCUCCUAUAGAAAGUGCCGAAGAUUUAGCGAAGCAGACAGAGAUAGCAUACGGCACUCUGGACUCAGGCUCCACAAAGGAGUUUUUUAGGGUGAGUAGACGAAAACUGGUGAAAAAUACACACAGACAGCACAUCACAAAUCAGCUACAAGUUUCUCUGCCCUCAGCUCAACAGCAAAUAAUGCAAGAUCCUCACCGUUUUGCACUCAGACUGAGUGCAACAUAAAUACUACUUUGUAUAAAUGUCCUUGAUAAACUCCUCCUUGCAGUUUUUCCAUUUUGUACCUUUAGUGCAGCACUUUUGACCUGCCCAAGAUUGCUCCAAAUGAGGCAUGUUGACAGAGAAGCAGUUCUUGAACUCUUAUGACACCGACGUGAAAUUUAUGCGGCAGUACUGCAGUGUGCAACCUUGAGGCGCAGGGGCUGUCAGCAGAAAGUGUGAUAACAACGUGGAAGACUCAGAGGUGAUAAAAACAGGAGGCUAAUCAAAGCACCCGCAUCAGGCUCAAACUCUGAAGGGUCAGCUCAUGAAAUAUAAUUAGCCAGCCGGCCAUGGCUGGCAAAUUGGACCUGAUGAUGAAGAGCCCUGCAGGUCAAACAGCACGGUCUGAAAGACGGUUCAGAAGGAAUAAGCAAUAUGUCCAUCGGCAUGAAGGACUUGCCCGGCAAUUAAGACGUAAAUUAACUAAAAUCUGAAGCCAGAGUGUAUUAGUAUCUGAUAGGCAGCCACAUGCUCUCUACGCAGGAGUUAAACAGCGAUGUAUAUCUUGAGUGAAAUCAACCCUCGACUGGAAAUUUAAAAGGGGUUUUAGCUUGUGGCACAGCAACUGCAGCAUUUAAGACCUAUGCAUUUGCAGAGCAAUAAGUGAAAAAAGGAUUAAUGAAACAGCACUCUCUGUUACUGUGUGAUGACGAGAAGGCAAUAUGACAGUCUUUUAUCCUACGCUCCCUCAUUACUCAUCAGCAGGAGAGGAACAAUUCAUAUGUUCCACAGCUGCAGCCUGCUGGCAGGAAGAACUAUUCAUUUGUAUUACCCCUGGGUUGAAUUGUUCAGAACAACAAAUGCAAAAUCAAAUCCAUGUUUUCUUUUUUCAGAUAAAAGAGGAGAAGAUAGUGUCUGUGGGUUGAUAUUUAAAGACUGUAGUUGUAAGAGGUGUGAAGAUGGUAUAUCUCAGGAAACACAGCGCAUGACAUGCAUGACGGUAGCUCUUUAUUCCCAGUGGAGCGCUUUACAAAGCCUGUCAUCACUGCUCCUUUCAUCAGGGAGGAGAAUCAGGUGUAUGUACAGUAAAAUGUCUUUGUGCUGAGGACAUGAUGGAUGCCAAUUAUGGAUUAGGUUUGCAGCCUGACAAUGAGGCCACCGCAGGUCUGCUAGUAAAACAAUGAGGAAGGUGGUUGCGGAGUCACAGUUUUCCUGUGUUCUGCAUAAUGAGUGUCCUAGUUACAUCCUUAAGUCUUCAGAUAUGAAAUGACAUGUGUGAGCUGCCAUUUCAAGGGACUUUUAAUUAAAGCUGUGCAGAGCUGACAAGCAAAAAAAAAGAACCCACCACACUGAUUAAUAGGAGUUAAAGUUCUAUUUUAGAUCUGUUUCUCUGGAAAUACAUUCAGGCUUAAUUAGACGCAUACGGCAUCAGCCAGCUGGAAAUUUUAAAUCAAGAGCAGUGUUUCAGAGGAGACAUAUGUCACCAUCCCUGCAACCCCCAAAACUUCCAUUUUUAAUGACUUCACCUGGCUCGUCGAAGUUUCCUGAGCAAACUUACAAAUGUUGCGUGUUUGUAAAAUGUUGUGACUACUUGCUUUCUCAGUUAAAAUUUCGUUGUGGUAUCAUUGAUAGGUCCAGCUUUGAAAACUACCCUGGUGCGUUUGUCUUAGUGUCCUUAAAACAGAUAAAUUAUCUCAUCUUUGUGGUGUUUGAUUUCUCCAAGGCUGUUAUUUCGCAGCUCCUGAUAAACUGACAGUUUUGACGUGCGUCUUAUUAUCUGACAGUGACAGUUUUCACAUUACCUCAAGUGUCUUCAUCAGUGAGGGGAGAAAAGAGACACUGAAGACGAACUUUUAAAAGAGAGAGAGGUGUUAGAGAAGAUCCCCUGAAAGCCUCAAUUCCAUUUCUCCCAACCAAGUACGACAGCUGGCCUGGGAGUCCGUUGACAUGCCCACUGAAAGCCUCGGUGGCUCCAGGCGCUUUGGCAGUGCAACUCCACCCGCAACUUGGCUCCACUCUCCUCAGACUCCCCUGAACAUUUGGGCGCCCUCUCCCUCUCUGUUAUCCGACUUUUUCUUGCUUUACCUUGAGACAAAGCAAGAAUAGCUCCAAGCUUUGUGCUGCUCUCCCUCAGCAAAACAGCUGUCAUGUGCCACUGCACCAUUGUGGUUUGUUUCAUUAUUUUAAUUCCUUCCAUGGAUCUUCUCAUGCACUCAGUUGAGUAUUUGUAUUUGGGGUGAUUAGAAAAUGAUGAGUUGUACCAUCAGGGUUGUGUUUAUCCUCUUGAUGAGGUUUUAUUCCACCAGAGAGCUUGGCUCACUUACAUUCCUGAAAUGUACAUUGAAGUAGAAGCUGCAUGGUGAUUAUGGCUGAGAUGAUAAAAUGAGCUGAUGUGGCUGUUUAAUUACGUGUAAAGACCGGGGUGAGACCAUCAAAGACAACCACACUGCUGUCCCAUCAUGCACCUCAUUAAACAGUGUAACAAUGAAAGAAUGAUAAUUGCAUAGAGGAAUGAGACCACGGCAUUGUUUUUGGUUCCCUUCAAAAGAUUAUACAUUACCCAAAGCCUUGGCGCCGAGCAUCAUGCAUCUUACUGAUGUGCAGGUGUGCGGGAGAUGGGAACAACAGCUUGAGUGCAGUCGCUAAUGCAUUUUACCAAGUAUGGAAAUCAAUUUCACAUCUCAGCCAUUGUAACACAGACACUAUAGCUUCUUCAUGGUCUAAUAUAAUGUUUAAUGAGUAGCACUUUUUGCAAAGCAGACCUGCAUUAGGACAGGGUUGCAUGGAUAGAUUUACUCGGGGAAUCUUUAGGUCGCCCUGCAAUCACAUGCAGCUCAUUGUUGCACAAUUCCCUCAGCUCUUGUCACUAUGUGGUUCACAUCAGUACUGAGUGAGUGGGGGAAGGCUCCCAUAAAGAUUAGAGGCUGUUUGCAUGAAAGGGAAAGCUGACAAAAGUGAUGAUAGACUAGAAUGAGAUAGGCGCAGCCUCUGAGGGAAGGCGCUGUCCUCAGAGGGCCUUGUCGAACUUUAGAUGAGCGGCAACAGCAGGCGCCAGAGCAGCCAACGGAGUCCAACUACAAGCAUCAAAGACGAGCAAUCUGUAUUCGGGGCACGGCACGUGGCACUUCAGUGACAAAGUGCUCCCCCAGAGCCCCAACUUUCAUUUCUGCAUACUUGAGAUACAGGUAGACCUGACUAACAGGAUAUUGGGGGAAAGUGGUGAUGUCCACAGACAGAGCAGCAGGGAGGAAAAGGUGAAGAAAAUGUAGAGACAUGUAAUAGAAGAUGGUUAAGAGACAUACGUGAUGUCGCUUGUGGGGAAGGUAGUAAUGAAAUAAGCAAAGAGAAUAAGAAAGCAGGCUGCAGGUGGAGGGGCAGUGGACAGAGGAUUGGAAACGUUCCAUAACUCUGGAUCAAUAUAGAUUAAGAGGUUGUUUAAAUAGAGUGGGCAAUUUCUUUGACUUUUGACUUUAAUCACUUGCCCGUCCUGAGACGUUUUAAUGACAUCAUUGAGGGACUUCUUAACAAGAUCUCUUCUCUUUAUAUAUACUCAAUUUUUAAACCACAGAAUCAACAUUUGCCUGUCCUUGUGAUGGCUUUGCCUUUGCCCAUGUGCACCGCAGAAAAGUUUAAAGCAAAAAAGUUAUUUGUCUCUAGUCUGUUAGGAGAAAAACAAGCUACCAGUAAGCCUGUUCAUAUCUUUGGUGACAGAGAGGGCUUUUUGUCCAGGGCAACAAUAGGCAGAUAGCAACAUGGCCCCGCAAUUUAAAAAAAAAAAACUGAUCAGGAUUCAAGUUUGAUCACACACAAACUUUUACAUCUCAGCGUGGGCUGAUGGAAACACAACCUUGUGGAAAAUGAUAAGAAAGAAAAUGACAUUAAAACUAUCACCUCUUGUACUGUAAAUGGAAGACUGUACUGUGAUUUAUAACACAGUUUUCAAAGUAUGCCUUCAGCCUGUGCAACUGCAGAUUUAUAUCACACAAACAUUAAUAGGUGGCAGUGAAAAAAAUGGUGCCAGGAGUUUUAUUCAUUUAUCCUUUUUCAGAAGGCAACAACAACAACAACCAGAGCAGUUCUAAACAAUUACAGCUGAAGCAGGCUGCUGUUUACAGUGGAUUCACAAGCUAGGCUGUCUUACAACACACACAGCAGACAUUACGAUGAGAAGAAGUAUGUUUACAAAGUUUUUAAAAGGAAACAUUACAUUUGACCCACAACAUAGUCAUAAAACAUAAAGGAAGUGUCUGUGUGGGAAAAACUUGGCGCUUAAAGGCAUGGCUGACAAUCUGAGAAGCAGUUGAAAAAAACAGAUUUGAAAAAAGCGUCCCACGCCCACACACAAACCUCUCCACUCUGUGCUCCACGAUAACUUCCCCCCCAAACCUGUAUCGCCUUCCCCACGACACACCCCUUCUGGCAGAGCAAGAAGCCGGCCGGCAGAAGAUCGUGCGCUAGCUUUAAAUAGGAUUUACCAUGUCAGAUUGUUCGGGACUUGCGGCAGUGAACACCAGCUCUGCUAGCGAGCACCGUCUGCAGCUGCCUGGACAGCUAUCGUGUUGACAUUGCAGAGACUAAUAAGAGUUAUUCAUGUAACAUGUGCCACAAUAAAAGGCAAAAAUUACCUGUUCAACUAAAACUCUGCCGUCUCUGCAUCUGUUUUCAGGCCCAAAUCCUAGCGGAGCUUUCUCCACCGCUCGAAGGAUGACCCGAUGUUUAUUCGCGUUAGAUUCCUUGCUUGGUCAUAUUUCAUCUUCAACUCUGACCCUUUUACUGUCGGCUUGCAUUUUCUUAGCACUUUUGGGGGCAAGCAGAAGUGUUUUCUUAGCGUCCUUUUCCAUUACAGCUCCAGUAGCUAAGCUGCUACGCUUCUUUUAGCCGCGACGGAUGGCUCCCAUUGGUCGAUGUUUUUGCAGCCCUGCGCCUGCUAAGAUGAACAGAUUUUUCCAUUCUUUUUUCUCUUCACUUUGUGGAGAUCGCACUAUAGGACCAUGAUCGCCAUAUAAACAAGGUUCAUAAUAAUUACCGAUCCCUCCAAUCAUCAACCAUGCCUUUAAGAUGUGUGAUUUUUUUAACAAAAAGAGUGAUAUACUCAAUUAUGUCAUGUAGCACACCAUUGAAAGAAAUUGAGAUAUUAUCUCACUUAGACGGUUUAUAUGUUCCAAACCUCAUUGGAGGCCUGCAUCUUCGCAACCCCAUGAAAAGUGCUAAAAAUACAGAUACAUGUGCAGGUCCUUGCUCUUAGAUAACCUUCAUUUGUAUGAGUAAACACUAGAAAGCCUGACUGCAGGCCUGAAUGUGAUUCAGUCGCAGUGAUACGGAGGCCUCUCCACCACCAGUUUUCCCCUUGCUUCUCUCUAACCUUAUUUUGCCAGAGGCAAGUCCUGUUCUCUUUAUUCCUCAUCUUCGGUCAACAGUCUGGAUAAACAGAGCAGAUUUUUUUCCCUCAAUAUCUGUUGUAAGAAAGUAGAAAAUUUAUUGCUUCAGACGAAUUUGCGGGGGGGAACAUCGACACAGAUGAUGUAACAGUGUCGCUAAGGUAGGAGGACUGGCUGACAUCCACCAUUUAGGUGCGUCAUUAUGAAACAAGCAGCACUAAGCGCGCUCUGGUCUAAUUUGGAGACAUUUACAGGAUGAGGAUUAAACAGUUUGCACCAACAUGGGCGCGUCAUAUUCUCUAUUACUUUCUGUAUAAGCUAUCAAAUGCAGCCCCUCCCUGUUAGCUCAUUGGCACAGAGUCUUCUUACAGGGUCAUUAUAUGGUGUGAUGGAGAGCCACAUGUAUAAGGCUGUAUUUAUGGCAGCAUAUAAUUGCUCAACAAAUUGUCUGUUCAUUGAUGAUGGACUUGUGCAGUCAUUAUUCUGUAAUUGAAUUUUAAAUGACCGUCGUACACCAGAAUGUGAAUGAUUACAUUUAAAAGAGAUGGGAGCAGACCUCCAAUGCACAAUGGAAUGCUUGUGUAUGUGUACUGUAUGAGUGUGUGAGAGUCUUUCCUUUGAGCUUGCAUAUUUAUGUGCCAGCAGUCAAUAAUCAAAUAUCUCUCUUUCCCCGCUGGGCUUACUCACUGUGUCUUGUUUUUCUCCCCUCUAUAUCAGAAUCUGCCUUAAGCAUCUUGCUGCUGACUUUAGUUGCAAUGGAAUCGGCCUAUUUAGGUUUUGGUUGCACUCCGUCUGCGCUCUGAUAUUGAUGAAUUGACUUCAUAAAGCACUGAGGCAGCACACUCUGUCGUCAGUAAUCAAUGGCCUGAUCCAUUCUUUUCUCUUCAUUUGAGGAGGCGUGUGGAGCUUUCCCCUCACCAAGCAGAUGAGCCCCGAGUCUUUGGGGAAAUUGUCCUCUAAACUAGUGUCCUUUCCAUGAGGUCUGACACAUGCAAAUUGAACACAAUUAACAAGAUGGUCGACAAAAACAUCACAUCUAAGCCUGGCUGUCCUCCCCCUGCUCCUCCUGUCCACUGUACUGCAUUAGAACAAAAUGACCAUUGUCCAAACCUCACAGCUUUUUAUCUGGGCAGAGAACAUUCAUCGUGCAGACUUUUAAUUUGUGAUGUUGCUGUCUCAUCUCAUCCUCACACAGUCGGCCUGAUACUCUGUGACAGAUGCCCACAAACUAAUUGUAUAUGCUUACAUGACGCAAGUGAAGCACUUUUGCUGGGUCAAGGUUAAUGCUUUUUGCUUAUUAAUAGAAGUGCAUUAGAGAUGGAUUUGUUUUUGUUAGGGGGCUUUUACCAUUUAGGACAGCGAUGAGUCUGCCAUCUGAUCAGUAUGUCUGGACAUGCUUGGUACAGAGCCUCAGUAUUCAUGAGCAGCAAUCCAAGUGCACUUAAUGUAAAACUUCCAAUCACAGCCUUGCAGUUUGAAGUCUUUACUUUUUUGUCAUGUGUCUGGUUAAUAUUUUAAAUGUUUACAAGCACAACAACUACUACCUACUUACAUAAUCCAUAAACCAAUGCAGUACUCUUACUUUGAAACAUGUUAAGUCCUUACAAAUCCUCACACAUUCAGGCCAAGUGCAUAUGCUUUUCCAAAAGCAAGAGGAAAAGCAGGUUUUAGAAGCUGUUAAAGCCAUCCUGACUAGCUACAAAUGUUUCAACACAGCUAAAAACUUCAUCAGGUAAGUUUUUAGUUCGGUUAUUUCGAAAUAACUGGAAACACUUUAAAAUGUGAAUGAUAUUAGUUAGCAUAAAGGAUACCAAUGCUAGCUUGAGCUUCAACUUGCAAAGCUUUAUCUAGAUGUAUCAAGAGUCAGUAAUAGCAGUUAUUAGAUAAGAUUUUUAGUCAUCCUGGUUACAUCUGCAUGUUAGCAUGGUAUGUUAGCAUUGUUUGGUGCCCACAUUAGUGCCAGUGUUAGCCUUUAGCUGCAAAUUUCUAUGAACUAUGCUUACGUACUUUUAAAAGACAAAAGUAAAAACAAUGAAAAGGAAGCAAGUUUUAACGUAAAGCAAAGUUUAAGUGGUGCUGUAGCUUAAAAGCUAACUGCAAAAGCUAUGUCACCAGAUCAGUUUUGUCAUUUCUAUCUUUUAGUUUGGUUUUGGAGUAAAAUCAAACAUAACCAUUGACAUAAUAAUACAGUCACAACUGUACCUGAUGAUUAAAUGAUAAUUUUUAUGAGUCUGUUUGCAUAUUUGGAGCAUUUUGUUUUGUACAACUGCCUCAUGGGUUCAGUGUUAGGGUAGUAUUUCAUGUUGCUUCUGGUUAAAUUAAUCUAACGUUAAGAUGUUUUCUCUGUAUUUUUCUGUCAGGAGCAAAUGAAUUAAUUGGCUUGAAUUAAAACGUUACUACUGCUAAACUGAAGACACAUGGCCUUAUGAGGUAAACAAACACCCGCAGGGAAGUAACUCUGACAGAUGUUGGUGUAUCAGCAGCUUGUCCAUAUUCCAUGCCCACAGCAGAUAUUUUGAAUCAGCCGUCUCACAGAGAACCAAUCCAACCGUUCUGUUUUUCUGUGGCCUUCACUAAAAGAAGACAGUCUGUGGUAGCCUACUCACAGUACCACUCGGGAACUGGCUCAUCGCUGCUUGGACUGGGAUCCGUUCAGAGUGUGAAAUGCUAUGCCAAAAUAAAUCCAGCGGUAUUGAAUAAUUUAAUUGAUGCUUAUUAUAGAUAGCGCUCAACUCCCACAGAUUUUACAGGCUCGCUAAGCCUGACCCCAGGCGCUGGGAAAAUGCUCAUCUAUGUCACUUUGUGAUGGGUUGUCUUGUGUCUGUGUAACCCGUUUUCUUUUUCUUUCCUCUUGCUUCUUCUGCACAUUGCCUCUGAGUCACAGUGGAGAUGUUACAUUGAGGGCAGUGUUGUAGAAAUGAAUGACUGUAAUAAGUUCUGCAAGCUAAGGACUGUAUCCCAAGGCUCAAAUUCACCAAUAGAUAUUCCUCUCAAAGUUUAUCAAGUUUCUGAAUCAAUCAUUAUUACCCACAAUUCAUUUUUUUCAAAAGUUAUAUUAUUGAAUGUUUUUUUAUUACCAAGUGAACAAAUGGCAAUUGUUCUGCUCUAAACAAAUUUGUGUGAUGUUAAAUUCAAUGCAGAUAAUGUGUGAUCCACUGCAAACCCAGUGAAUUUGACCCUCAAGAUAAUUAAAUAGUAUAUUAAUGCUUAUGAAGAAAAUGGAUUUUGUAAAUUCUUGUACUUCAUGAUCUUGCAAAAGUCCACCAGAUAUAUUUCCUGGAAGUAUUUGGAGAUAUCGCACUGUCUUUGUCCUAAGGUGUCUCUCAAUACUUCAUGAUGCAAGUUUAAAUGAAGUGAUCAUUAAGCACAACAAUCCUGCAAAUUCCAUCAACAUCACAUGAACUUCAAUUUCUAAACUACUUCUUCUUUUCUUCCUGCACAGCGAUCCAAAAUAGCAGUGUAUGAGAAGAUGUGGUCAUACAUGAAAUCUGCUGAGCCCUCAGUGUUUGUUAAGACCACACCCGAUGGCGUAGCCCGGGUACGAAAGUCAAAGGGCAAGUUCGCCUUCCUCCUUGAGUCCACCAUGAACGAGUACAUCGAGCAGCGGAAGCCAUGCGACACCAUGAAAGUGGGCGGGAAUCUGGACUCGAAAGGCUAUGGUGUGGCGACACCCAAAGGCUCAGCAUUAAGGUGGGUGGAAUAAUAUAACAAUAUUGUCCAUGUUGUUAUAGUAUUCCACCUACCCUGAUGUCCUCCUGUUGUCAUUCUUUUCUCUCCCCCGCCCUCAUCCCCACCCCCCACCCCACCUUCCCAUCCCCCCUUUUUUUAAUGGACAUCAAGGUAAUGGUAGUAUGAAAAGGUUUUCUAGCGAUAAUCAAUGUUUUUCAGUAUUUUCAUAGAUGUGAUAAGAGAUGUUAAUUUCUAUCAGAGGAUUCAAACAGAUAAUAAGGCUAAAGCUAACAGUCAUUUCGUAUUUAUGUCUCUCUUACUGCUUUUCUCUUUCCUUCGAUCUCUCCUUCUGUCCCGUAUGCUGUCCUACCUGACUGUUGUGUUGUCACUUUUAAUUUAACAGUUCAAUGGUUUUUCAAUUUAGCCUUAAAAGCUGCGCUGUCACUUGUGACGAAUGUUAAUUGCAUGAUGUUUGUUGUUGUUACUUUUCUUCUCAAUGACAAGUGUCCCCAUCCCGCACACUUCAGUUCUAAACUACGUAACCCUUCAUGCCACCUUUUCCAAGAUUUAACACUGUCUUUACCUUUUAUGAGCCUUUCUUAUCUUUCUAUAUUCCUUAAAAUUCUUCACCAAUUUGUCCUUUCCUAGACCUAAUGAUUAACAGUACUCAGUGCAUAAGCCCCCUUGCUUUGAUGGUGGUAGUCUCACUACCAUUAUACCUAUCAUUAUGAUGCUUAUUACAGCUCUAACUUCUGCAUUAGAUUUCUCACGGACCUGUGCAUUUUCUUACAAGUUAUGUUUUAUCGUUUCAAGAAAUGCUGUUAACCUGGCAGUUUUAAAACUGAAUGAGCAAGGCCUCUUGGACAAAUUGAAAAACAAAUGGUGGUACGACAAGGGAGAGUGCGGCAGCGGGGGAGGUGACUCCAAGGUCAGCCUCGAUGUCACCACAAUCGGGUACCAUAGUUCAGAGUAAUCGGCAAGGCUGUUACAUCAAUCCAACCAAAACCAAACCAACUGUCUGCCCCAUCCAACCUGCUGCUGCCCCAUGGCAGAUUACCAAAUUAACUGCUGGUAUGACCAGACAGAUAAACAGCUCAGAUCCAACUAAAGAGAUGUUUCUUAACCAACAGAAAGCUUUAUCAUAAAUUGCGUGCACCAUAUCUGCUGCAGUUUAAAAAUGUAUGAGUUUUCUCUAGUCAUGACAACUUGAAAAAAAUCCAAAAAUAGAGAGAUUAUCGGUUGAUGUGGCUGCCCUGCAAUCUGUGGAAGGUUGAGCUUUAUUUAUUCACCUUUGCACAGGUGGAGGGCAGACCACCGUUAUCUGGCCAGUUGAAGUCUAAACUCAAGAAGAGCCUUUGAAGUUUUGCUAUGAUAGACUAUUUUAAAGGCCACCCCUCCCCAAAGUAAAGCUCACUAAUCCUGUUUAAUACACAGCUUUGCAGUACUUCACUGCACAGCUGCUUCAUGUCCAUGAUACUGGCACAGAUCAGCUUUAGAGUAGGAAAAAUCCCACUCAAUGAAAAAAGAAGACAAAACUCAAAAUGGCUGCUCAGCUUAGGCCAACAAUAAAGCAAGGGGAACAGCGGCGUCUUGAGGGGACUAAGCAUUACAGGCAAACGUGAGAAGUCUAAUUAAAACAGACUUUUUUUUCCCUUCUAGUGAACCACCUGAUGAUCCAUAUAAUUCCACUUUAUAGUGCCUCUACCCCAACUCAUUAAUAACCCAGCUGUGAACCUCUUGACCAUCAGAUUUCUCCCUCUUCGUCUUUGUUCUAUGAUGGAUGGGGGUUCCCAUUAUGGAGGCUAAUGGUGCAAAGUGUGGAACUCCACUCAACCAGGACAGCUCAGUGUAAUGUUGCUGUGAUGAUGUGCCAUAAAGCAUUGUGCUAUUUUUACUAGACUACCUGUAAGGUGAUAACGGUAAUCAUUUAUUCACAAUGCAGGUCAAUUUAAUGAAAAAUGAUGCUGUCACAUGUGAUGAUUUAGGUCAGCUAAUGGCUUGAUGACACAUAAACCGCAAGGACACAAGGUCUCUUGGACUGGAUUGUGUCAUUAUGCUCUUUAUGUCAUUCGUCAUUGACUGGCCUUGAUCACGAUGCACAAUGAACAGUUAAGCCGCAGUGAGUCAUUUUUAAGAGACUGCUCAGGGUAGAGAUCAAACAACGUCUUGUGGUUUAUUUCUGAAUGAUAUCUUUUAAUAACUGUACAGUCACAUUUUUCAAUGUUUGCACUGCUAACAUUGCUAUGUUCUGUAGUCACUGAGCUCAGGAGGCCUCCGUCUGCUACUGAGAGCCAUUUGAAAGCAACUGUCUGUCUCUUGUGCUGUCUUCAGUCUGUGACCAUGCACAGGUAUGUACUCUCUGUGUGUGUCCUGGCUGGUUUUGGCUUCAAGAGUCAGUGGAAAGGCCCAGUUAGCUGGAGUAAAGCUGCCCGACGCGCCCUGUUCCAAACAGUGUGGCACUUGGCUCCAUCAGUCUCACAGCUCCAUGUUCAAACAGACAUGAGAGGAUGCACAUAACUGUGCACAUUGCUGCAUACACACCCACUCACUCACACACACACACACACACGGUUAACACAACUCUACUCAGGCCUGAGGCACAACACAGUGCAGCCUUGAUUGAGUUUCAGACACAAAGCAUGUUACAGGGUAAUUGCAUUGUUAAUCAAUGUCUCUUCCGAGCCAAGACAAUGGUCUGGUCUCCACAGUCCGUUUCUCCAGAUUGGCUAUGAGGGAUAUACAGUGGUGUAAUCUUCUCCCAGUGCACUAUGCAUUGCACAGAUCCCCUCUAGGGACAUUGUUCCCAGGGAGUAGUCAGGUCACACAUUAAUCAAUGAACUAUUUUUCUUUGCUUCAUUUUUUUUCCCUUUGAUACAAAAGUAAAGAUCAAAACCACAAACACUCGAACAUUAACACUUCCAAAUGGGAUCUCUAUGCAGCUUUUUCUUUUGUCUUGAAGUUAUUUUACAAUGAAUUUCAUAGUCUUUAACUAUUGCAUACAGUAUUUUGACUCCUUGAUAUCAUCCAGAGAGAUAUCAAACUGCCAGAAACAGCUGUGUCAAGCAUUAGAUUAUGCAGCUACGGGCAAAUAUGAGAGGAAUUACUCCACGGAUACUUCUGAGCUCAGUCCUGCAGCUCUGUGCAAUUUGGUUGGGACACACUUCAUCUGACACUAAUCUGGUGUAAUUGGGAGAUAAGGUUUCUCAGCGAUAUGUCCGGAUAAAACACGUAAGAAUUAAUUACGCUUACACUUUUGGGCAUAGUUGCCUAGAUAUGAAAUUGGUUGUAAUACCUCCAGAAUUGAUCAUUGUCAUGCUGGUGACAGUAGCAUUAGCUGUUAAAGGAUUAGGCUGAUAUUGUGGGAAUAGAAAGGCAGUGGGUAUCAGUCAGAUUUUUCUGUUUGUGAAGACAAAGCUCCUGUUGGACUGAACUUGUUCAACUCUGUCAAGAAAGCCCCUGUGAUCCAGUACCAGCCCCCCAAACAAUCUACCCAAUGAUUUUUAAUAACUUUAGACUUGCAGAUCGUACUCUCAGUACCUGCUGGUCGCCCUGUUAACAGCGUCUGCCGAUUACUCAAAGCGAUACGGGCAGGUCCUGGCUUUAGACUAGGGGUUAUCAAGGUAAUAGUUAGAAUGCCUGCUCUCUGUGAUGUUGACAUAGCCAGGAGCCCUGCUUUAUCGCUUUGUAAAGUAUGUAGUAGUUUAAAAGUUGAAUAACAUAAAAUAACAUAAUAUAAUGUUAUUUAUGUUAUUUCCCACGUGAAGAACUCCUGUAAACCUUGCAGUAUUGAAACUCAGUGAACAAGGCAUCUUAGACAAGCUGAAAAACAAAUGGUGGUACGAUAAGGGUGAAUGUGGAACCAAGGACUCUGGAAGUAAGGUCAGUCGCUGCAGGUCUUUUGUACUGAUUCCAAAUUGCAUUUUGACCUACUGUUCAUAUGCAAGACAAGACUUCUCUAACAUCUUUAGUGUACAUUUUGUUCAUUUGCUACACACAUUUUUUUCUUUUUUUAGUAUUCCAGCUUCUUUGCCACAAACUGUAGCACAGUUUACGAGUGGCUUAAACAAAAGGCACUGCUUUUCCCAAACUCAUUUUUUCUUUUAUUGCCUUAGAGAUUAGACUCCUUUUUUUCAAAUGUAGAGGCUCUUUUUUUUUUUUUUUAAACGUAAUGCUAAUGCUGUGGGAAGCCUUUCAAAUACACUAUUUGGAUUGAAUCACUGCAGUUAAAAGUUGUUGAAUAAAUGCUAUUUUUUGCUCAUUUUCACUCUUGACAUUCAUGAUACUUUGACCAUUAUGCUGCUGUUUCUAUUUACCAAACUGUUAAUGAAAAUUUGAUUUAUUUGUGUUGUUACUAGUUUGCAUGGAGAUGUGUCUAUUAGAUUCUCCGGCCUCCUGCAGUGUGACGAACAAGCAAAGCCUCUUAUUGUGACGAUUUUCUCAGAUUCAACUUCUGUAAGCGGCGAGAGCACCGCGGGGCGUCCUCUAAAUCUUUUUUUUUUUGCUGCUUAGAGUUGAGGUUGGAGGCUCUGUUUGCACAUUACAAGAGGCUGAGGAAUGUAAUAAACCCACUAUUUAACCCUCUGAGACACAGUCGCAGCUUUUAGAUGAUAGGUUAGGGUGGCUAGAUAGCGUAAUAAUAUCCCCAUGCUCAUAGGGUUAAACUGCAAAUAGUAAAACUCUAAUGAACAAAUUUUUAAUGAAUAUGUUUGGUAGGUAAGCAGCAGCAAAAUGGUUUGAUCUUUAGUGUUUUUUUGACUUUAUCCGAGCUUUCAUUCAUCUACUUUGAAUUUGACUGUACUGUAUGACAAUGUUGCCAUGAGAGUUAUACGUACAUGUCGCUAACAAGAUUUAAAAAGACAGGGAUUUUCAGAGAUAUCGACCUAUGCGAUACUGACAAGCUUCCUAACAUGGUCAAGAGCAGAAGCCAUUUUUUUGCUGCAGUGUAGGAGAGAGUAAGCUCUACAUUCACCAGCAGAUAAAGCUAUAAAGUUUGUGUCUUUCUCCCCAGUGGUUUAGAUAUGGCAGUAUAAAGUUUCUUACAGUUUUGUGACAGCUACAGGAAAGUCAGUACAGAUUGAAAAUCUAGCCUUAGCACCUCAUUAAAUCUGCAAUUUUUGGUUGCUUGUAGCAAUAAGCAUCCAUAAUCUGUCGUUUGUAGCACCAGUGAGAUACAGUAAAAUGAUUUACUAAAGCACUUAGUGGUGAAGGCAAUAUGAGGCUCAGUUUGAAUGAUACAGGCUGUUUUUUCUUUUUGUUCUGCUGUCCUUCCUCCACGGCAAAACUCUUAACUAUGUUCUUCACUUUCCCCCAGGACAAGACAAGUGCUCUCAGCCUAAGCAAUGUGGCUGGUGUCUUCUAUAUUCUGGUCGGAGGGCUGGGGCUGGCCAUGAUGGUGGCUCUGAUAGAGUUCUGUUAUAAAUCACGACAAGAAACCAAACGGCUGAAAUUGGCCAAGAAUGCCCAGAAUUUUAAGCCAACUCCCCCGACCAACACCCAGAACUUUGCCACAUACAGAGAAGGCUACAACGUAUACGGAACCGAGAGCGUUAAGAUCUAGAGGUAAGUUGCCUCUCCUUACUGUCCACACAGCCCCAGAGCAUCAUGGGAGAUGAAUCAUUUAGCUUCCUGUCAUAUCGCUUAGAGUAAAUAAUUCAUCUGUGUGUGUGUUGCCGAGAGGAAAUUGUUUAGGUUUGUCAUGUUCUGUUGGGCACAACAGCACACGCAUGCCUACUUAAAUACAAAACUGCAGGAAACUGUUCACACUUGUAUUUUAUGGCUGCGUGGAUUGUGCCUCAGGCUGUAUGACUACUUCUGCUGUAAUAUCACCAAGUUACCAGAUACACAACCUCUAGUCACACAAGAACUGCUCUCUGGUGACUGUAUGUAGCAUCUGAUGUGAGCUGACUUUAUGAUGCAUUUUAUUUUAUAACUGGGGGAUCUUGUCAACGCUUAAUGACAAUUUCUUGACAAAAACAAAAACAGAUCUCCCCCCAGCUUCUUGCUUAUACAAAGCUAUGCACAUAUAUUUGUUAUUUGUUUACCUGGUACAAAAUUUGAGGUUUUGGCUCUGGAGUGUGAUUCUAACACAAUUACAAAACGUAUUCACAGCAUGAUAUGUUGAUUUCUUUGUGGCCACUAGAGGGCACUAGAAAAUCCUGUAAACACAACAUUGACAAAUUAUUACCGCACGAACUUAAUACCACAAAAAUGUUGGCAAACAGUCACCAAGCAUACAUGGGUGUCAUUUGGGUUUAAUUGGGAGCCUUGAAUAAGCUGGCUCGACAAAGCCUGAAGGCCCAUUUACAGAUAACAGUAAUAACAAAGCUGGUUUCAAACUUUUUAUGUUAAUUCAGGCUUUCUGCCCCUAGCUCUGAGUGUGCACACAUGAAAAAGCACAUUUGAAUACAACUUGAUGCAACUUAUGCAACUACUACAGCACUACUGCGUUUUAUUUUGAAACUGUAAAAACUGUCCUCUGAAUAAUCCACAGAAUUCUUUAUGAACAGCUUCUUGUUAUUUCCUCUAAAGACGCCUAGUAGCACUAGUUCACUGAGAGCUCUCUCCUUUUUUAAUACCUCAAGAGAGGAGGAGAAAUUUGCAGGAUAUGUACAGCGGUUCUGCAGCGUUACGCUAGCAGAAUGGUAGCAUACUGUAAUGAGGAGACACUUGAAAUAAACUGUUAUUUUUUAUUUGAUUGGUAUUUGAUUGAACUGAGAGCAUGUGUGUUCUGAUAAGUAUGUCUGUUUGCAGAAGAACAGCUGCACAACAGACUAACAUCAUUAACAGGCCUUGAAAACAUAUUCUAGCAAUUAACUUGACAUUUUCUGCACAUACACACCCCAACGCUCCGUGUUUCAGUGAGAAAUAUUAAAAAGUUUGUGUAGAUUAUUUACACAUGAGUAGGGGUGUAACAAUAUAAUUUAACCACAAUGGAAUACAACACAAGGACUGGAGUUGGUGACUUGAAAAAUUAUCCAUCAAUACCUUUGCGACUUUAUUUCAAUGUGUGUGAAAGAAAUACUUGAAGUUAGAGUCACUUUAUCAGGAUAGCAAUCAUUAUCUUUCCAUACAGAGCUGGUAUGCAUUGUUUUGAGAGGUGUAGGCAGCUUGGUGUGCUUCAUUUUGGCUCUCAAGUUUGGAUCAUUUUAUGGAUACUGUGAUUUUCAACAACACUGUGAUAUAAAUCUGGCAAUGAAUGCUGGGAUAGCUUUAGCCCUCGGUGAGUUUUGGCCAAGUGUGUGAGUAAAGACACUGGUGAUGCCAGAGACCUUUUCCAGGGAUGCUGGCUCGACUGUUGCAUGCUAAUUUAGCUGGUAGCUCGGCCUUCAAUGCCACUACCAUGCUGCCUUAAUAGGCAAGCAGAAAUAUUAGUCUCACUUUAAUGUCACCUUUGCAUUCACUGCAAACAGCUACUGAUUUAUGAAAGACCUCCCUUCCCAUUUCACAAAAGCCAAAAUGAGGCCAUACUUGAGACCUGAGACCAGAUGGCUUAAUGAUCUGUCAUUUGGCUUCAGCCAUCAAUACACUGUAUACAGGGGUGUUGUGCAGCUGUUUAUGAAUCAAUACAGGGGAAUUGUUGGAAUUAAAGUCAAUGCAUCAAUGUAGUGAAUUGUUCCACCCCCACAUGAGAUAAAUAUGUAUUUGUUUUGUUAUUUGUUGUAUGUUUUUGCUUGAUAAGAAAAAGGCACAAUCAAUUAAAUGAAUAACAGUUGAGGAUGAAUUACAUUCAGUUGUUAAUUAAAUUCUUAUUAGUUAUUAGCAAUUUUUUUUUUUUUUUUUGGGGGGGGGGCUAAAUAAGCCUACAGAGUUUUUAAAAAUUAAACCCUCUUAAUGAUGAAGUUGACAAGCACACAUUUUGACCCAACAUGGGUCAACACACAGAUGCACGUUUCCCCCAACAAUCACAUAAACCUCAUGUCUCCCUUUGUUUGUUCAUGCUCUAUCUUGUCGCAGGUUUAGGAAACAUUUCCAUUUCCCCUUACAACUGUGACUAAACAUCUAAAAAGGUCGGGAUCACAUGGAUGGAGCUCUGAGCCAAGUCCUCCUGGGUGGAAACGGCAUGAUAAUCUGCAAUGACGACACGACUGGACUGGAUUUGACUGGUCACGGGAAGAGCCGAGGCGGUUCCCCUCCUCUCAGUGCCUUAUGGAACUCUGAGUCCAAUCAAUGCAACUCAUUCACAAUGAUAUUGCUUUUUGCUUGAAAACUCAUACAAAACAGAAGAAUGGUGCAGUGAUGAAUAUGUAUAUAUCUAUAGGUGUAUAGAUAUAUAUGUAUAUAUAAUACAUUUGACACAUUAUUUUGAAUGAGAAAACUAAAGCCAUCAAUUGCAACCCUAAGCACAUUUUGAAGUGCCACAAAGAGGACGAAUCUUCUCUAACGAGUGUCUAAUUGGUUUCUUGUAAUCAAUAUGAUCAGAUUACUCUUCAUCGUUCUGCUGCCAGAUUUUCACUGGUUCUGUGUAUUCAAAUACUUUUAUUAGAUCUACUCAGUGCACUGUAAGACACUGGAUAUUAGACUCUAGCUUUUAUACUGCUGUAAGUCACUUGUAGUGACAUUGUACUUGUUUUAAAGACAGAUUGACCUUAUUGGAGCGAUGCCAUUCAGCCCAAAAUAAUUACGGGAGUGUUGUUUGUACUCUAAACUCUGGUGCUGCUGCCACUGUCUUCUGAACGUUUGACGGGACUCAUGAAGAUGAGAAGAUGAUCUGGUUUACACACCUCUAGAACCAGGUCAUGAUUCCCACUUCCAAUACUGCCAAGAGUGUGUUUUGUAUGACAAAGAGUGUGUAAAGCAAAGAGUUCACGCUUGAGUUUAAAAAAAAAAAAGUUUGUGAUUUACAGUUUGUAAAAUAUCAAAAGAGCACCGAGUCACUGAGGCUCGCCGCUCUGAGCAGUCUUUCCCCUGAAGAGUCAUUCAAGUCUUCUGUACAUGAAAGUAAAACCAAACAAAAAGGGUAAUUCAGUUGUAGAUUAACUGCAAUCCAAUUAAAGGAUAACAGUAAUGGCUUUUAAACUGUAGUAUUUUGGAUUACCUAACCGUUUUCUUUGACAAUUGCACAUUUUACAAAUGAGCUGUGGUUCGCUUUUCAUUUGAUUUCCUUUGAAGAGCAUUACAGUGUUUGGUGACUUCACUUAGUAAAUGAAAAAUAUAUGGAUACAACAGAAAAAUAGAUUUAUACAAGGUUAUACCAGGGAGAGUCCUGAAGCUUAGCACAUUUCCAUAUUGCUGUAACAAUUUCUGUUCUUUCAAAAAGACUGUGACUCCAUAGGAUUUAGGAAGAUAAAUAUCUAAUCACCUGAAACUAUGGGCCGAUAGUUUUAUAUAUAAAAAAGAAACUGAUAAUGUGAGGAAAAAUAAAGAAUGAGCUGAGAAGAUGUGUACAUUUAGAUAAAUGAGAUUAUUUAUAUUACAUGACAGAUAACUGGUUUCUCUUUCCCCUUUUGUUUGACUUUUUUUCUAAGAAACUGCAUGUGAAUCAGUGAUGCUUGACCAGCUCUGCUACUCACAGACUGACCCCAGGUGAACAUUAGAAAUUCAGCCCCGGUUUCUUCUUUUGUAAAUCACUUUCACCUUUUUCCUUUUUUGUACACCUCACCUUCUGCAAAAACAAAAGUUGCCAGGCCUAGUAGCGGGUACAAAAGAGCAAGAGAUGCAUGCAUAAUUUGCUGAACCUCAUUAGUGAGGCGCUGUACAGAGAAUUUUAAUACAUUUUGUAAAUAAAAUGUACAGAAAGGGGUCCUGUGGUCUG